UGAAGUUAAGCUUGUCAGAAAGGGUAGGGAGUCUUUGAUUUAAUCCCAGUGAAAAGGAAACUAAUCAUAUGGCUUUAAAACUAUGGUACACUAUAAAAAUGAUAACUUAGCCGAUCUUAAAAACCUUUUACAAUUCCGUAUAAUGACAUAUGCCAGUGAUUUUAGGAUUUAAUAUUUAAUUUUCUAAGAGGACAUGAUGAGAAACUGAGCAAAUCAAACAUAAUUUAAGGUGUCUGUAAACUAAAUCAGGUGAGUAUUUCUGUUUUGACUGCUCAGUGAGUGCAUUGGUAUAAUUCUUUCACACAUAUUUCCCUGCUUUAUUAAAUGAUUGGACUGUUUAUUUGUUAAGCUGAAUGAACACAAAGCGACGCUACAUAACCAUACAGGGUAUGCUGUUAAUUAGAAUAGAUGUCCACGCUAAAAGAAAACAUUUUGGGAUUAUUUUAGAUUUAGCUUUUAAUUGGGUCUGGGGAAAUCGUGUUGUGUGUUAUUCACAACUGCAAGAUAAUAGAACGAAAAGUAAAAUGUAAUCAUACUAAUGGCUAUAAUUUAAAAAAGGGUGUGAUAACCUCCUCUCUUUAUUCCCAUUAUUUUACUGCAAAUGGCGGUUUCGGCUUUGUGGAAAUUCAGCUAGAGAGACAGCACAUCCAGCUUCUUUAGCCAGAUCCUCCAGCUCUUGGGAUUUCCACAGAACAUAGGAAAUAUCAUCCCCCUCGUGUGUCUUUGGUCUGCCACAUAUCACCUUCUAGUUAGACCUGCCCAGGAGGUGUCCCCCGGGGUAAAAGCAUAAAGCCACAUUAGCUCUGUCACCUGCAGAAAGUAGCAGCUUGUAUUUGUAUCCUCACUGUUUUUUGAUCCCUCAUGACCACAGACGACCUUAGAAAAAAAAGAUUGAUGAAUAGUGAGGUGUCACCUUCAGAUUCAGUCUCUUCACCUCACCGUGGAUAUCACACCAAUUUGCCUGUAAAUCUCAGGCUCCAUGUUACCUCUCUAAUGAACAAGACCCCAAGAUACUUUAACUCCUAACCACAAGAUGAAAUUUGCAAUUUUCCGGCAGAGUUACUGUGGUCACAGUGCAAUGAGUCUAUCAAAGGUACAUUAUCAACUAAAAGCUAAGAUGCAAUGCAAUGGUUACCAAACUAGACACCCCCACUCUCCAGCAGCACACCCACAGAGAAGAACACAGGUCAGCUGGACGACAGAGAGUAGUGAGGUUGUUUUCUUGGAGUAUUUGGAGUGGAAAUCCCUUAGGCCUCCAGAGAUUGGCACAAACUUGAGCCUGACAUCCAUCUCACCCCUCUCCUGAUCUACAGAGUCCGCAGGAUCUAGAGUUUUAGUUCAUACUGGUUGUGCACAAGAGAAAAGUUUGUAUGAAGAGCUGUAGAGGCAUAACUGUUGGCUUUAUAUAAAGAGGAUCCACCACCUACCAGUGUACAAAACUGAUGCCAAAACAUUACCAGGUGGGCAUGAUUUCUCAUGCAUUUGAAGUCAGUCUGUACAAUAAGAAGCGCCCUUUCUGCAAACUGUAGCAUGCACAAGACUGUCCAUUCAAAUUGUAAAGAGUGUACAGAAUAACAGCUUCUUUCAAAGUUAUGGAAAUUCAGUAUUCUCGUAUCAUACUAUAUCAAGCAUAUAAAGUAUUUCCUGUCCUAAGCUCACAAAUCCUGCCUUGUGUGUGAGAGUAGUUUAAAGAUGGUGGAGGGAAAUGAUUUCCCUAAUGUUAAAAUGGUAAUUUAUAUUCUGUCUAAUACCCUCAUCAAAAUGUGAGUUAGCACCCAUAAAAAAGUCUAAAUUGAGCACAGUUUGUUUAAUUUGGCCAAACAAAAGUUCAGAGUCUAAAGGUAAACAAUGUCAGAUCGGUUCAUCAGGUGUGGCUCAUGUUAGCCAAGCUAGCCUUUGGUCUUUCUUGUAAAUUAACAUCCACAUGUCUUUGCUGGUCACAUGGAUCGGUAUAUGCCAGUUUAAACAUGACACAGCCCUACAUAAAACUCUAUAUUCAUUUUCUGGAUCAAAAAACUGCUAAACAAGGCUGCACCACAAGAGGCCAUCUGUCAAAUCUGCUUGUUAAUAUCUGAGUGGAAGAACAUUAUUGCACAAGGACAGUAGCCAUUACCUGGAGCUACAGCCCUGGCCAAUGCACGUUGGCUGUGAUAUGGCUUUGACACAACAUUAUUCUGGUGACUUUUGAUUAUUUGGGCCUUUUAUUGGAAAUACAGAAAUAAGUUGUAAAAUUUUGAUUGAGCAAAUCAGAAAUUUUAUACCCAAUUAUAAUUUGUAAUAAAAAGUUUAUUGCCCAAGGCUUUCCAUUGCCUGCAUGAUUCUGUUUUCCUUUUUCCAUCAUCUGCAGUAUCCAAAAACUUUUAAUAUCCAGUCACCUUUUGGCUGUUGCCAUUUGCUUGCUCACAUUUGUCACCAUUCAGAGCUCUUGUGAGGAUUUCUUGUUUUGUGUUAAUUUUGGCGCCCUCUCUGGACAAAGCAGGCUUUGCAUAUUUUGUCCUCUUCAUGAUUAAAUAGUGUCUCCUAACCAAAAACUCUUAUCCUGCUCACCUUUGACAGUCCACUAUCAAUUAUUGUGAAUGUUUCAUGUUAAAUUUUAAAAACAGGGUUGUUCCCUCCUUGCGCUGGUUUCAGAUAUUAAAGGGAUAUUCCGUCGUAAAAUUAAUGUAGGGUCAAACACACUGUAACACUGAGUUAGACAACCCCUCGAGAGAUUAAUGUCGCCGACCCUUGCUUGUAGUCUGUAAUGGCCUGGCCCGUGGUCUCGUGACAAACAAGCGGUUGCUGGAAGAGAGUGGGUGAGUUGUGUUUAGUCUCUUUACUAAAAAAAAUUAGGCAAACUUUAAAAGAUGUUUGGUGGCUAGUACAAUGGCUGGGACCCUAUAUGUAUUGUUGAUGAAGUUAGAUGUAGUUCUAAACAUUAUUUGUGGCUAUAGAGUGGCGUUUUGGUUGAGGUUUGUUUAAGGCUCCCCAGACCGCUGUGUAUUGCUAUUGUGCGGUCGUUUCUAAAGUUGGUAUAACUAGAGAAGCAAGCAGUCGGCAACAUUCAUCUUUCGAGGGGGUGUCUAACUUGGUGUUAUAGUGUGUUUGACCCUAAAUUAAUUUUACGCUGGAAUAUCCCUUUAAAGAACAAAUCAGAGCUGGAGGAGAGAUAAUGUUGGUAUUAACCUUAAUAGCUUGGUGAGGCACAUGUAAGGACAACUGUCUCUUCCCUGUAACAACAGCCCUACCUCACUGUCAUAGUCUUUUUUUUUCUGUCUAUAAGCGUCUGAACUAGUUAUUGAUUCAGUUGAAAAAACGUAGAAUUCUUAAUCCCCUUAUUCCUAAAUUAUUCCUGACAAUGUUUAUUUUAAAGAUAAUUCCAGAAACUUAAUGAUAGCUGACAUAAGACCGUGCAACCUGCAAUAUGAAGGUCUCUGCUCGAGAAAAAUACACUUGGCCCCCCUAGAAAUAUUGAAUAAUCCUGUCUAUCACUAACAUUGCAGUAUCGGUGUCAGUUCGGCUAUAUUUAGUUUCCUUGCCAUCUCCUUGCACUGCUGGAAUAAGUGUUAUAUUUUAAGGUUGUGAAAUGAGCGGAUGCCUGGCGCCAAUAAGCCAAAAAAAAAGAGACAGAAAAAAAGCCUCUGACGUCAGCGUGGUGCAGAUCCUCAUCAAAAAACAAUCAAAGCAAAUCUCUACCCUGUGUUUCACACGCGUGUUUUUCUCUCUCUCUCUCUCUCUCUUUCGUAUGACGAUAGCAACGGAGCAGGCGCCUGUUCAUUGAUUUAUGCGUCGCACCUCCUCGUCAUGACAACUAGCUGUGAGAUUGAAAUAUUGCAAGUGGUGUCCUAUAAGCGAGAGAGACCGCACUGAGAGAGAGAGAAAGAGAGAGAGAGAGAGAGAGAGAGAGAGGCGCUGUGGCACGAGCCGUGGGAUCCUCUUCAGUGCAGGCUGAGGGCUUCAAAAUAAAACCACUGCAUCCGUGUAUUUUAAGCAUUUAUGGAUGCUGUUGCAAAAACCAUGAAGGCUAAACGGAAGAUCCCCGCGCUGCUUCUCACUGUGAGCCUCUACUUUCUGUCACGAGCAUCAGAUACCAAGUGAAACCAGGAGAUAGCACCACGCACGCGCGUAAAAAAGAGAUUGGACACCUGAUUUUGUCGGGUGUCUUUUUUGAGCGCUAUUUUACAUUUCAACUUAAACAACCCGUGUGUUUUUUUUUUUCUUUUGAAGGCCUUUGCGCUGAAGCGAGUGGGACAGCUACGGUGGAUUAUAACCGGCAUGGACAUAUGGGCAAAAGAGGACAGAUCACUGCGUUGACUUUUGAGGCAACGCGUCGAGUCUUGACGCUAUAGCGUUACGCAUUUAUAUUACUGAGAGUGAUUUUUUUUUCUUACCCCCUCCUGUUUGAAUUGUUCCCCCCGCUGCAUCUCAACAUAAUUAAAGUCAAAUAUCUGUGGAUAAGGAGCAGCGCUGGGUGUUGUCAGAGAGGGAUGAGAGGAGGAGGAGGAGGGGGCAGUAUGAGGUGUGCUUUUUUUGGAAAAGCCGGAGAAAGACAGACACCGAGAAGGUGUACUGAUGUGCGAAAGCCUGCGACGCGGUACCCCCCUGAGAAAUAAUUGCGAUCCGGGAAGAAAUGGCCUAGUUUGAACAUCAUCGACACGCCGGCAGAGGAUAGAAAAGAAGAAGAAGAAUCGUGUUUAGAUACAUGGACGGGCCAUCAUCAUCAUCAUCAUCGUCAUCAUCAUAAUUCCGGUGCUUGCAUCGAGUCUUUGAGGUAAGACAUAUGUUCACCUCCUCCUCUCUAAACGUGACUGGAGAUUUUUCUCUCUAUCGUGGCUUUGAUGUGUGCGCAAUCCGUACGCUUUGGUGACUUCGCAUAUUGCGCACGUUUUCCAUCUUGGCGCACUGUCACAAUUGGGGGGGAAUGAGAUUUCAAUGUAAAUCCUCGUGCCACUUUGUUGCUAUAGCACACAUUUUCUUCCUUUUUAGCGCGAGCCUUCGAUUGGCCUUGCCUGUUGAUAAGCUGUCACAUCUUUGCAUGAUCAGUGUUUACUUUGGGUAUUUAGCGUCAGUGUUGUGUGGUUUGGAGCAAGCCGCUAACAAGAUGAGAUUCAUGGGAUCUAAUUGGGAUCAACUCAUCUUGUAGGCUGUCAAUCAAACCGGCUGCUCUUCUUAGUUUGCCUCCUAUAGUGUCCUGUUUCCCAUUGGUUGUCAUGGUAUUGAUAAUUUCCUUUACACUGCAUGUAUCGAUGACUGCUUAAUUAGACACACUUGCUGCAAUAGAACUAAUCUCAAGCUGAGUGUGUGACAGGCCUUGAACUCAAAAGAUGUCCUCUCUAAUGAACAAACCCACAGCAGCACGGAGACACACACAUAUAGCACACACGCGCACACACACACACACAGUGCUUGUGCCCUAGAAGAUGCAGAUAGGAUUGUGAAUUAAAUGCACACACUCUGAUGAUCCAGGGGAAGGCUCCAUUAAUAUUCAGUGGAUGUUGGGCAGUGCUCAGUUAAUGGCAGACAACAGGACCUCUGUUCUGACAGGUCACAGAUGAGAAAUGGUAUAUUUUUAUUUUAAGAGUAUAAAUGUGUGUGUGGGUUUUUUUCUUUUCUUUAACUCGGAUACAUGGUGCCUGUAGCUAUGGAGCUGUGACAUUUAAAAUCCAUCAGAAAACCAAUAAAGUCAUUUUGUCGACUUUUGCAGAAUACGGUGUAACUCCUUGUUCGUGUAGUGUUGAAAUAGAUGUGAUUGCUUUAUUUGGCCGGCAUCACGUCGGGGAGGUUACUGCCAUUCCUCACUUGUUCAGAAACAGCAUAACAUGGAGACUUCCAUAAGCUGCAUAUGAUCUGUACAUUUGCCUAAUUUGAGGGGUCAGUAAUCCAGGUUUUAUCCUCAAUCACAUGGUGAAUAGAGCAAAGAUUUUCAUUUUUGUAGCCAAAAAUCCUAACCUAGAAAUCCGCCUGGAACAUAGAAAACUAAUUUGUUUAAACUCAUAACUAGAUCACGUCCUUUGAAAUUGAUCCAUUGUCUCUCCAGAUACCAAUCUGAAAGUGGGCCGACAGGUCAUGCCUAAGAGAUUACUACCAUUUGGACACCAAAGAGAAAUAUAUCAGUUCACGGCUAAAGACUCUGCAGACUAGAAUAAGAUUAGUUUUGGAUUAUUUAGAACCAUAUACCAUAUUAUCGCGCAUGCAACAAAUGUUCAGAGUAUUUAGAGCAAAGAAUGAAAACAAUAUUUGUGAGGAUUGUUGCCAGAAUCCAAAAACUUAAACAUCUCCUUCAGAAUAUAAGAUCAAUUGUUGCCCCAAAACUAACAUUUGGACCAUUUAUUCUGAUAUUGAUCUGUUUUGUUGCACAUACUCAUUAGAAAGACUGCAAGACUUCGUGGCAAAGUCAAGGAUAAACCUUUCAAGCUGUACCAAACAAUGUUUGUACUACAGUGACUUAAUAAUGUACUGUCUGUGGCCAAGGCAAAACAGUUCUUCAGCAAUAAUACAUGAACUUGAACAAGAAUGAUUUCAAAACUGCCCGCUUUCUGAAAAACAAAAGUCUCAGGUAACUGCAUUUUUAAACUACGGUAGGACUGAUCUUGGUGGGCAGUUGUUUGGUUUCCAGAGACAAAAAGAAGAGAUGGAUGUAACUUAGACAAAACAUGUAGUGACAAAGUUCUUGAGGCGAGAGUUAUUUUUUACAUCCAAUACAAAAUGUGCUUUUGUCAUAAUGAGGUUCUUUUGGGGGAUUUUACAGUGGCGAGUCAGAGGGUGUUUUCCAUGAUCAGAUCCGAACAAAAGCUUUCUUCAAAGUGGACAUGGUUGAUGUUUAGUUUUAUGAUUCCACAUUGUGUUCAGCUGCUAUAAACCGGUUUAUGAUAGAGGGCAGCCAUUUCAGAUCUCUGUGCUAACAUCCUCUUCUGAAGGACCGGCACUGAAAAGUUAGAGUCGGUAUUUAAAACCGGCCUCCGUUACGUGUGGGAAAUUUCCAAUCUGUGAUAUCAUUUUACACAGAGUUAUGAUGUCCGGUGGAGAAACAAGAAUCAAAACUGUAUCAUGUGAUUCCCCUUCAACUCAGAAUAACUCCAAAUAAACUUGGUGUUCUCUUGACCAUAAGGUCUGAGUGAGACCUACUUUUCCCUGCUCAUCCUCCUCCACAGUCAUCUUGAUAGCUAACUUUGCUUUUGCCAUCAUGAGAUUUGAAUUCAUGGACCAUGUAUGCACUGUUCUACCUAUAAAUGUUAACAUGCUGAGUUUAAAUGAUUUAUCAGGUAUAUAUUAUGCAUGGAUUUCUAAUAAUUCUGCACCCCCAGGCAGUGUUUAGUGAUGUUUUUGUUGCAUAUAUUCUUAAUAGAUAUUACAUUUAUAUUUAUUGAGAGCAUUGUGAUCAUUGUUUAUGGUUGUAUCUAAUGGUUUAUUUGUUUGGUUGACCUCAUUGUGGGCCGAAACACUUGAUCUUCCCAUUAAGGUUGUGAAAUUUUCCAUGUUAGCUUUCAUUUACAUCAUUUCUAUAUGCUGUUAAUUGUGUUAACACACGCUCAGGUCAUCGAUAAUGAUAAGUAAACCAUAUAUGUAUGAAGAGGAUUAAUCUGGCGGUUGUUCGGCAAAAUGACCCUUUCCCCUCCUCAACGGUGCAGCAUGGGUGAUGAUACAUUUCUCCAUUUAAAAACAAUAUUUGCUGUUUCACUGAGUCAAUUCACAUAGGCUGCCUCCUGUAAACCACUUCAGGUGUGCUUUAUUAAGUUUGUGAGGUAAUUGAUGGUCAACUCAAGUAUCAUUUGUUUCUUCUUCUGUUUUACCGCGACCACCUGAGUAGAGACAAAAGUUUGAUUAAGUGCUUUUAUUAGUGGCUUUGAGAUCUUCGGGGCAAAAGAUGCAAGAAAAAAAAUGAAGAUUGCAGUGAUUCAUCAACAGCAGCCGCAGUUUUAUUUGGUUUUAAUUGUGCUAACAUGGUUUACUUCAGUUUGUUCACUUUAUUUUCCACCCCAUCUGUGCUUUGGUCAUAGUUUUUUUUUUUCCAAUACACAUUUAAAAGUAUGCCCUGGGCACUGAAGAGAACAGUGUAUCGGACUUCAAAUGAUACUGUUAGCAGAGAAACCCCACUAACACAAGCUGUUUUAAUUCAUAUUUGAAAAUUCCCGUCAUAAAAUAAACAUCACACACUGUAAAGUAUCUUGCUGCUUCCAUCACAUCAAGAGGCGGCACUGAAAAAAGAUGUAUUAACUCUUAUUCUCACAUGAUUUCUUACUCUCAUGUGUACUGUUGCACUGAAAGGCCUUUGCCAUUUGAUUUUAAUGUAUGAACAGUUGAUCCAGAUUCAGCCGCAGAAUCUCAGAGGGAUUGUGUGUGUAUAUUACCGAACACCAUUUUUGCAGGUAUCACUGGUGUAGUCAGUGUAAGGUGUAGCAGUACCCUGUGAAGCUGAAUAACAGUGGUGAGGGUAUCCAUCCUAUGGCUGGAUUAUUAAAACCCUACAAAAGUUACAUCUGCAAAAGAUUAAAGGCGUUCAAACACAACUUUUGCAUUAUAAACCUCAAAGACAGGGUACCAUUUUUUUCCUUGUAGAGACUGAUUCCAAUAGUCAGACUCGUAUGCUAACAGAUGUAGAGUCCCCAUCAAAUACCAGUGGGUAUAAAAAUCUGAUCAUGAAUCACAGAAGAAAAGACAGAAUGCUGACUUAUGACUAACUUUUAUUUCAUGAACCUCAAACUUUCUGCAAGCACCACACUGUUGUUGUAGUUUUAACCGUCUCAUACUCAACACUGAUAACGGCAGUGAGGAACUAUGACACCAUGUUUGUGUGUAGGUUGGUACAUUUGCUGAUAUACUUAAUGCCGUAGUUCAUGGUGUGUUAUUUACACAUUAGCUUCCUUGCUGUAUACAUUAUUGGUUACACAUUAAUAUUAUCCACAGUCUAAUAUGCUUUUAUUUUUAAUAUACAUUAAAGUAUAAAAUCAAUUAUUUACUGUGAAAUAUACAUUAUCUGUGGUGACAUGUUCAUUUUCUACUGUGCGAUACAGGCUGUCCACUAUACAACAUAGCCUACAUUAUGUUAACGUUUGUAAUGCCACUGUGGAUGCCUGAAUGUGAAGCCAAACACAAUCUAAUUGCAUGUUUUAUAAUGAUAAUACAAGCUUUUUCUUUUCUUCUAUUGUAUUCUGGUAUCAGGCUUAAUACUUGCACUGGUAUCAGUAUGAGAAGGACAACUGUAAAGUUUGGGAUUAUUUCUCUCCAACAUUACAUGAGACAGAGAAUUUAAUUUGCUACUAAAUUGGGGGCCUAUGAAUAAUUUAGCAAUUGGACAGGCUUGCUGUUUGCAGUUUGCUGAAUAAUAUCACAAUUCUACCAAAAUUUCAUCAUGCAUCUUGCCAACAUCUCCAAUCAUUUUUAGUUUUUGUUUGUGUUUAUUUCUGUGGUAGCUUCCGGGGUUCCCGUGUCACUCCUGCUUUUCAUGAAUUCUUUAACACUUUGAAUUGUGGGUCAGUCCCUUAAGGAGAGUCUGCAGGAUUGUGCUCUCUCCAAAAGUGUGUUUCAGGGGCUCAAAAAGUCUACACAAGAGUCCUCAAGGAUCAACAGUGUUCUUUGUUUUGGGACUUUCCUGAGCCUGUAGAGAUACUGAGAAUAUCCUUUGAAAAUUGCCAUAUCUUUUGGAUUGAGCGCUUGGACAUUGGGAUUGAGCGGCGCCUACAUCCCCAUCGACUUGCUGUUAAGAAAGCUGCAUAUUUAUAGCAUAAAGACUCACUGCACAGCAACACAAGAAAAUACUUGUGCCUUUUCAAUUUUAUUGUAUUUUAUUUUUUGGUGCUGCCAUGUUUUUUGGAGUUUAUACAUCUAUCGUGGAGCAAAGAAAGCUAUGCUGAAGCAUGGAAAUCUAGCCUUACAUUUGAGCAGCUUGCAGGCUUGGCAGCUGUUCCUCUCCAUACAUCCUCACACCGUCUGAGAAGCUUGCUUUUUAAUCCAAGCUCCAUUAUCUUACAUCUAACACGGACUGUGCCCCUGGUAUAUGGCGUAGCUGCUGUAAAUGAAGGCGUGGAGGAUUUUAAUUCCUGUGUGAAGAUGUCGAGUCAGAGAAGAGGGAGGUUAAAAUGACCCGGCUCUCAGUCACGUCACGAGCGAGGAGGAGAAAAAAGCAGGAGAGUAGCUUGACCUGACCCAUUAUCCGUGAGCAAAGUAAAGCUGGAGAAACGCCUGUGCAAAUGCCAUGGUAACCAUCUUGUGUAACCUUCUAUGAACAAUAUCACAUAACAGUCAUCCAUGAGAUAAGCCGGGAUAAGUGCCAUCCUGUCUUGUAAAGUUUAAGAAGAAUAUCACACCAAACCCCAUUAAAAUGUGAUGAUUUAAUGCAUCUUAUUUUAGACACAGAGGCACAAGCCCAUUAAAAUGAGACAUGUGACCUUUCCUGAAUCUGAAAGUUUCGUCUUUCAGUUCAUCAGGCAUGAUCCAUUAAGCAGCUGCAACAUUUACGUCCCUGAUAUGCUUAAAACAGAGAUACAAAAGCUGCUCUCAAAUAUAGCAUGGAGUCUUUUAAAACCCCUUUCUUUCAAGCAUUGUAUCCUUGAACUACACAGACCAUAAUUCACCUUGCUUAUUACACAUAGCACCAUCAGGCAGCUGGUGCUCUUUAAAAGGUGUGGGCAGUGUUGACAUGAAUGGGGCAGAUAAGCAGUUUGAAAUGUAGCCCUACAGAAUGGACCGGGGAGGCAGCCCAUUAAAUGUUAUAGUUUCUACAUUUUCCAAUGGUGGCUAGUUAAUGUUGCAGUAUGAAGUCCGCUAAUGCAAGUUUCAUUGGCUUUGGAUAAAAUGAGAAAUUUGAAUGCCUGAACAAAUACGAGUUAUGGUGCUAAAGUAAAUGUUAAUAACCUGUUCUCUGCUAUCUGUGGAGCAGAAGUGAACUGUCAUCUAGUGGAAAAAAAAGAGCGUGUCUUUUCUGUCUGCUGCUUGGCCGUGAAGUCAGUGCCUUGUUGAAAUGAAGUGCGGCUGAAAUAAAAAUGAAAAGACCUUAUUAGGAACAAAAAUGACCAAAGACUAAAAUAUCCAGAAAGGAAAUAUACACUGACAGCUGACUUGGUUUUCUGAAUCAUCCACAUUUCAGCUGACUAAGUAGUCCAAAGGUGAAAAAAACCCCACAAAAAACAGUUGAAUUGAAUUAAUGCUGCUCUGGCAGAGUCAAACAGGAGGUCAGCAUCUGCAGGUUAAUGACGUCAAACUGGUUUGCUAAGUGUGGCGAGCACACAGACAGUAGAGCUAGCACCGCUUGCCUUAGGCAACGUUGCAGGUCAGCGUCUAAUGAUUUUAUGCCAUUUUAACUAAACACAACCUGCAUUGACCUUUAGUCUUCUGGAUCAAAAUACUGCCAAACUGCGCCAUGAUGUCAGCAUGGGAGCAGCCAUCAACUGUAGCUACAGCCCCAGCCGUGCUGCAGUUUAGCGAAGAGUUGUGACCGGAAAUUUGGGCCUUCACUACUUAAUGUUGAAGGGAUAUUCCAGCGUAAAGUUAAUUUAGGGUCAAACACACCAUAACACCAAGUUAGACACCCCCUCAAAAGAUGAAUGGAAAUGCAAUCAGACAUAGACACUAAGGCAGAAGAACUACCGCGUCUGCAGUGCAACAUGAUUAAUAUGAUGAUUAUUACUUCAAGGAAAUGAUAAAGAAAUGAUCAUAAAUGUUCUUCCUUGAGCUGGGUUACCCCCCCGCUGUGGUCCAUAAUGGACUGGCCCAAGGUCUCACUACAAAUAAGCUGAAAGAGAGUAGGUGAGUUGUGUUUAGUCUCUUUGCUAAAGAAAUCAGGCAAAGGUAAAAAGAUGUUUGAUGGCUAGUACUAUGACUAGGACCCUAUAUGUACUGUUGAUGAAGUUAGGUUCUGUUCUGAGCAUUAUUUGUGGUUAUAGAGUGGCAUUUUGGUUGAAGUUUGUUUAUGGCUCCUCAGACCGCUGUGUAUUGCUAUCCUGGGGUCAUUUCUAAAGUUGGUAUAACUAAAGAAGCAAGCGGUUAGCAACAUUCAUUUCUCGAGGGCGUGUCUCACUCGGUGUUAUGGUGUGUUUGACCCUAAAUUAAUUUUACACCGGAAUAUCCCUUUAAUGGCGUGUUAAGUUGGCGAGUAAUUCUGGUGCCAAAAACUGUGGGAGAUGAAGUUUAGAUGUUGUCAAAUAAACACACAUAAUCCUAUAUGGAGCUAAGAUUUAUAAUGUCUAUAUGAAGAUACUUUACACCCAGCUAUGAUUUGAGGUAGUCCUCCCUUGUUGUAAUUCAGUAUUAGCAUAAAAAUGCAAAGUAGACCUUUCAUUAAUGGCGCAUUACUGUGAGAACCUUGGUUAGUGUUCCAAAAAAUAUCAACAGGACACUUUGACACAUGGAAACACCAAAAUCCUUGAGUGUGAGAUGUUCAAAUAGGAAAAUGACAACCUCUUUUGAUUGUUUUGAUUUGGUUAAAUGUUUGUUUUCCAAAUAAUACUAGGUACUGCACUUGACCUUAAAAUUAUUUAAAUGUUAAAUCGGCUGCUCUGUUGAAGCCCUCUGCAGACAAACAGGCCUCACACAGCGCUCCUCCAGUUAAUGCGUCAGAUCCAAUGGUUUAAAAGAGACUUUCAAACAAAGUUCAUGCUAUUUUUUUUCUGUGCUGGAGCUGUGUGAUACAUCAUUACCAUGGUAUACCAGUGUGAUUUUCUUGAUCUGGUCAUAGUAGGGGUCAUAUAUAGUCCUUGUUCUGAGCUGUGUUUCCCUCACAAGCAGGAACAUUCAGCUGCUUUUGUAACUAAUGAAAGUGCAAAAAAAAAAAGGCUUCUGAACUUUGAAAGUUCAAUGGUUAGUGGUUCAUAUCUCUCUUAAGGGGGUAAUUUUUUAAGUUUGUGAGCAGAGCAGCAGUUUCCAAAACAGUUGCAGUAUCAGGGGGGCAGUUCAAGUGCAUAAAAAAAGUGGAACUAAAUGAAAAGCAGGGUCCAGUGGCGUGAAGUUUAAAACUGAUUUGCAUGAACAAUAAUAAGAGAGGGAACACUUGGUCCCAAAUCAUCUUAGAAGGACUUUGUUUUUUACCACCUUGUCAAAUAAUCUAAUUUACAGUAAAUUUUAUGACUUGUUGGACAAAAUCAAUUUCCUUGAGCAUAAGAAAUUAUAAUAAAGUGUGAAAUGUGUCAGAUUAUUGUAUUAGGGAGGCAGUAUAAGAUAUGUGAGAUAUCACUGAGGGACUGUAUGAAAAAUAUGGUUUCUUAACUUAAAGCAAACAUCUGAUUUUAACAGAAGACAGACAUUUUGGUCCUUUUUUUAGGCUUUUGUAUUAAAAAUCAGUUUUAAUCUGAUUUAAUAUUGCAGGAGUGAAGUCUUUUAGCUAAUCUAAUUUUAAAGUUUGAAAAAUGUCUGAACUACUCUGAGAACCAAAGCUGUUCUCAAAUAGCAUUUGCUGUAUGAUAUUCAUGAAUAAGAAAAAUAGAUCUGUGGGGAACCUUUCUAAUUGACUGACUAAAGUAAACAAAAUUCAACUUCAAUAAUGUGAUUUUCAAGGGGGUGGGUGUUCAGGUUGAGGUACCAGAAAGAAAAACGAGAUUUUGUGGAAAAAUGAAACUUAUGCACAUAAAGCACAAAAAAGCAAAGAUGUACUGUAGAUGGUACCACUUAGACCACAGGGGGCGCCAGAAUGAGCACAAAUAGAAAGUUCAUUAUUGAAGCUUUAAAGGGGAACAACUAGAGCAGUUAUCAAAUUUCGAGAUCUCAGUUUUAUUUUAAACAAGUUUUGUUGAGAUGACAAGCUGUUUGUCAGUGGUAGAGAUGCACCGAUCCAUUUUUUGCGAUCCAAUCCGAUACCAAUACCUGGGCUGAGUGUAUCGGCUGAUAUCUGUUACCGAUCCAAUACUACUGUUGAAUGAAUGAACUGUAAACCUUGCUCUGUGAGUGAAAGCAUUAGGCUUGACAUUAGCCUUGUUAAAAAAAAGGUAACAACACAGAUAUAAAUUUACUUCAUAUUAUUUAUUUAGCACACAGCAAAAAGAAGUAAGACUCCCAUGUAAACAUUUAGUGCAAAAGGAUAGACAGACAUAGAAAAACAGUGAACAGAAUUGUCGUGUUGCUGUGUAUGAUAUUAAUGAAAAGAAAAAAUGACUGGAUCAGAACACUGGAUCGGCAUCAUUCAUCAGAUAUCCGAUCCAAAUAUUGGAUCAGCGCAUCCCUAGUCGGUGGCAUAGUAUUCAUGUUCAUGAGAAGUUUAUCAAGGUAGGUUUAAUGACAGCUGGUCAAUCAUCUGAUCAGUUACUUGUGUCAAAUGUAAUGUUAUUUUAUUGUACUGUUCAACAUAUGAACUUAAACUUAUGGUCACAAAUGCCCAUUGCACAUCAACAUAAACAUGUCCUCAGGUAACAUGGUGGCAUUAUAUCGGACAAUGGGUCAAAUCUCUUGAACUUGAUAUAUAUCUAAGUCAUUUGUACUUAAGUCUUUUAUACCGCAUGGCUUCCUUUUAAACAGGUCAAUGUGAGCAAAUUGAAGGGGUGACAUUGAGGACUACAAAGACCAUUGCACUGUCCAUAGCUUUUGCAAAAUGUCAGGCGGUUUCAAUGAGACGCUUACAUCAAAGGAGUCAGGACCAUUUACUGCAAAUAGACAUCCAAACUGGUGCACUUGAUGGAAAAUGCUCUGCAUCUGAAGGCACUCUGAGCAGGAUGGGAGCGUCUGUGAUAUAAAUGAUCACAGGAGGGAGAGUGCGAGCUUGUCAGAUUUCAACAACACCUAAUUACCUUUUGUUUUAAUCUGAUAGAAAGAGGGAGGAUGAUAGUGAUCAGCUGAUGGAGCCCAGUGCCCUGUCUAAAACACUCUGAUGCACCAUUUUCAACAUCAAACAGCAGUCAAUCAAUCUUUUAAAGCGCCCCGAACACAAAGGUGAAGCAAUCAGUGUUCUGGCAAUUAAUUGAUAUCCUUCCUUUAGUUAUGUGUUAUGAACUCCUUAAAUUCAGCUGUCAGCUUAAAUGAAGUUUCAUGACGUCUAAUUUCCCUUUAGGAUUCCGUAUCAGCUUCUAUUAACAGACAACUGGUGCUAAUUGAUAAAUCUGACAGCUUUUUACUCAAAUAUUUAAAAAAAAGAUGCUAUUUGUGUUAAAUGAAAUAUGUCAUUUUGGAAUUGUGUGAUAAAAGAUAACAAAAUUUAGACACAGUAAAGGAGAAGUCAUCCAUAUCAUAUAGGUAACAAAACACUGUAAAGUAUGCGUUUGAAUGAUUUGUCAGUAAAGAGUCAGUUCCUGCACUCAAACUCAUUCCCUAUCUUUUAUUCAGCUGACCUGAGAGCAGUACCUUUGGAGUACAGGGGGCCUCUCGACACUUCUGGGCAUACAGAUCAUCUCAGCAGCAUACAUCACAUACAGCGAGUCUCGGCGCUCUACUUAAGCUAACUUACACAUCGUCAGUGGAGCCGGCCCAUCUGUCAAGGUGCGCUCUCCUCCAAAAUGUGACGGUCCUCUCAAGGCAACAUCGUUUAAAUUCCAGCAGCCGUUUCCUGUUGUGGCAGCUUGACUAGCAUUGCAAAGUAAACUGCAUGUAUUUACUCAAAUGAAUGAUGAUCCUGAGUCAAAAUUCCCCCCUGUGUGAGACAAUACAGAAGGCUUAUGUUUCACGAUGCUGUAGCCGAACUCCUCUGGCAACAGAAAGAAGCCAGUCUGCUCGCCUGUCCCUGAACAGAUGAGCUGUGUGGAGCUGCAGGACCAGCUGCAUGGCUUGGAGAUGAUUGUAUUAGCCGUUAUUAUGAUUGUCUGUGGUCAAACAUGGUGCACCUGCUAUCUCCCACACAUCUGGCAAAUGAAUUUUUUAGUUUUCCAUUUGGGAUUGAUAUGAUGUUUCUAAUUAGAUUUAAAUCAAAUAACAACAGCAGCUCCUUCCUCAUCCUGUUUCUACGGUAACCUUACCACUUGUGUUUCAGACUAACAGGGCCUUUAUUAUGACCUCAGACAAUCUAUUAUUUUACUGAAUUACUUUGUGUAUCCAUUAAGUUAUUUCUAUGUGAGCUACACAUAACCUAAUGUGUGUGUUGCAUCUUAAGCAGUAUCACAGAUUUCCCCAGACUGUUUUUCCACCAUUACAGGCACAUUUAGGAUAAUAUGGAUGAAAAACAUACAGAAUAAUACUGAUCUUCUAAGGACAUGGGGAAAAAUAGGAUGCGUUCUUAUGCUGCGUUCGAGAUACCCUGGAAGUCAGAUGUCGGAGCUGAAAAUGAAGUCACACCCCAGUUACCAAAUCAGAAAAAAGCAAAAUCGGAGGUGGAAACUAGAUGGCUACAUUUACAAAAGUUAUUUUAGCCAGUUGUCUUGUCCUUGUUAGGCCAAGGCAAGCACUAAAAUAGCUUUCGUAGAUGUAGCCAUCUUGUUUCCGCCUCCGACUUUGCUUUUUUCCAACUUGGUAACUGAAAGCUGGUAACUUGGGUGUGACUUCAUUUUCAGGUCCGACAUCUCUCUCCCGAGUUAACUCGAACGCAGCAUUAUUCUGUGAUACAGGACAGGAACUUAAGUUAUUAGUUAUUCUGCAAAAUUUUUUUAUCUUACCAGAACUUUGUUUUUCUAUAUCCAAUGCCAGGAAUAAAAAAGAAAAAAGAACAUGCUUUCUUUUUCAUAAUUACCAGAUAUGUUGUAGAUAUGAAAUAAUAAAGGUUGUGGCAAUAGAAAAAAUCUCACAAGGCUAGAGCUACUAAAACACUUAAAAGCCCUCAUAAUUUUAGUCCAAGAUAAUCUGGCAACGCGCUUUGCUGCCUUGAAGAAAGCUCUUUUAAACCCCACUCUGUUCUCAUAUGUUAAAAAGGGAACAAAAGUAGAGGAGAAACUGAUUUGUUUACAGUCGUGUAGUCUCAUAAAGAACUCACUCAGUACCUGGAUUUUAUCCAUCAAUCCUGCUGCUCAGCACAGUGUGCCGGUUACCUCGCUGAAAGUGCAGCCAGCUUCCUGGAGCUCAUCUCACUGUGGCUGGUCCUGACUGAACCGUAACUCCCUUAAAAAUUCAAAACUGAACUGCUGUCGAGAGAUGACAUUACGCACUCACAUUUUUGAUGAAUGACUGUCAUUAGUGCUAACUCUAGUGACAAACAGUGUGGCACCUUCACAAUAAAACCCUUGUUUUUUUUUAAUCAUUUGAACAGCUUACUUUGUCAAAUUAAUGAACGCUACCACGUUCCUCAGUGAAAAGGGAACAUUGCACUCAGGAUCAGUGAAGGAAAUUGAAAAGCACCGGUUGUGUUUUGCACAUGCACAACACGAAGGUGAACAAAAUGAGAGUUAAAGCGGGUAAGCCAGUUUAAGGUGCGUCAGACACAAUAGAAAAGUAGUGCUGAAAUGGGCCGAAUUCUUCUACCAUCAUGGUCAGAAAUUAUUUGCAGUGUCUGUCACUCUUCAAAAAUGAAUGUUUAAGUGAAUUUAAAUGUAGUCGAAGUGCCAGCAAGCUACUGCAAAUUGAAUUACCUCAGAUGAAUAAAAAUGGACGUUUUUCCCAUCUGAUGGAUCGGUCCCUAAAACCUACUUCUUUAUCAAUUGUGCUUCAAAAAUCUGAAUCCACUGCAGUUAUUCUACAGUGUAUCAAAAUGUCAGACUGCAUUUGGCUGAACUGAAUUUUUACUUGGUCCGACCAUUAUGCAACAAAUCGCUUUCCCUUUUUUUGGACUAAAUACCAUUUAGAAAAAAAGAAAACAACAAACAAAAAACUUUAAUUUGUUAUUCACGAGAUCCCUUGUCAACCCCGUGCGAGAGUAACUGCAUUUACACAUAUAGAGCUGCUCUGGUUUAUUUUCAGAACUAAAAGGUGGGUGUUGCCAAAGAGGAAAAACACUAUGCAGGAUAUUCCAGUGCUGCUGAAAACAUUUCAAUUAUUUAUUUGUUUGGAAACUCAGAACAUAGCUGGACUGCAGUGCAUCGCCACAACAGUUAGGGAGCCUGGACAGAAAUAAAACCAGAAUCAGCAUUCAGUGAGAAGAUCCCAGAAAAUAACAUGUUUUUGUAAUUGUAUCACACAUACCUUCAAGCACCUGCAUUCUUAACGCUGAAAUUAAGUAUAUUCAACUUUCCACAUCCUCCAACAUUUAUGAUAUCUUUAACAGUGGACAAUUAAACAUUUGACUUACUUAAUUGACUUAAAAAUGAGUGAUAUGGACUCUAAAUGGAGAAAGUUGAACCUUUUAUGUAGAUUUUUCUGGACUGGAAUUUGUAUCCUAUAGCUGCUUGAUUCUUACAAAACAAUUGUCACAAUGGUCUGACCAGAUUAGUCGAAAAAAGGAUUAACACUUGGGGAGUGGUGAAAAAAAAAGAUCAUUUCAAUUAUUUUUUCAACUAUUAAUCAACUCAUUCAACUGUGUGCUUUUUUUCAAAUCUUUCAAAAUAAAUGGAUGAAACUAGUAAUUUGUAUACCCAAAGACUUUGUUAUAUGACUAAAAAAAAUAAUUGCCAAUUGGGGUAGGUCCAAAGUAAGUCAGUCUUCAAGAGGUGUCUUGUUAAAUGUUGAACUUCACAUCAGAAAUAACACAUUUAGAGCCUAGUGUGGAGAAUUGUUUUGGUCCUGAUGGUUAAGUUUUUGUUUAUGACCACAGGAACAAGGAUGAAUAUAUAAAAACUUACCCAUUUAGUUUUAUUAGGACUAACAGUUGUGCAUCAUUACUUGUAUGGUUGAUGUUAAAUAACUGCUGAGUGCUUUGCCUUCAGCAAAUUUUUGUGUCUUUGAUUGUGCUCAUGAUUAUAAUAGGUUGCAGUAUUUGGAGGGUCAGUCUUGUAAACAACGUUAAGGUCAGCCUGAGUAACCCCUGAUUUGUUCAUGUCCUGUUGACCUUGAUGUUUGCCAAGAAAGCUGAGUGUUCCCAAAAGUAUUAAUGUUCUGUUGAUUUUAAGACAGUAUGGAAUGUCCUUGGCUCACCUCCCAGGCUUCUGGUUAUCAGGCCGGAUGAAACCCGUUCAUAUUAUACACACCUAAAGGGGCUCACGAUUGUGACACACACACACAAUUGAGAGAUGCACAAUUGUAAUACACAGUGUAACAGGCAUCUAUAUGUUCACGAACACAGUCAAUGAAAGGAGAGGUCGGGGGUCCCCCACCAAACUUGUUUCAACACUUUACCCUCAAAUCUUAUAGUUAGCCUGUAAAAUUGUACCUAAAAUAUGAUGUGCAUCAACAGUCUUCAGUACUGUGAUAUCAAUAAGAAGUAUGGUAAAUCAACUCAUUUUAAAGAGCGCUUAUUGGCUAAGAUAACUCACAGUUUUUGUCUGCUCAAUGUUCCUAAAGUUUUACAUGUAAAACAUGUUUGCACCAUGUUUCUCUUGAGUCCAGGAUAAAUCCAAAAUGCAGUUUUUUCAUUACUGAGUUAUUUCUACUAUUAUUACCCAUCUGAAGUUAGAGACAGCUGGCUUAAGCAUCUUUUGACUGCAGCAGCAUGGCUAUAACACCCAGGCUUCCUUCUAAUAAAUUAAAUAUACAUGCUGUGUGAGAAAACAAUUGUAUACACCAAAAAAAAUCUCCUGUUUUAUUGCAGUAACUAGGCGUUAUCGCAUUAUGUCUAUUGCAAAAGGUCAAAUUGGGAAAUUGAUGUAUUUGCAAUUUAUUAAGCAGCCCUACAAAAUAGAGGAUUUGAACUUUAAAGUGUAGUUUGGAAGUUAAGGUUAAAAAUGUCAAUAUGUAAGGGGGUUAUUAUGACUGAAAGGUUUCUGUCGCCAUGCUACCUUCAUAAAUGUUAACCUUGAGAAAUAUGUCAGCUGAUCUAUGUAUUAGUCUCCCCCCCUGACUCUUCAGCUAUCACUGUUUAACUUAUCAGGCAUUGAUGUUAUUAUCCAGAUUCCUAACCCUAAAUUGAAAACGUGUCUGACAUGAUGGCGAGUCUGUGGGCCGACCAGAAGGUUUAAGACUGGAUCUGUAAGGCCUUUACUUUCACAGAUAAUCUGUGCCUAACAUCAGUACCGACCGAGAUCUCAUACCAGAUAUCUCCCCUGAUUGGGGAGUAUAAAUUGGUCAAAACUGUAGUCUGAGCCCAGCCUAAUACCCAACUCUCCGUUGCAGCUCAUGUCACUUCAUCUUAGAUCUCACACUGGCCCUUAUCUGCCCACACUGGUGCAUCAUUCAGACUGCAGCUGCCUCUUUUUUUAAUCCCCCUCUGACUGCACUCUUCUGUUACAUUGAGUAUUUUGGUGUCGCUUUGCUGUAACCAUGUGUGCUCUUUCAAAGCUAGUACUUUUUGUGCUCACUGAUCUUAUUUUUGAGUGUAGCACCUGUGUGGCUGACAUGGGUUUCUCAGCCAACCCUGGCUCUGGAUGCUCAUUAUUGCCCAUCUACUCUUGAAAUCAGGGCACAUCAGGUUGAAAAACUGCAAUAUCCUUUUUUUAAGCCAUGAAAAUAUGCAACACGCGAAUGCUUAUGCUAAUAAAUCCCACAGAAAAGAAAUUGGAUGUAAGCAUUACAAGCAGAACGUAUGGUUGUAGUUUUCAUUACAAGUCAGGAACAAUGACAGGCAUGGCUGUUGCCAUGACUACAGAGAUAGUAGUUCAAUUAAGCAUAUGCACAGUUCAAAUUAAAGUGAUUCCACACAGCAGGGGUCUGUUUAAUUACAUGGGGGACAGCAUAGAGAAGAAGUUGGUACAAGGUAUGAGUGGAAAAAGUAGGGCUAUAUUUUCCCUUUUUUUUUUUUAGGUGUUUAUUUGUUUCUUUUCCUCACCUUAACGCGUUGAUAAAAGCCUCAUUAUUCCCAUUGUUAGCUCAAAGCAUUCACUCCCAAAAAACAGGGGCUUUUGUUGCCGCUCACCUCUCUGUCACCUUUGUAAACAAACACUCCAAAUCCCCCUGUGUCCCUUUCAAAACAAGAGCACAUUUGAGAAAAUGAAAUUAGGAGCUGAAAUCAGGUUAUUCUCACACCACUCCUGUUGACAUAAAAAAAAUGUUCAAGUGACAACAGCAAGGGAUAGAUUAAUGUCUUAAUUAGUAAACAGAGCUAUUAGUGCAGUCAUAAAUACACUCACUGUGGUGUAGAGCUGUCAAUUUCCCCUAAAAUCAAUGUUGAUGAUUAAUUGACUGAAAAUAGCUUCAUUAUGUAACACAGUGCUGGCAGGAGAUGGGCUGUGCAAGACGGGGUUUUAAAAUGGGUUUUGUUUUGACUUAAGCGUGAUAUUAAUUAAAUAAAAUGGUGGUUUCUCUGUUUCAUAAAACUUUAAAAACCAGCUCACCUGUCAGGGCGCUUAUUAAUCUCAUCUAAAUCUUAUAAGCUUUGCGGUGAGGGAGAAAAUGUAGAGAAACACAUAACACACACUGUACUUGCUGAGAGAAAUCAAAAAGACUAUUGCAAACCUGGAUUCAGAUCCUCUUUCUGUUGGCUGUGGUUUAGUAAACAGCCAAACUGGUUUUAUUUGACGCUGCUGAAAUUGAAUUGGUUUAAAAUGAGCUACGAGGGAAACUUUGCGGCGGAGCUGCUGUUUGAGAAUUUACACAACAGCAGCAGCAGCAGCAGCAGCAAGAAUGUAUUGGGACAGUGACAUGGUUUGACUGUACUCCAGCACAUUUCAUUUCAAAUGAAACAACUGCUGUGAAGGUUACAACGUCCACUUUCUGCUGCAGGGAUGGAGUCUCUCACAGUCUGAGAUAUCUCCAUAGUAGAACACCAGAGUAGGACAUUGAUUGCAAACACUGAUACAAGUAUUGAGUAUUGAGUUAUCUGGGGCCAAACUCCGGUCAGACCAAACUGAUUCAUUAGGAUUUGCUUUAGCCCAUCAGGAGGAGUUACUUUUUCUUCUAUGCUAAUUUUUUCUUGUACUUUGGUGGAAUACUCUUGAUUAUUAUGUAUUUUUCACUGCUAUUCUCCCAGUCCUUGGGUUGCAUUUUACAAGUGUCUUAUAUCAUGCAGUGCUGCAUGCAAUGAUCCAUAUAUGACAAACAUACUGUAUUUUUUAUGGGUUUUACCAGCGGCUGCCAUGUUAAGAAAGGGGAUUACAGGAUGAGCUCUUACUUGACAUUCAGCAAAACCACUUAACCACACGUCACCCCUGCUACCUGCACCUGCCUCUGUUUCAGCUGUGGCUUUUUUUUUUUCCUGCCUUUGGUUUCCAGUCUUCCUCCUCUCCUUUUUUAAGCCACCCUCUUCUUCUUCCACAAUUUGACCUCCCGCUCUUUUUAUACUCCCUCACAGCUGCACACCAUCUCCUCCUCCUCCUCCUUACCAUCAGAAACAGGUUCAGUUGUUGCUGCAGGCAGGUAGAGCUUUGAGCCACCGAAAGAUUCAUAUGUGUAGGAACUGGAUAGGCAGAUAGAUAGUGCUGAAUAAACCUCACACACACACACACUACGAAAAGCUCCGUCUUUAGUGGCUAACGUCAGUGUUUCCAUGACUCACCGCUUGGAAAGACUUUCAAAACCAGUGUCCAAUCACAGGUAUCUCAGAGCCUUACAGACUGUUGGGUUACAGCCUAAAAUGAACACUGAGAAUCUAUCUUUUAUUUGCCCCUCAAAGUUGCAUUUCAGAUGGAAGCAGUCCAAGGGUAAACGCUUGAAGGCAGAGAUAAUAUCAAAUUAAGUUUGGAUGACUUUUCCCCAGAAUUCUAUUUUAUCACUUUUAGACCAAAACAUUAAAUAAAUAAAUAAAAACCAAACUAAAUGCGCAAAAAUAAACUUGUCUGUUGCCUUCUGAGGGAGCUGCAGGUUUGAUUUGCUGCUUUCAAUCCACUAAUCGAAGCUGUUUUUUUACAUCAAUAUAAAAUGUAUGUUUGCUCCCAGUGAGAAGCUUUUGAAAUAAACUAUGUUGCCUCUUUAUGGCCUACAAAAGUGAACGAGACCCUAACUGACAACACUGACCAUUUCUGUACUGUAACUUUUAAUGCUGAUAAACCCGGUGAGACAACACAAUUUAUAGAGUGCUGAAGAAACAACCAUAAUUUAUUUUCUAACAUAACUAGAUUUUUUUUAUUUGUUAAGAAACACUACUCAAGCUUAAACAAGACUAGUUAUGGUUGUCCUAACCAGUAGACACCAGAAUUACUUGUUUGUAAAACUAAUAAUCAAUACAUUUGUCAUUGAAGACAUAACACGAUGGUCAUAUAUUGUAUCUAAGCUGCGGUGCAGCCAGCAGCCAGGGCUGUAGCUCCAGUUAACGGCUACUGCCAUAAUGCCAUAAUACUUUACUGCUCGGCUAUAAACAUGCAGAGAUGAAAGAUGGUAUCAUGUAGGGCAGCGAGCUUUGGCUAUAUUUUGAUCUAGAAAAUAAGAUGAAGUUGUUUGUAGGCCAAGUCCGCCUAAACUGGCAGACAAUCUCUUGAGAGGAGCAGUGUAUAGAAAGUUCGGACAGGCAUGUGGACAUGAACCUGUAAGGAGGACCGAAGUCUGGUGGUGCUAGCUCUGCUGGUGUUAGCUACACAUGGCAAACCAAUUUGACAUUGUUUACUCUCUGAUCCUGCAUUCAGCUGUGUUAAAUGAUUUGUACCAAGCUAUUAGCUGUCUUCUUAGUGUUGUCCGUAUUUAUUAGGAAAGAAAGCUUAAACAAAAAUUACAAAAAAAUAAUAAAAUCAAGAAACAAAGACAAGACUUUUACACCAAUAAUUGGAAAAUGGAGGUUUUUUAAUUAAUUAAUUUAUUAAUUUAUUUAUUUUUUCCAAUUUAUGGCCAAAGCUUAAUCGCAUUGCUUUUACAAAUCCAUGUACUUGUUGAUUGAUGCUGAUAUUUCAUGGUUAAAUGACAGUUCCUACCUGUUUUGUUGUACAGAUAUCCUUCACAAUACAGCUGAUUUGUGGGGCACACUGCAGUGAAACCAGUGAAGCCAUUUUUGUUGAGUGUAGUUCUUGUAAAAUGUCUCUUCAGUGUUUCAGUCUUUGAGUCUGCAGUUCUUCAGCAGUGAGUUUGGGACAACUGUCUCAUGGUAUUAAUGGAGUAUUAUUGUAUUAUCAGUGAUUUCUAUGAUGGCUUUUAUGGUGUUGUAUUUCACCAACUUCCUACACGUCCUCUCCUGACGUCCUCUAUAGAAAAGGCUGAGGGAUUCGCUUGUCAGUCGGAUGUGUCUGUCACAGCUUCUAAUGAAUUAGUCAGACUCGCACAUUGCCAGCGAAAUGUUCAUAACACAUCCGCAUCAAGAACACGAGACACACAUUGACAGUAUAUCACUGGAAGUCCUCGGACAAAUGGCAGACUUCAGAAAACACUGAGCAGGAAAUGGUCUUCCACCAGCAAAGCAGUUCUUCAAACUUGAGGCUAAAAGAUGAUGUAAACUUUGUGCGAGAUUGCAGGGCUCUGGCUCGGUGUCAUCACUCCUCAAUGAUCACAUUUAUAACAGGCUGCAGCAGCGUCUGGCCCGUGGCUACAGUCAGACUUUGGAGUUUCCUGUCAGCCUGAGGACCUCGCGCUCUUUUGACUCUCUUUCAGAGCCGAGAAUAAAGCUGAUUGCAGUCUUGCUGGGGGGACUUAGCGUUGAUCGAGCCUGCCUGAGGAACGUAAGCUUGUUAAUUCAAUGUUAUCCUAUAAAUCUUCUUUCAAAUUGAACCCCUCUAGAUCUGCUUUUAUGUAUUGUUUUCAUCUUUGCAACCACAUUUUUGUGUCUCUUUCUUCUGAUAUUAUAGAUUUGAAAACGGGGGAAAUGGCCUGCAUCAUUAUUCUAGUACGGGUUUUCAUAUCGACAGUGUAACAUUGAGACCGGGCAAUCUUGUUAACAUGGCUAUGAUGCCUUCUCUAUUUAACUUAGUGGGCCAUUUUAUUCUUAAAUUAGCUUUACGCUCGAGGCAAAGCAGCUGUCAGACUGCUCCCUCAAACUGUGUGUAUCGCCCACAGACACCUAGACACACGCUAACACAGCUAGCAUUUCACCUAGAUCAUCGCUAAUUAGUGUGUCACCAGAUUGUGCAUACUUCUUGGCUUCAUUGUGACACAUUUUUGUACUUACAACAACCCAAACACACCUGAAAAAAAGCACAGAUAAAUAAAAAGUAACAUCCCCCUAGAAGCAGUUAUGUGCAUCUCUACAAAAUCUUCUGUGUGUGGCCUGUAGCUGCCAGGAUAUCUUCCUCGGUUUGUGUGCUGCUGCGGAGGAGAGCUCGAAGAUAAAGUGGUUUUUCAUGUGAUCUACAGGUGUUAAGCGAGGAGAACAGUGGUAACCAACAGCAACAUAUUGAUUUUCUGGUCCAGCUGUGACAGAGGGCCUUUUGUCUAACAUGUCCUAUCUGCUCCUCCUGCCUGCUGCUUUAUGCUCCCUGCUGCUCCUUUAAUAACCUGCACUCAUGCUUCAUUAGGGCUCCUUUAAUUGACUUCUACUUGAACCUUUUUCAAUCCUCACUUGUUUUUUUUUUCAUAGUUUAAUUACAAGGGUCUGAACUCAUGAGGCGGUGCAGGAAAGAAAAGGCCAUAUUGACACAUAAUUGUUUUUAACAACACAACAAUCUGCAGGACGCAAACAAAAUAAAGUCAUUCUUCAGGUGCCUCAAACUAUAUUUUUUUUAUGUGGCCACUCGAGGCUGCUUCCAAAAUCAAAUCCAUCUCCAUUCAGCCCUGAAUUAAAAUGCCAAACUUUAUUUAAUAUAUUCACAGAUUGAUUAAAAAAAUGUUUCGGCUUGAAUUAGAGUUGUGCCGAUACCAGAAGUUUGAAUUUCAAUAUGAUACUAUUUAAAAGCAAAUGACCUGUUUUAAUACAACAACAACAACAACAACAAAAAUAAACCCCCAGGCACCCACAACUGUUUCAUUUUGUUAAUUUUGAUUUUCAGCUGUCUGUUUGUAUCUGUUCAUUUUCAGAUGUUUGCAGACAGGACUGACAAACCCAGGAACCAGCUGACAGUGCUGUCUCUCUUCUCUACUCCCGGUCUGUCUGCAGCAGACAUAAAUGAAACGCUUGCAUCUUUGUGAGAUGCCAAAUAGACUACAUUAUAGAUUUUUGUAUUUGCUGGUCCAUCAUUAAUAACGGUAAAUGAUUCAGUUGCUGUGACAGGGGGCGGAGCAGAAAGACACACAGCAAGCAGAAAGAAGGAGCAACCUCCAGAAUUGAGAAAUGAAGCCGAUGCGGCACUUGAAAAACUGCAGUUCUACAAGUGUCCACCUGAGGCUGUUAGCUGAAACCAGGUCUACACCAAGCCAAAAAGCCUGUUUUUGGAGAAUUAAACACUUUUACAGCCUGGUUUAAAAAAACGUUUUCGUCUGAUUAGCGUAGGGCUCAUAAAGUAGGGUGACCAUACGUCCUCUUCUAUCUGGACAUGUCCUCUUUUUGGGGGGUUGUCCGGGCUGUCUGGCUUUGUCCAGGGAAGUUCAUAAAAUCCUUCAAAUUUUGGGUUUUGUAUGGAAGUUUUGAGUUUGUGUCACAUGGUGUUACUGAGUUAGAAACAUGUAAAAGACAUUCAAUCCAACCUGAAAAACCGUAGGCACCAACAGUAUUGAAAGUUUGUUUCAAAGCCAUUUAGGAUACAAGAAUGACGAAUCCGAGGCACGGCUGACUUGCCUGACAGGCAGACACCCUGUAAACAUCAACCUACCAGAGCAGGUGGAACGCCCGCCUCUGGUAGGUUCGUUUGAGACAGCUUUACCAAUAUGGCGACCACCACUGAUUGACUCUGCCUCAGAAUCAGCCAGGUGACACCAUGUCACUACAAUACAGUUACUAUACAGUACAUGGUUAAAACUUUAAAACUCCUUACCAGCACUCGCCCUCUUUACUUAACCUUUAUGUUUAUCAACCACCACAUUUUCAUUAGGCUGAAAAUGUGUCUGUGAGUCUGUUUUAUUCACAAGAUUUAUUGAUUUUCUGUGAUCUCUGAGGUAAACAUGAUAAAUUGUUCAUAUCAAUAUUGAAGCAUGUGGAAUGGAAAAAUAAUGGAGUAUCUAAGAAUUUCGACAGCCUGAGUCUCCACAACAUUUUUUUUUUUUUUUUUUGCAACAGAGCAGACGUUAAAUUUUAUUCAGUUCACCAGCUUUAAUGAUACUAGUUGGCAGAAUGAGGGAUGUGUCACCUUGAGUGGCAGGUAAAUAGUAACCUCUUAACUGUGACGGUGUUCUUGGAGCAUUUUACAGAAUUUUUUGGAGUAAAUGCUGAACAAAUGUCUGUGUGGUUAAAUUUACUAAUAAACUGUUCAAGAUGCUUUUGCUCCAGGUUUUUGUUGAGUGAAAAUCUUACUUCAUAUUUUGGUUUAUUAGCUCUAAUUCAGAGGUACUGAUGGCUUUACUCAACAUAGUUGGCUCAAAGCUCACUCAGUGUUUCAAGUGCUCAGCCAGUGCGUAGGAGUCAUGAUAGUUGUUGACUUUUCACACCCAAAGAGACAGCAGGCCUCGGUGUUGGAAAACUGGUGAUUUUGAGUUCUCUAACUCACAUUGGUAACUUUAGGUCAUCCAGAAUGGUAAAAUGAGCCACAGGUCUGUUCUGUUUUUCUCCUUUUAGACCUAAACCCCCUUUUAGCGAAAUGUUUGCAGUCAUUUUUGGGGUCAGUUGCAAUCACAAUAUAAUACGUGUAAAGAGUUAUCUCCUGGUGGAUAUUCCCACAAUUCUCUGGCUACAGCGUGAUGAGGAUGGGGAGGCAGUGGCAGAUGGAGCAGCCAUGGUAUCUGAUUGAGCUUCUCUUUGAGUCUGGAGAGCUUAUGGCGAAGAGAAUAAAUUGUGGGAUGAAGCUCACCGCCUUCAUCAGCACUAACAGCACAGUGGCUCUCUGCAAUUAUGGGGUCGCCAUGAAAUUAACACUGUGACAAGUACUUACAACUGACACUGUUUAUUUUCUCAGACAGAUAACAGUCCCCUUUUUAGGAUUCGUAACCAGCAUACAGACAUUUAAUAAAAGGUUUAUAACAGGCUUUAAUGACGCGGAAGGAACUAACUGAUUACAGGUGUUGUGCGUUUGGUCUUUAUGUUCCAUUAGUAAUUGGGUACUAUUACUUAAAGGUCCUAUAUAAAGAAAAAAAAAACACAUUUAUCUUCAUCUAUACUUCACUCAUCCUGCAGCCUAGCAACCCUGAGAGUGUGGAAGUGAAAAGCCUCUGCGUUUUUUCAUUACAUUCUCAGAAAACAUGGCUUCUACAUGAGGAUUCAAACAUAGCCCUGUGGUGGUGACGUAUGUAAAGCGAUGAUUUGUACAGGCACGAAUGCAAAGCCACUCUCACACCUCAAGCAUUCCACUUCCUCCAAGAGGCAGUAACAAUUGUAUGUAUGAUACAUUAGGGUUUUUUUUUUUUUUUUAAUCUAGGUGUAAAUCUUAAAAACUGAAAACUGUUGCAGUCUGUUUAAUUGGUGUUAAAAAUGCGGACUAAAGAUCGGGAAAAUCGACAAUAUCGUAGAAUUGCAAUUUAAAUCGAAACAGCAUCCAAACAAUCAUAAAAUAAUCGAAUUGGGGGAAAAGCAUAUCAUCCAGCCCUAUGAUCUGUACAGGACCAGAAACUGAGAGGCUGCAGUCUUCACAGAGGCUGUAAAAUUCCUUCAAAUCCUUGUGUUAAAGACAAUUAAUACGUAUUAAAAGGCUAAAAAUACUAUAAUAUGGGACCUUUGACUUAUAGCGUCUAACUUUGAUUGUGAAGUCUGCUCUGUGAAAAGAUAAUGCAUAAUACUCUGAACUGCAGAUGUAAUAACAUAGUGUAAUAAAUAACAUGUAAUGACCUUUAAAGGAGCUCAUCCGUCAGCGCAAACUUACAGUGCUGUGUGUGCAUCUCAUUGCUUCUUGCUACAAACCUAAACCAUGGAGGAAAGUAAUAACUGCAAAAUGCAUUUUCCUUAUUUAUGAUCAACUGACUAAAAUGCAAAGAGAGCUAAAUGAGGACAAAGUCAUCUGCUCACUUAACAUACAUUACUCAUACUUACUCAUUAAUCUGCCUGAUCAGUGCACUAAAGUCUCAUCAGCAACACAAAAGAAAAGAUGAAUAUGUAUCUCCUUGGAUGUUUCAUUAUCGAUCUUGUGACAGUGAUCCUCAUAUGGUUUGAACAGCUUGACAAUAACAAACUCUGUCCUGCUACCUUCCUGUGCCUCCCUUUGUGUCCAAGAGCUUUGGUUUUUCUAAUGUUAAGCGUCAUGUAGUAGAAAAGGAAACAGACCCCUUAUACUGUUAAACUGUUAAACAUAUUCCCAUUGGUUAAAUAAACAAGUUGCAUGCUAAAGCUGUUAAAGCACAGAUGGUUUCUUCUGGAGUGAACCAGUAAGAGGAUAAAUGCGGAAAAAUCACCUAUUGAUCCUACUUAGUGGAAGUCGUAAUUGAAUCACCUUGGACAAAAUUGUACAUAUUAAUUCACCAAAUACUGAAGCACAGCCAGAUCUAUCGCCUCAUAUAGUUGUUACUCAUUACAGUGAAGAGAAACUGACUUCUCUAUGGCUGGCUUUUGAAUUCAGAUAUCAUGCAGCACUUUCAGGGACUGGCAGCCAUUUCUCCCCUCAUCUCCUAUUCCUUUAUCACCCAGUGCACCCUGGCAGACUGCACAUUGAGGCAAUCGAGCGGACUCUGGAUAGCUUCUUCGUCUAGUGUGAAAAAAGGAUGAGUCCUACAUAUGCAGCCUCACAAGUCUAAUCUUAGCCCCGGUUCCUCUGUUCGCCUCAUCAACAAGAGAACUUAUUCAUCUUGCCCAGUCCAUUAAAGAUUUAAAGGAACAUUAGGGCCUCUAAACAGCUCUUUUAAUUAAACAGCAGGAGUCGUUCUUACCGUACCUGUUAGAGAGGACAUUCCCUUUAACGUCUACAUCUCUGCAUUUGCAUUAACUUUAAAGACUGUUUUAGAUUUAAGUCACAUAGAGCAGCCACGGCCAUGUAUGCAGCAUGUUCGCUCACUGAAGGUCAAACUUUCAUUUAAAUCCAUCAAAUGUGCAUUUUUUAAAGUGAAAUGCGUUGUGGUCUGGGCUGAUUUAAAGGCGCAUUCGUGAACUGCAUAGUAAACUCGAGCAGUUCAGUUUGUUGGGUUUGCCCUGGCCUCAAAAUACUUGAGGAAUUAUGAGAAUAAGGCGUGUCCCCUCAUCUCUGACAUUUUUUAAGAAACAGACAAUACACAGACAUCUCUUUCUAAUUAAGAGAAAGAUUAUAAAUCAUUGGAUACAUGCUCCCUUGCCAAAAUUUAGAUAUAAAAAUUAAUAACACAAAAUGCUACUACAGCCAACAAAAAAAAAUACUGUUAGCAGUAGCCUGACCUUGCUCAGCAUCAAGGAUAGAAAAAGGGUAAGGAUGGUCAAAUCUACCUAUAAGAAUCUCACUUAUUAACAAAUCACAAUAACAGUUAUUUGUCACUUUGGUACUCGGCUUUUCUACAGAUUAGAUUUGUCGAAAACUUCAGUGCGAGGCCGUCCUAGUUGAAACCUGCAAAAUAAAGCAGCUGUCAGUUCAAAUAUACAGGCAUCCCACACGAAUCUCUCAGAAUGUAAAUAUAUGAAAAAAAUGAAGCUUUGACCUCGAGACAGAAAAAAUGUGCUCUCUGAGGUUAUCUAAGGUAAGAGGUAUAGUCUGUGACUAACAGAGUUAGCCGAGCAGAAGUGAUGAGGUCACGUGGGAUGCCAAGACUCUGGAUUCGUUCUUUGUCUGCUUUGAGGUAUAGACUUAUUCCUGCUUCUCAUUUUUUUAUGUAAAUCAUUUUUGGAUCAGUCAGUUUAUUAGGAAAGACACCUGUAUCCUACCAUUUAACUGGAAGAGAUGCUGGUUCGGUAAAAGAAAUAAAGAAGCAGUGCCCAGAAUUGAUGCAAAUUAGAAUUUGAACACAGCUUGAGAAUGCUGUCAUCUGUCUUCAUCAGAAAAGACUUCCCUGUUUUACAAAUAUGAUUGCAUAGAGGAAAAAAUGUAUUCACAUUGACAGUUUUGUUGUUGGAGAGCACAACACUGGCCAUCAGCUUUGUUUUAUUUUUAAAUGAAUGGCUGUUUUUUUGUUUUGUUUUUUUCUGAGCAAGUUGACAAGACAUAGCAGAUGCUCAAGUUUAGUCAAAAACUCAGCACGCUGUUUCUGGCUUACUAAGCUGCUUGUCAUCUCCAGAUGUUGACUAGCAGAGGGGAGCAUCCUGACAGCUGAAGUAGUGCAUGUAUUUUUUAACAGCCAAAGUGGAGACAAAGCAAUAUAAAAUCCCACCGCAAACGUUUUCUCCCAACACAACCAUUCUGCAAAAGUUUUCACAAACUACUCUGACCGUACCAAUUUGAAACUACCCAUUGAGUUUCUAAAUAAAAACGAGACAUUCCCUUCUCAGACAGCUUGAGUUGACAGGACUACCCAUUAUACAGAACGGGAGAGAAAGCAGGUUAAAUCAGCCCGGUGAUUUGUGCAUCAGCGUAUCCCUUUUUAUGUGUGAAGAUGUGGGCUCAAUGCAUACUCAGCUCACGGAUGGUUGAUGUGAACAGAUGUUAUGAUGUUAGGUUACUACUGUUUGUGGGUGGUUGAGAACAAAUUUCUGCUUACUGUGAGUCUUUACUGACAUGCAACGUCUCAUGCCUGACUGAGUUUUAGUGCAUGUAUGUGAACAUCAUCAUGUAUACACAGCAAGACGAGCAAUAUAGUGAACCAUCUGACAGGCUACAGACACUUAGACCGCACCUAUGCUUCCAGUCAGCAGAGAUAAUGCGCAUUCCUAGAUAUAAUGUGCAUAUUGAAGAUACUCCGACCUUGGGGUUGUGAUGCAUGUUCAGUCACAUUUACAGGCAGAAUACAAGCACAGAUGGCUGCUUUAAAAUCAACAUGAGGUUAAAUGUUAGCAGUGAGCAAUGGAAGACCCUCGAUGUAGUUCAUUCCUACAGACUUAAAAAGAGAUGAAUGGAGAAACAUGAGAUAUUUUUAGCUACUGAUGAUAACACAAAAAGAAAAAGACUUACAAAGGUCCAUUAGGAUUGUGAGUGAGUUGAGGACAUGUUUAGCUGACUGAGGUACACAACUAUGUUUUUAUGUUUUUUCUAUGUUUUUUUUUAUACUUCAUUCAUCCAGGGGGAGCCUUGUUGUUUAAGGUUGUUUGUUUUCCAAUUUUAGUGAUGGGGAUUGAAACCCAGUUCUAUUAAGGACUCAUUCAAACCCUGAAAAUAAACAAUGUUUGAGCUUAUUGAUUCUGCUAUCGACUCUUUUGGGUCCUUAACAUUACAUUUAAAUCAAAUGUAAUGUAACCGUAUUGCACAAAAUUACUUCAUUGUUAAAUAAAAUGUAAUUCCAAGCCAAUAAGCGUGAUAGUCAGUUGCUGGUGGUGAUGACAAGAUCAUGGGUUUGGUCACACUUUAACAAAGCACAAAAAGAGAAAGCACAGUGUUAUUACUGUAGCAAAAUAAUUUCUUGCAAGGGGGCACAUAACAUCCACAGUUAUAAAGAUGGCGCAUCAAAUUGUCCAUCUGCUGGUGCUGCUGCUGUGAGGUUGAAAAUUCUCCUCCUCCACCCAAAGCAGGCAGGGUGAGCACAGCCAGACUUCAUAGCAAGUCCUGUUUCUUAAAAGCUUGAAUCCAAUUGGAAAUCAAAGUUAGACUACAGACUACUAGACUAACAUGCCCACAUACAGAGAUCAACUUUAAUACAUUACCUCUGGUUUGAUUAAACUCUUAAAGUCCCACUCUGAUCAUUUUUUUACUACUUAAAGUGUUCUCAGGGGUCUUUAAACUGUGAUUUUUACCAAAAACCAAGUUACCUGUGUCAUUUUCAAGGGCUUUUCUUCUUCUGCAGAGCUCCAUUAGAUCAUUAGCAACUCGCCUCUGAGUCGUGGGCGGAGACAGCGCUGCUCUGCACACUCCUCUGCACACUCCUCGUCACGCUAGCUUGUAGCCUAACAUUGCUGGUGUAGUAGAAGUGGGAGGUAACAAAGGAGCUAUUCAGCUCUCGGACACUAAUGUAUUUAGGGACAUGGUGAAAGCUAUUAUCAUAGCUUUCUUACGAGCAUUGCAAUCCACUAAUGUCCAUGCUUGUUCCGCAAUCAUCCUCUACUUUUCCAAGUGUGGGGGCGGAGCUUGGAUUUGCUACGUCGGAAAUCUUACUGAAUCCGAACCUGCCAUUUCCGUCUGUGAGAGAUUCACAGCGAUUUGAAUGCAUAAAUACUUAGAAAUGCAAUUUUGCUCUCAGUUUUCUUAUGAUAUGUCCUGUAGCAUCAGUAAAAUGCCAUAUGAGCGAGUAGGCAACAAGAAAAACACAAUUUUCAUCAGAGUGGGUCUUAAACCAUUAACAUCUUAGAGUCUCCUUAUAGUUGCUUGGCAUCCUUAUGUUUACAACAAACCCCACACAGGUAGUCCCACGCAAAACCUACUUUAGAUAAAGUUCUUUAAGUUUUUUAAUGAGUGAGCUUUAGGGGUGUUAGUAAGAGGUUUGGUAACUUUUGGGCACUUUUGGUAGCUUUUAGGCACAGCUUGCCUUGCUGUUCACCCAUAUUUCCAUUUGUUACACUUCGCUGACUAUGUAAGAUGGCUGACCAUCUCUAAAAGUGUGUAAGAGACUAACUUGUAUUUGGUAUCCUCUAUCCUAUUUCAAACCCCAGCAACAAAGCAAUUUAUCUCAUUUGCUAAAAUGUGGAACUAUCCCUUUAAGAACUUUUCUGUGUAAAUAAAAAAUAAACUUAGAGGACCAUCAAAAUCAUGAAAUUGUACCCUUUCACAUUGAGUCAUUUACUCAUCAAGGCGCCAAGAGUUAUGUGCUAUGUAUAAUUCACAUUAGUCUAAAAUUGUAUUUUCAGCUUGACUAUGCAUGCAUACUAACUUUUUUGAUGAGGAGUCAGGGUGCCCUUCCACUUCUAACCUCCUCCUCCCCCUCACAAAGAUGGAGUCACUCAGAGGGCUUUAAUGAACUGAGUAUUUUUCCACAUAACUUGUUCUUGUUUUAUCCUCAUAAAGCAGGGAACCGCUCACAUCUCUCACUCCGAACACCAUCUUUUUGCUACAUUUUCCCGUCAUUUCCUGCGUCUGCUGGCUUUAAGUGCAGGGUGGAUUUUGCAGGGGUUGAGGGUGGAGGGAUGAGGUGGCAUUCAACCAACGGUUAGCGCCACAUAAAGCCUUUAUCACACCUAAACUGCUCCGUCUCCCAAAGCCGGAGUAAGAUAAGCACUGCCCAUUCAUCUGUAAUGAUGUGGAAGCAAGAACCAACUGAACGGAGUUGAGAGGGAAAGGCUAACUCAGACACAGUGUAGAUGGCUGAAAGGGGCGCAGGGCCAACAGGGUUUUUCUUGUUCAGUCCUCAGAUUAAUGUGUGAAGAGGCUUUGAUUUAUUGUGUUUUCACUGUGGAUUCAAGUUGAUUAUGAGAUGAGUGAAGUUACUCUACAAAGCACUGGAAAUAUCUGAGAGAAGAAUAUGGGAAGUAGGGGCCGCAUUCCGAUACAGUCACUUUUUACAACAAAACCAAAUAAUGUGACCUUCAAAUCUGCCUUCAAAUGUUCACUGUAACCUUUUAUCGUAUUGUCUGUUUUCAAACCCUACAAGCAAGUAUUUUUCUUUCUGUAACACAGCCUGUAAGGAAUCAUAGGAUGUAGGAUGGUGAAUUGAUUUGCUGAGUGUGGCUAAUGUUAGCAGAACCAGCACCACCAGCCUUCUUUAAGGUUACAUCAAGUACCUGUGCUGGUUAUGUAUUGCUUCAUGCUAUGAUCAUCUGUGCUUGUUUACAUCCAGGUAGUAUAGGAUUAUAGCGUCAUGGUGCGAGUGAUACUUGUACUGCAGCGUGUCCACUGAGCAUUUUUUGGUCUAAAUGAGGUCUAAUAUAGGUCUAAAUGUGGCCUAGACGACUGGUCUAAAAUCAGGCUACCACAGGUCUAAAAAUGAACUUUUUUAGAUGUCUAAAUUUAGACCAAGUUUAGACCAAGCCUAAAUUUGGGCUAUAUCUAUACUACACUGUGCAUUUCUCAAUGGCUGUCAUAACUAUUUUGGUUAAGUACUUGGAGAUCAGUUAUACAACUCACAGUUGCUUUUGAAAUAGUUAUUCAAUAAUGGGUUAAAGUGCAACGUGAAAAUUACGUCUAAAAAUAUCAAGAAUCUAGACGGUUGAAAUUAGGACUAAAAAAAACUAGACGUCUAAUAGCCAUCUAUUGCUCAGUGGGUGGUUAGUAGUCAGCAUAUGGCCAGCAUGUUGGUCUUACAGUAACAAUAUGUAUUUAGUAGUUCUUAUACUGACUGUGUAGGGUGAUGCUGUUCAAUUGUUGAGUUGUGCACAUCCUGAGACACAAUCUGGUAAGAUACAAGAUAAGUGAAAAGGUUCUCAAGGCAACUGAGUCUAGCCUCGCUGCCAACAGCAACAAGCUAGUUUUUUAAUGUGUCAAGUUUCAAUUGCAUUUAACCAGGAGUCCAUAACCAUGCCAACAGCUCUGUUCUCAGACAAAGAGUUGCUGAUUAGAGUAUAGCUAGUUUAGUUGGAAACUUAGGAAUAGACCACAUUGGUCGCCAUUGAGCUUGUUUGGUUGAGACUAAACAGAUAAGUCUGUCAAAACUCAGAUCACUGUAGAGCUAUCUUUCAGAAUGGCCGAAUAAAAAAUAUGUAUCAAAUAGGAAGCAGUAUUUACAAAGUUGACGAGUCAUUUACUCUGUUGCAGACAAAAAUACAGUAAGUCUUGGUCAUAAUUACACACUAAAGCCUCUUUCGCACAUGCACUCCUUAAUGUUUCCAUCAUUUUUUGGACUUCUAUCCUCCAAAUUUUCCCAAAGUUGCUUGUUCAUAUAUGUUCGUUGCAGAGUGCAGACUUCCCUGUUAAAUGAGAGGGUGUGGUGGGUAGGGGGUGCAGGAGAUGAGGCAGAGCAUGACAUCAAAAACACUGUGUGAAAAAGCCACAGUAAGAUAACUACAUGAUGAAAUAUAAAGCAAUAAAGACCUACACCAUGAGCGUUUUCACAUUUAUAUCAAUGCUGCAUGUAAACAGUUGGAUGUGUAGAAACAUUUCCCGUUUUUUCCCAUGAAAAUUAUUCUCAUCCUUUAACCCCUGAUGCCUUUAUUCAAACAUACCAUAUUACAUUUUUUUUUUCUGGGUUUGCACUGGUCACAUGAUAUAAAGGUCAUCACCCCCAUCCACCCACUUGCAGUGAAUGUUCUUGAAUGUUUUCUGCAGCAUUUUCACAUCAGCUCACCCUGAUUCUUACGAAUUUGACUUAUGGGAACCUUUUUUUUUUAGUUUUGUUCAUGUGUGAGUACAACUUUAUUGACAGCAUAUAAGAAUUGAUUGCGGUACUUGCAGAACUUUAUGACUUAUGCACUGAUAGUUAAAACUGAGAGUAAAUAAAUGUGGCUCAUUGUUUGCUGGCUGCUGGCUCUGUGCAUGGAGUCUGCACAGUUGGCGUCUGCAGAUGUACUGCUGGUAAUUCCAGCAUUAACAGUGCUGUGAUACAGCAGAAUUAAAUCCAACAUCACCAUAGGAGGUUAAAUUCACAUUGACAUCAAUAUUGCCGGGUUAAAUUAAUUAUCCUGAAGACCACUAAAUCAAAUCAUAUUAGAGAUAUAACUCUUGGUGUCUGUUGUAGUCGACAGAUUAGCAGAACUUAGCCUGGGGGUAAUUUAAAUGUACCACAGAGGAGUCUUCUGCAGUCAAGUAUCAUUAUUUUUUCUCUUUUAUUUAACAGACACUUCAUCUUUGGUAAAAUCAUGUUGUCCUCCCGUGCCUUUUUAAACACACUGACAGGUCUUAAAGAGCACACCUAUUCAGACACAGAACCUCAAACUUUCUACUUGUGUGUGUCUUCCAGGUGUAAUUGGUUCCCUGACGGCAGUUCUGGACCCAUCAGGAGAUCCAAAGAGGAAGACAGAUGAGACCACAGCGUCUACCUGAGAAUGCUACCGGUCCCUCCGCCUCACCAUGUCACCAUAGGAGAACUUUUAACCUGUCCCUGUCCACAAAUCCUCUUUUUUCCUCUGUUAUCCCCAGUAAGCCACUGAGUUUGUGAUCCCUCUCUGCACCCAUCCUGAAGAGAAAUGACUAAAAGAGCUUUUAUUUUGGACAUGUUGUUUUUUCCUUUCAAUGCUGCCAGCCACCAGGGCUAUGGUGGGAAGCGUCAUUAUACUUCUCAGCAGGUCGCUAAUCACUGUCUGCUGUGGCUACUGGGACUGGUUUUACACCUCACUCUUUCCACAUGUCAACGAGUCGACCUGAAACACCCCAUAGUAUCCACAGGCUACGGGAAGGUCCGAGGGAUCAGGAAGGAGCUCAACAAUGAGAUCCUGGGUCCUGUCGAACAGUACUUAGGUGUGCCAUAUGCCACCGCGCCUGUUGGGGAGCGCCGUUUCCAGCCCCCUGAAGCUCCAGGAUCCUGGCAAGAGAUCCGCAACGCUACCCAGUUUGCACCAGUGUGUCCCCAGAAUGUGCAUGGGGUUUUACCUGAGAUCAUGCUACCUGUGUGGUUCACGGACAACCUGGACGCUGCAGCGACUUAUGUUCAGAACCAGAGUGAGGACUGCCUUUACCUCAACAUCUAUGUACCCACUGAAGACGGUGAGUCAGAAACACUUUUAAUGCUAAAUAUAUGACGAGACUGGCUAGCCUGCACGUUCAUGAGUCUCAGUGGAUCAAAAAAAAGUUCAAUACAAAUGUGAAACACUAGAUCUGUCGUGUCAAAAAUACAGUUUCAGAUAGAUCAUAUUUUCCACCUCUGUGAUACUCCUUUGAAUAGAUGUUUUAAUCACUUAGUAACAUUUAACCCUACUGAAGACGGGCCUUUGACACAAGCACAAAGACAUGCAGGAGAUCAUUAAAUAUCAUAAUUCUGAUCAUCUCUCAGGCCUGUCUAAAUGCCAUUCUUAAUUAGUAUUGGUUAGGAAGUCUAAUCAUUUUCUGGACGUGCACACAGCAGUAAUCCUAACUUUUAUUUCUUAUAUUUAAUUAAUAUCACAAUUUUUCAAUUAUCUAAAACUUAAAGCAAACAGUCAAGAUUCAGGCAGCUUUUUGUGCCCAUUGGACACACAGUGGCGCCUGGAGUUUUAGCACGACUUACCCUAACCUGUUCAAUCUGAGCACUAAUUUUGCAUCAUUGGUGCUAAAUGCCAAGUUAAGCUAUGUACAGAACUUUGUAAUACUAUUGUCAGUACAGUGUUAGGAGUCUUGUCACUACUAACUAGUGCAACUGCUACAUGGCUGCAGUAAAUAUCUCGUUUCCACUGCAAUUCGGUGUGAUUGUCAAGGAAUAGGUAGACGAAAUGAAUUUGUUGUUAAGAUUUUGAGUUUAACUUCUGACAGAAGUUUUAAACAAGGGGUGUCCCGAUAAAACUUUUAUACUUCCGAUACGAUACCGAUAUUGUAGCCUUCAAUAUUGACAAAUACCAAUAUUGAUCUGAUACUGGCACAAAAUUGUGCACGACAUGUUUUUCACUCAGCUGCAAUGUUUGUUUGUUUUUUUGGACUUAAACAAAAAAUACUUCCACAAGGCCAACAUCACUCUUAAUCCUUGCUACUUUGUUCGUACUUUAGUACACACCGUUUUUUGAUUUUGUCGGCUCAGUUUGUUGGAUCAGGGUGCUGCUAGCUAGAGGUGCCGGAGCAGAGUCUGGAAUGAACUGCUUGUAUCGGAGUGCUGAUAUUGGUUUAUAUAUAUUAUAUAGAUUUUAGAUGCAGGCUGAUAUAAUCCGAUAUUCGUUUUUUUGCUGAUAUCGGACCGAUAUCGAUAUCAAAAUCUUAUUGAGACACCCCUAUUUUAAAAGUCCAAACAUUUAGGCCUGGUCAAAGUUCCUUGACAAAAAUGUGUUGGAAUAUGUCCAAUACUCAAAUGUAAUUUAGCGAAAAAGUGCACACAGUUUGUAAAAGUGUUUUAAGAGAAACCAAUGAAAGAAGAAUCAUAACUAACCGUUACCUCAUUAAAGGAUCCCUUGAAAUUAUGAUAGAAACCCAAACAUGAGACUUUUUACCCCUGAAAUACAUUCAAUAAAAGCGUGAUGGUCUCACACUCUGGGUUUCAUAAUUAAAUGCCAAGACAGUGGCCGGCCCUGCUUAUCUGUAAAGCCAGUGUACCCCUCAUGACUGAUGCCAGCUAUGACUCACCACUACAGCGCCAGGAGGAUGAAAGAUGGAGGGACAUGGUGACCAGAGCAAGUAGCCUACAAGUAGAACAAGUUAACCUCCAGCUAAGGCAGAGUUAUAGCAUCAAUGCUGCUGCAGAGAUGUUAAACAACUCUCAAACAGCUAAGAAAUAAGGGGCCUCAGAGAGUUAUGUCUGAAGAUGACAGGCGCAUGAGGACUAUCUUAAGAUUAUUUAGGGUUAGGGUUAAGGGUUGUGAGCACUUUAAUGCCAUAAUAAAAUACAAUAAAGGUAUGUCCUCUUCCAUCUGCUGGACUACAGGUUAUCUGAAUUAUUAGUGUUUAAACACUUCUACUUUGGUACCGUAUUUACACAGGUUACCAUUUUUCAAUAUUAUUUGACUGCAACAAUAUAAUUCAAAGACAUUUCUUCAAUGUAAAAUUCAUUUUAACAUCAACUCUCCUUGUUUAUUUAAUGUGUCUGUUACAGCAUUAUUGUCAGUGACAUUGUUUUUGUUAUGAAGACAAUAUUCAGUCUUUAAAGUCUUUUUUUUCUGAGGACAGUCUUUAAAAAUGGGGAAAUAGUCUUGUGUCAGUGUUGUUUCAUAAUUAGCACUUUAAUGCCUGAAAUCACAAAUUAUAGCCAGAAAAUUCAAAUUAUUCUAGAGCUGAAAUGUUUAUUUCACUUACUACUGAAAACAAAAAAAAUCCAAAUGUCCUUAAAAUUUACCAAAUAUAUUUAUUUAUCUCAUUUGAUACAUUAGAUAAACCACAAGAGGACAUUUUUGUCAUUUAUCAGACUGUAUUCAGGUGUUUUUUUUUAGUAAUUUGUUGAUCAUAUUGAUUUGAUAGAAGUAUCGUAAAAGUAUCAAAUAUGAUACAAAAGGCAUUAAAGGGUUUAGUAAGAGGUCCUGCAUGCCAACUUCAUGGCAGUGAGGCCUUCUGACUUCCACUACUCCUUAGGUUUGCAUUGCAUAUAGCCGCUGCACAGAAUAUAGCAAACAGAAUACCUUACCCAGCCUCGCUCAUGCCUCAUGGGGUAAAAUUAGUCAAAAAUAGAAGAUCACUAUAAAGCUAAACCUCCACCUCUUCAUGGGCUGUCUGGGUGUACUUCUUGCAUUAAUGAUCCAGUGGAGAGCGUUUGAAAAGGCAGAUGGGCAGGUAAAGAGAGAGAAGAUCAAAGUGUGAGUUUGGAGGCAAAGCAUAUGCUACUGCCGAUAGUGAGGAAGGUUAAUGAUAAAAUGUUAAAAAGUCUAUGAUUAAUGGGCUCACCUGAGAGUUACCUGAGAAAACACACACACGAUAAAACACAUGUUUAUGCAUUAACCGCUGCUCAUUAACUUCGCCAUUGUUGUAUUUUAACUCCAAAGCUGGAAUCGUAACCUACUUCGUUGGGCUGUGUCAGAGUAGAGAAGACUUGUUUUGUUGUUCCUCCAUGGCCCAACAAAAAGAUGGAAAGAGAUUAAUUGCUGUGGGAAAAUAUCUAAAAAUAAUGGUAGUGUAAAUUGAAAUUAGAUCACAAGAGAAGCUUUGAACAAGAGAGAAGAGAAUAAAAAUUGCCACAUGAAUUAAACUCCUCUGCUUACAUAAGUAGACUUAGCUCAACAGAAUGCGUGCUGUGUAGGACAUAUAUCACAUUCUCUCACAGAAAGGACAAGGAGUCUCCUCUGUCAUUCCCAGAGGAGAAGGUGUGCAAAUGAGUGAGACUGAUUUUACAUGUAGCCCUGUCUGCUUGUCAGAAUCUGUCACUUAUUGUCAGGGGUCACUGCUUACACGAGGCUGAUGCCGUCCCCAAGGACAUGUUUUGCCUUGUGUGUGAGAGAGAAAUCAGGACUGAAGGAGAGUGAAAAUGCCCCUGAAAUCAAACACACACUGCGUUGUGCUUGUAACUGCUGUCACAGUCCCACUAAUACCUAAUAUGAUAUCAUAGUUUGGAUUUUGUCAGAGGUACCAGCUUUAAAAAAUAAACUCGUUUCAAAUCCCAAGUAUUUUGGUUUGAUAUUAAAUGUUCAUGAUAAACAAACAACAAAUUUCAAGCUCAGAUGGGGGCUGCGGUUGGAACCGUUUAUCAAAGUUAAACACACAAAAUCAGAGCUGCGUAAGGGUAUGAUUGGCAGUGAUUAUUCAUUUUCAAGCAUAUUUUAAGCUUAAAGAUGACCCACAAAAAUCAAAGUAGGAAUUUAUUUUAAACCUCAGCACAGUCCCCCUUGUUGGAGAUGAAAAUGGUUGUUUCUUCAAAUACCUUGAACAGUCUCCACAGAGUAAAACAUGCCAAGAAGAAUUUUUCCCCACCUGUCUUCAGCCUGUCUGCCUUCAUCUCAGCUUUAGCUUUUAGCUACGCCAGCUGCAUCUCCAGGGAUGUUUUUGUCCCAACUGGAAUAUCUCAACAACUGUUGGAUGAAUUGCCACAAAAUUUUAAGUAAACAAUCACGAUCCUGUGAGGAUAACUACUCACACUUUGAUGACCCCCCUGGCUCUUUCUCAAUUAUCUACAGCAGACAUGUUUCAUUAUAUAUAUACAUAUUUGAAGGGGGAAUGCAUCUGUUAUGAUAAGAUAAGUUGUAGGGCUGUCAAAAUUUCUCCAAAAUGACGUUUGAAUAUUCAUUCUAAAAAUUACACACAGGUUCGAACAUAUUCAAAUAUCUAUAUUCGUGACAUGCUUACAUGUGCUUCCUACUCGGCUACAGGAAUAAUCAUUGUUCUAGUCUACACGCAACAUUUUUGUUCUCAUUCAUGAAACGCUUAAAUCAGGGACAUUUCCGGGGACAGCUUUAGGUCAUCCAAUACGGGGACUGUCCGCAGAAAUCUGGGACGUCUGGUCAUCUUACAGAACAUCCCUCCAUCUCUUUCUUGCAUGUGCCAAGGACGGUUUUUGUCAAGUCUCACCGCAGGUGCAGCUCCUGUUACCUGUCCCUGACCCUUUGUUACAGCUGCUGUUUUUUUUUCUUCUUCGUUUUUCCUCCUUUCAGUUAUUUUUCCGCUGUUUAUUUAUUAUUUGAAUAUUAAUUUUUUUACAUUUGAAGGUCGUUUUUUUUUUUGUAAAUUCUAAUAUAUAUUCGAAUUUAGAAUAUUCGUUGACAGCCCUGAUGGGUUGUCAUAGAAUCCUAUAACAAUCUUAAUACUUCCAAGUAAAAUGAGAGAGGUUAUGGUUGAAAAGGGGGUCCAAGAAGAUUUCUGACCCUGAAAUAUUGAGAUAUUUGAUACUGUACCAAUUCCUUUAAGUGCUGUAUCGAUAUUUCCACACAUAGACCAGAAACAGGCACACACACCACACAGCAAUCUGCAGCUCAUCAUGUGGGUGACUGAAAUGUUGGUUUCAAUGACCUUUUUCAACAAAUCACCUCCAAAUAUAUUGAGUUUGAAUUCUUUUCUAUCUGCCUUUUAUUUGGUGCUGUGAACUCAAACAGUGGUGACCUGCAAUUAUCUAUGUGUGUAUACCUGUUACAGUCAGGAACGACAGGGAGGGGCUGAACAAGCAGAGUGUUUAACUCCCACGCGUCAUCUCCCCAGAAAAAAAAAAACUGAUUAUCAGGCCUCAAGCUGGGCCUCAGAUACAAAACUAAAUAGGCCUUCACCUAUCUGUAAAAAACGUCUGUUUAAGCAGAGUAGCUGACGUCAAUUAUGAUAAACAGUAGAGCAUCACGUGGAGCCUUGACAUGCAGACAGGUGCACAGAUCUGCCCCUUCUUACUGUUACAGAGAAAAGCAACACAUCACCGGUAAAGCUUUGUCCAAGUUGCACAGAGGAGCAAAUAAGAGGAUGUUGUUUAAGCUGCAAAAGGUAAAUGCAGAUCCAACUGUUAAGAUGGAUUCCUGAAAAAAUAACUUUUUGUGCAUGCAACAUUGUCUGUUCUUUAUACUGUCAGUUUCUCUGAAAGGGAAACAUUUUUGAAAGAAAGAGAAAAAAAGACAAAAUAUCUCCUGCUAAUAGUAUACAGUUAAUUGCAAUGUACCAUAUUGUCAACACGGUUUUGGGAUAAGAUAAGAUAUUCCUUAAUUAGUCCUACAAUGGGAAAUUCCAAAAUUUACAGCAGCGAUAAAAACAGAAGAGAAAUUGAAGAAUGAAGAAACUUCAGAGUUAAAAAGAUGUCCAAAAAAAAGAAUAGUGUCAUUUACAGCUGUUAUGUACACAUUGAUUUAUUACAGUUGAAAAAUUGAGAUAUUUAUAUGCAUGACUAUAUACACAGAAUAAGCAUACAUGUGUGCUAAAUACAUAUAAUUUAUAGCACACUGAGGUUUCUGUUGUGGAGUCUGACGGCUGCAGGAAGGAAUGACCUGUGAUACCUCUCCGUCAUGUUUCUCAUAUUACCAGUUCUGGUCAGUGCACAGCCCUAGUCAGAACAAAACCAUAUAUUUCGACCAUAUUUCCACUUGUUAAUGUUGGGUAAGAGGGCGACAGUUUAGCUUGGUUGGUGCUGGUGAAAAUGGUUCCUGUCCUGCCAGGGUUUGAUGAAUGUCAUCAUUCACUCUCUUCCCACAUUUCCUGUCCCCCUCAAGUUACCAAAAGCCUCAAAAGUCAUGAUAAUACAAAAGGACUAUUUCAGUUUUGGUUUAAAACCAGCAGUCCUGAGCAGUUUGAAUCUUGAAAGUUUUUCUGGUAAGAGUUGGAUGUGAACAUGGCGGUAUAUAGGUCAGGGUUAUAGAAGCGUUGUUGUCUCAAGAAGUUGUCUCUUCAGUUUCUGGAUGCAGUUCGAUUUUGCAACGUUAGAUACCAGGCCAAAGACUUUCAUCUCCAGAGUUUGUCCAAAGUCUGUGGAGGAUAAGAGCAAAACUGCUAUAUUCCAGUAUCACAAACAGUGCUACACAGCCGAGUGGGAGAAGUGUGUGGCACUGAGUUUCACAAUACAGCAACAGCGCUAAAACUAAAAACCGCUUACUAUAGCAGCAAGAAAUAGAUUUUAUUGAAAAUCUGAUGUAGUGUAAUAUGAAUAUGUGAGAUUGUUUUUGAGCAGUUUUGCUCAGAUCUUCUCCCUUAAUCAUGCUCUGACACCUUUAAGUGUAUUUGACCGAUUGUCAUGUAGUUUUCUUCAAGGAUUCACACUUCUCUGUGGAUCAGCUCUGGUGAAUGUGAUUUUUCUUCUUUGCUAAUUUGUUUAAUAUCCACAUCGAUUCCAAAUCCUUUAAAUAGUUAAUCAUGUUUGGAACAUCAAUAUCAGCUUCUCUUUGUGUUUUGCGCUUAAUUUCAUAUUUAAACAAGCUAAAUUGCAAAAAUGCUAACUGCGAAGACUGCACCUGUUUGUUUGAGAAGUUAGCACAGACUGUAAGAAAGUGUUAGCAUUUAGCUCUUAGUGCCAAUGGCCCUCAUUUAUCAAGCUUGCUGAGCGCAGAUCUGAGCGCAGGAUUCAUCGUACGAUAGGACACACGUGAGAUUUAUAAAAGGGUUUGUAUCUGACCAAUCCCAGCAUACGUAUGGUCGGGUCUUGAUAAAUGUGGCGGCUGAAAUCGAUUGUCAUUAACAUGUUCAUGCCCUUAAAUAUUCAUGGUUCAGAAGCCUCGCCCACUGAGGUCAAACAUGAAAGAGGAGAAAUAUUAGAAAGAUGUGAAACUUUUCCGAGCUGAAAGUGGAUAUUCUCACAUCUGUGGUGGAAGCUAACAAGGAUUUUCUCUUUGGAAUCAUCAAAACUGGAAUAAAAGCAGUCCAGAAAACUCCUGUCUGGAGCAGGAUUAUGGAGGCGGUGAACAGCGCUGCUGCGGAAUAGUGGACAGUGGCUGAAGUUUGAAUAAAUCAUAAGUCAAUAAGUUGCUCAUGAUGAUAAAUUAAUAUCCCAUACAUGCCUCAUAUUUGUUUAUUGCCCUGACAUAGGGUACGUUGCUCCUAUUAUUUAAAGCAUUCAGUUUUAAUUUGUUGCGUCUUUGUAAAGUAGAGCAGAUUGUAGAGUCUGACAGAGGCUGAACAAAAAUAAUUAUUAACGUCACCAAAUGGUGUGUUGCUGCUCCUGAGGCACAUUUUUAUGGAUUUCCAUUGGAUUUUUAUCACCAAAUAAAUAGCAAGAGCACUUUCUAAACUUAUAUUUUCCAUGUCAGAAUCCAUGGAUAAGGUCCUGUCUCCUCUGUUCAGCACCUUUGUGGAGUCUUUCCUCGUUAUUGUUCUCUGGGCAUCGGGUCCUCACGUUGCACCGGCACAGCCAACGGCACUCCAUUUGCCAGAGCAACAUUGUGCAAACUGUACUGGUCCAAAUGAUGUCCCACACCCUUUCAGGAGUGUACAACAACGCCCCCGCUGCUGGACCAAGACAGAGACACCUGCCUUUUAGGAGUCAAACGCAGCGCUCCACAGUGUUUCUGGGCAGAGUUAUCAAAUAGGCCUAUUCACCAAGGACGUAACAAAUUUAUUUUGUUUUAUUUAUUUACGUCUUAAUCUUUAAUGUAAUCUGGCUGAUUGUGCUAACAGUUUUGAGGUUUGUUUAUCAAUUAUUUUGAGACAGACAUUUGCUGCACCACAGAUCCACACUGACUCAAACUUGCGUACACGAUGUCAGACCUGUCGUGAGAUUUGGUCGUAGCGUACGCUCACAUGCAGAUUGAUGAAUGCCGAUCCUCACGUCAAAAUUUUUGUACGCAAGGUGUACGCAAGUUUUCUGCAGUACGCAAUCUUGAUAAAUGAAGGCCACUGUGCCUAAGUUCAGCCCCAUGGAGCAGCUUAUUUGGCUCUCCACUCUGGUGUUACAGCUGUUUUAGCUAGCUAGCUAACCUGGUAUUAAUGAAUGUUGCCCUGUCAUGUUCAAAGGGAGCAUGUCAGCACUGACUUGUGCUGUGUUUGGCAGCAGGCAGCUGCAUUCCCUCUCAUAGCGGAUGUCGGUGGGCCAAAAUGAAUUGGCAGCACAGAAUCAUAGGCAGCCCAGAUCAAAAUGUUUUGGAGCCAAAUCCAGCCUGUGAAAGUUAAUUUCAACGCAUUUAAUCUCUAAAGUACAACAUUAUGCAUUAUCCUAUUAUCCUCCCAUUCUACCUUAAGUCAUGGCCCUGUCUGAUAUGAUCUGUCUCUGACCUGGAAAUAAUCUCAUUGAGCAUGUUCUUUGCUUUAUUCUUUUGACAAAUGAAAAUCCAUGCUUUCCUUUCUUUCUGCAUCUGUGCGCCUCUCCUGCUCCAUUCUCUUCUCCUGAAAUCAUCCACGCCUCCUCUCCUCUUCUCCCCUCUCCUCUCCUCUCCUCUCCUCCAUCUUUAUGCAGAUGGCGGUAGAAGGGGUCACUGUUCUGAAUGCAAAUAGGCUUCUUGCCCUUCCUCACCAGGCCACUACCAAGCCAGCUACUUUUUGAACUCAAAUAAAUUCAAAUAACUUUGUAGAAUAAUCUGAAUAACACAAAUGUUCUUGUGAAUAUAAGAGUGGUUUUUUCAGUCCCCCUAAUCCCCCCUUGCUCCCUCCUUACAGUGACUGUUCCUCCCUAACCCCCCUAUGCGGCCAGGCUACAAGGCAAGAGCACUGUCUGACUGCAUUCUUAUUUCCUCAAGACACUCCUCAGCCAAGGGCCUAAGAUCCUUCAUUUUUAUUGCUGCUAGAGCAGCCAUUUACUGUGCUCUUUAUUAAAAACCAUAUUUCAGGAGGCAGGACAGUGGAGGCAGGGAUAGAGCUGGGGGCGGGGCAGGUGGGGGGCACAGAAAAGAGAUGGAGAGUGUUAGGAUAGGUCUGCAUGUGCUGGAAACUGCUGCCUGCAUGCAGGAGGGUUGAACCGAAGCUGUGUCUGACACCUUGUCAAGCAGACAGGCCACCGUAGACUUGACAUACUGCAGCUUCAUCCCGUUUACUGCGCUGAGGAAAUGGACAGGGACGGGAGACAGCUUGCGCUCUGGCCACCAGCUCACUGAAGCGAGCAGAAACGCUGUUUGAGAUGGAGCUGCGUUAGGUCACACAGUACUGGGACGACCCAAGCUAAAUGUUCCUGUGUAGGCCAAUGAAUUUCACUGACAACUGGCCCAUUACAGCAUGUGACAGUCAACCUGACGGCAGGCUUCUUUUCUGGGGCAGAUGGGAAAGAUGUUGUAAACCUAAAAAGUGUUUUCCCUUUGGCAACGUCCUACUUUAAUCUCAACCAUUGUAGUAAUUCUUCAAAAGUCAGAAUUCACUGUACAAAGUCUGUCCAAAUUAUUAGCAUGUAGCAUUGCUGUACUUAUCUCUAAAGGAGAUCAUGCGGAUUAGCCAAAAAGAGCUGACAGAUUGUCCUUGAAUGAUUGAUCGAGAAGUCUAUGAAAAAAAAUCUGCUAUUAAAAAUCUGAUUAUUGAUUAAUUGUUCAAGAAGUCAUGAACAAAAUCCUGCUAGUCUCACUUAAACAUCUUUAGCUUUUUUAUUACAAUCUCGCUGGCCUCAGUUGAGCUGCAGGUUCUGUGACUAUUAGCUAUUGUUAGCAGUGUAAAUGCUAAAUGUUCAUUGUAAGUAUAUUUAAUGCUUUUCUAAAGCAUUGUUAGCAGUGUCCCUGAACAUGUUAGCAAGGGUGACCAUACGUGAGGCCUGGGCGAUUGGGCAAAAAAAAAUGAUCAAGAUAUAUUUUGCUAUAUCGUCCAAUCUCGAUUAUUUUUUUAAACUGCCAGUUUUAAAGUAUCUGUACUAAAAACUAAAGAAACUAGAGAUUAGUUCAACAUUUAGUAAAUAACAAAGCAAAUUGAAUAAGAUAAACUUAAAAAUAUCAGAACCAUUUUAACUGAACAGUACAACAAAUGUAGAAGUGAAGUAGUACACUCAGGACUGUAUACAGUGAACUAGUUUACAGUCCUGAGUGUUCUUGCAGGUAUGCAAGACCCAAAAAAAAACAAAAUGCCCCCUCAUGGAUAAUAAAGACACCUUAAAAUGUAAACAUUAGAUGAUGUAAACAUUAGAUGAUAUGAUUGAUUGAUCUUUUGGUCUGGGAGCUGCACCGCUAGUUGUAGCUAAACUGCUAAUGCUACUUGUACCGUCAGCAGUGACAGGCUGUACAGACUCCGCUCAAAUUUUCAUACUGUCCGCAUAAUCACCCGGGAGGUACUUCUUCAAAUGAUCAAGCAGAUCUAUUGUGUUGCCAGUUUUUGAGGGCACCGACCGCCAACAUACCUUACACAUCGGCUUAAUUGCUCGAUGCCACUUUGAAGAUACCCGAACCACCGCAACACAACCGACGUUGAACAAUAACAUCUUCGGAGGAUGACUCAAAGUUUUUUCAAAAAAGUAAAUUAAUAUGUAUUCAUUCAUUGUAAAACAGUGCAGCGCAUCAGUGCUCUCUGCAGCUCUUACCCUCCAUUCACUCUUAAGCAAAGCCACUGACGCAACGCACGCAUGCUGUCUUUGGGAAUUCAGAAUAUGCAUUUAAUUGAGUUGGAAGCACAUAAAAAAACACUAGACCUGACCCAAAAAACCCUCAAAAUGUAGUAAUAGUGUCCUGUUUUUGGGGAUUCAGAAUAUGGCCACCCUAUGUUAGCAUCGCUUAAUAGCAUUUAGCUCUUCUGUGCCAAGUCGAGAUUCAUUACCCAUUACUUUUUCUCAGAGGUUUCGACUUUGGUUCAUGUUAAGUCUGAGGCUGAGGUCUGAACAAAGUGCUACAGUCCGAUCCAGCAUAGCCUACUGUCCUUAAUAUGUUCUGUUUUUAUUAGGCAUUAGCAAAGGAAUGAAAUCAGAGCAGUCUCCAUUAGGCAGCUAGGUGUGGUUUUAGAGUGGUGCUAAGUAGUGGAGAAGUGCUGACAAGACGAGGGGACUAAUGUUCCUUUUUAUCCAUUACCGGCCUGCCUACCUGUUUGCUCUCUAUCUCAGGACCAAAUACUGUACCAUCUCCCUCUAUGGCAGGAAGUGCUCUGUGGAUCCGGCGCCUGUAUGGUGCUACUCUAAGGAUGCAGCAAAUCCAUUCAGCAUUGAUCCUUUUCCAUUUAGACUGAAGAUAAACAUUUUAUACCAGGAAACCAUAUUCAUAUAGAGGAAAGGGUGAGAAAGCAAGCAUUAUGAUGGUGAAGUGCAGUAAUGCUCUGCAUCUCCUGUUUCAAUAGACUAAAAACGAGAGUACUCUGUCACUUCUUUGUGAGGCUUCCAGCAGAAUGGUUGAAACAGACACGCCAGCGUCACACUGGCUGAGUGAUAAACCCCAUGGCAACCACACGUAGAGUUUUCUUUAAAAUGAGAGAGAGCAACGAUUUCCUGCUGGAGAGCAGGGAAUGUGCUGCGAGGAGGGACAGCGAUGGAUGAUAAGGGUCCUGUUAGCAUUCUUUGAGUAGCAUGUCGACGUUUAAUGUGUGCAGGGUUUUGUCAAAGACGUGUGCAUGUAGACAGUGACUUGGAACGACAUGAAGCGCAGAGGUAAUUGCAGGCUGAUGGAAAGCUCUGCUGACAGAAACCAAGAGAAAACAAAUUAAUGGGAUCCUUAUCAGUGAAGACUUACAGAGGUUGACGCGCCAGGGCGUCGGCUGGUCACUGUGAUGAAUGCUUGUUAUUGGCUGUGCCCUGUGGAGCAUUUAACUGGUGUUACCAUUAAAGCUUAAUGUGGGGCUCCUCUUUGACCUUGGUGAGGGGAAUCCUGUCACAAGCCUCCGUGGGCUGUGUAAAUAUUAAGAAUAUAUGCCUCUUUUUUUGGGCUAAUGUAAAGAAAGUACUCUCCUCUCAGGCUUAUUUCUCGGUGUACAAUGUGCGUACGAGGUCACAUGUAUCCAGGAUGAGUUUGUGUGCCUAUCCGUGUGUGUCUCCAGCGGUGUGUUUUGACAGUGUGGCCUCCCUGAAUCGUGCGAGCGACUUUUAGCCCGAGGACUGCAGCACCGUCCUGAGCAGAAGCAGGAUGCACUCACAGUCUUGGCAUUCCUUUGCUUUUUCCUGACUGAAAAAAGAGUGAUGGCUUGAUUCUGCUCAUUGAUUUUUCUUUACAAAGCAGCAGAGUGUCAGGACUGAUUGGGGAGAAGGGGUUGAGGAGAAGUGGCCCCUGGGGUCAUUUACAAGGCAGUCCGUGACUAGAUCCUAAGCAGUUAGAACAGAUGAGUUUGGGGUUAUCUUUUGAGGAAACAGAGUGUAAUCCUUGUAAAUAUUUUGCCAAUGAAGGGUCUCAUCUUUUUUCAUUGCUAAUCUCAAUUUUCCCUUUUGUCUCUCCCUUAUUUCUGCACCUUUAGGUCCACUCACAAAAAAACAAGAUGAGUCGACGAUGAACAGACCAAGAGAUGAAGGUAUUUUAAUUGCAUGUUUUCCACUCCUUGUGCUCCAUUUUUUAAUUCUGUUGGGAGUUUGGUGUUUUUGUAUCUGUAAUAAUAAUCAUCUCAGACUCAUCACUCUGUGUGCACAUUAUACUGUAUUGUUACCUGCUUUUAUUAGCGCACAAAUCUAUCAUUCCUCCUAACAGCACACUUUAAGACACCUAAAAAAAAACCUCUAAAGCCGUCAUACGCAUACAGUUUUUUAUUCCAAAUGCAGCUUUUUGAGUGCUUUGAGCUGAUUUACUCCCCUCUCUAGGUUGCUAUGAGGUUGAUCAACCACAGGCUGAUGCUCUGACUAUACUGUGUCAUGCAUCACAGAAAAUCAAUAUUCUGUCCUCUUUCACCUGCGCUUUUAUUCUUGUGCUAAAGUCCUUAUGAAACGCUCUGCUAAAUUAUCGUCCUUCAUGAUGUUAUUGGGCUCUCUCCAAUUCGUUAUAUCUGCUCAUUUCUGCUUUUGCUGUCCAUUUUCAAGUUCACCCCAGUCAAAUGUAAGGCUUGUAUUACAUUUAUAACCCGUGCAGACACUGUGCGCAUCUGUUUCUGCACACGUGCCCAGGCUCACUGUAUAUUACAUAGGAUUAUGCACACAUAGAGUGCGUUACAUUUGCAUUUGUGCAUCUAGGUCUCCUCAAAUGCAGCACAUGUGCAAGUGUAUGCCUGGGUGCAUAUGCUCUAAUUUGUGCCAGUGUGUGUGGUUUUACCCUUUUUUUUUUUUGUAUUUGGGCUCUGUGCUAUUUAGGUAUUGAAUUCUCUCUCCCUUGCAUCUCUAAUUGCUAUGGUUUAAAAAGAGACAGAUGUAGCUAAUCCAAUUGUGUGGUUUCUUAACGGUGAAAACAGAAGGAAGGAUUCAUGCAGGAUUGCCUAGGAGAGGAGCAGAAUGAUAGAAUAGAGAUGAAAGAAAAGGAGAAAAGGCUGAGCACUGUGAGAACACAGGGGAGGGCAAUGAGGGGGAGAGAGAAGGGGAAAAAAUAGUCAUAAUGAAGACAAGUGCAUGAUGAAAUGACAUUUAUAGAGCUUUGAAAGUGAGAGAGAUGUAGGGAAGGAGAGAUUGAGAGGGUGGAUGAGUAGGAGACUGGUAGAGUUUGACAUUUAUUCCGACACCUGAUGGAUUUUGACAGGAUCAAGAGGGCUUGGGUAGGGCCUGAAUUCCUCGCUUAAUUGCUCAGGUAUGGAUCGGAAACAGGUUCCCAAACAUUGUGGGAAAAUACUUUUAAUAGUGUCUUGUUUUUGAAAGAAAGAAACUAGAUUGCUUGGGCAGGGAUUUGGGUGCAAACAAUAUCCAGGCUGAAAGUUUUACACCCAAAUCAAUUGGGAUUUGCAUAAGAGAAUGAAUGAGAACGGAGCAGAAUAAUGGAAAGAGGCUAUUUAUUUCGGUAGGCAAAGCAUUAAACUGAGGUAGUGUGAAUAUCAAGGAGGGUAGCAUCAGGUUAGGAAGAGAAGAGAGGAGCGGAUAAUGUGCCAGUGUUUUAAAGGCCGGCAAGCAGGAGAGACAGUGAGCUCCUUGUUGGCCAUAAAGGCCUCAGAUUUGGGCUGAGUGAGACACUUUCACCCUGCGACCCUGCACCCCUAAUCACCCUUCUGUUUGUGCUGAGCCUCUUCAAAACAUGUCGACACUUCUCCACCUUUAACAACACACUCCAACUCUAUUUUCUUGUUUUUGUCUUUUUCCAAGUUCUUUUGCAAGCAAUGGGGUGUCUGUUCUACUCUUCAAUUCCCCAAAGACAGAUUCUUGUCUUCGAAACCAAAAUACCAUCUGCCCGGUGUGGUGAUGAAAUAAACUAGCCAAAUGUUUAAGCUUACCUUAUGGAAGUCUAAAGCCUCACAAAUGUUGGCAGAAUUAAAAGUGAUGAGAAAAGACUGUAAGACAUUUUCGUCCUCUUCACCACUUGGACUUUUUCCCACCCACCUUUCAUUAAAGCAUUGUAGGUAUGCAUGAGUUUUUUAUCUUCUAGUCCAAAAUGAUUGGAUUUUUAUUUUUACUCCUUGCUUUCAUUCAGCUUUGCAAAUGUUAGAGUUACGACUCUAACAUUUUCAGAGGGUUUUUGGUGGUUCAGAGUCAUUAAAGAAAAUUAUUUCCUUUAUUUUUCACUGUUUCCCAAUUUACAGUACACAGAAAUAAGGGUUUGAAAUCGUAGUGACUUUGAAAUUCUUCACCUUGACCUUGAUGUUUGUGAUUACAGUUUGAACAUCAGGGAACUCUUUACUUGACGCCUAUCUCUAUUACGCAUUAUAAAUAUAUUUAUAGUGCAUUAUAGCACUGUAUAACUAUAGUUAUAAAUACUCAUAAAUGAUCAUAAUGCUUUAUAGCAAUAAUCAUAACACAUUAUAAAGCAUUUUAUCAUGACUUACGAGGUCAGGUACUAUAAUGUGCUAUGAUUAUUGUUAUAAAGCAUAAUGAUCAUUUAUGAGUGUUUAUAACUAUAGUUAUACAGUGCUAUAACGUGAUUAUAAUGCACUAUAAAUAUAUUUAUAAUAGGUUAUUUAGGUAGGCGUCAAGUAAAGUGUUACCAAACUUUAAGUUUUCUCAGAAGGGAAACAGCUUAAAUGCAUGGGCAUUAACCAGGCUUUAACAGAGCCUUAAUAGAUCAUCAAAGUUAAAAUUAUGAGAUACUUCAGUCUUUUUGCUCAAUACUAACUCUGACAGUUUAAGACUUGCAGGGGUUAUUCUGAAGAGGGACGUCUUAUAAUAUAUCAGCCGAAUAUAAACAAACUGGCUACUCGAUCACCUCUGAAACUCUACUGCUGAUUCUGAACAACCUUGCUUUAUUGAUGUACUACUUCAUACAAACAGCUCUGCAGCACAGAGAGAAAAUCUUAAAUUUUGGCAGGACAGUGAAUGCUAAACAACUGCUAAUUUUGAAUGUAAGCCAACCAGUUGUAAGCAAACAUUUCUUAAAUGUUUUCUGGUCUCAGGGAGAGUUGUAGAGAGUAAGAUAUCUUACCUCAUCUGAUGUUACUUGGGGUAACAUUUUUUAAGGCAGUCAAGAUUGUACUGAACAAGGGCCUGUGUCCAUCUAUGCUGUUUUUAACCUUCCUUACCAAACCAUUGCAGUUUAGCAAUUUUAGCACUUAGCACUCUGCACGCAGAAACGGCUUUAACAUCAGGUGUUUUUUUAUCACUAUGGUGCAGCUCUUCCUGUUGAAAAUUUUUCAACUUUUGGUACACCUCCUAGCUUCCCAAUGUCUAGUAGCUUUCUCCUACUGACCCGUCAAAAUUAAGAACUGAUGGGACUUAUGAUUUCAGGAAGUGCUGUGAGAAAACCUUUGUAACCUAGCAACAGCAAAGGACCUCUGAAAUUGAGAAUGUGGGCACUGCAAGCAUGAUAUUGGCAUGAAUGGACACUAGCCCUAAAAUCAGGGCUCCAAAGCAGCGGCUCCCUUCUCUCCUAAGUCUGGAACUAACUCAAAGCUACAUUAGCCAAAGCUAGCACCCAAAUCUCCACCAGCUCAACUGAUGAAUGUCAAGUUGCAUUGUGGGUCAAGAGGACACAUGGUUUUGUCAGAAAGAAUGUGUCAAACAAAAUAGACAACAUCUUAUCUCCAUCCCUUAUUAGUCCUAUAACUGUUGGAUCCACCGCUUAAGUCAACCCUCGGAGUACCCUUGUAGGUUCUAUAUUUUUGAUUGGUAGGUUUGCAUUAAUUAUGUUUCUGUAAGUAAUCACUGUUGAAGCAGCAGUGCAAAAUAGUGAUGGGCACAGCAGUUCUUUUAGAUGUACUGAAUCAGUAGAAUCAGUUCACUGAAAAGAUUUGUUCACCGAAUCAUUUAGCGCUCGGCGGGAGAACUCCUGAACUGAUACACAGCUGAACGUUUCAGGAUUCAGUUCAACUCAUAGCUUCUGGGACUGGGAGACGAGAGUGUUUGGCUGUGUUACUUUGGCAAACAAAGUAUUUGUAAAAAUGAACUUGUGUAUAAGUCAUGAUGUUUCAAAUGUAUCGUCCUAUGGUAUGCUAUUUAUCAGGUCUGCUCAGUAAAUUGGGCUCAGUGAGUGAUUCGUUCACUGAAGGUUUAGAAGAAUUCACACUGAACAUGCAUCAUUCCCUCGCAAACCACUGCAAUGAUAGGAUGCCGCGGGUUUAAUGCACUACUUGUUACAUGCUGUGUCCUAUUGUAUGCAAGUUGUUGUGGUGGCAAUUUAGCACUAAAAUAAAAAAGGUAGUUUUGCUUUAGUACAAUCACUUAAAAGAUUCGGUUCUUUUGAAAGAAUCGUUCGCGAACGACACAACACUAGUUCAAAAGUGAUUUAAAAAUGAAUAAAGCUUUUCUCGCCCUUUAAAACAGCAGCUGCAAGUACUGACAUAGACUGUAUUUAAAUAUGGAUGGCAUGUCUCCACCUCUACCAGCUGUACAAAAGUGGGGCCAAAAUACCUCAGUCACUAGCACUGACAUCUUGCACUGAAGAAAUUUGUGGGGCCAGGGUCUGUGCUGUGAGGUUUGGCAGCUAGAACUGCUUCUUUUACUCAAAAAGGGGGUGGCUUUGGUUUAUAAAAAAAAAAAAAAAGUCUUACCAAAGACACAUUUGACUUUAAUGAAAUGUCAGGGAUUCCUCAUCUUGGCACAGCCCAGCUUUUUCUGCAGUUUGAAGCAGACACUGACAGUUCAAUAAUUUGAAGUGACUCUUGAGCUAUUCUUCUUCACUUCUUGUCUUGUGUCCUUCCUUUUAAUAAUCACACACUGAACAGAGCCAUCUAUUUUGUUGUUAAACCCCUUCUUAUAGCAUCAAAUAACAAAUUAAAAUCAACAAAAAAAGAAUAUGUUAAAAACAAACCAAAGUGAAGGAGACCUUAUUUUUAAACUUGGGUUUUAUGUGUGCUUUAAUAUUGUUUAAUCCAUGUUCUAUCUGUUAAGAUAAAGCAGAUGGGCUUUAUGACCUAUACCGCAGCCAGCCAGUAGGGAGAGCUCUAAAAGUUUUGGCUUCACUCGUGAGAUGCUGCCUUGUUGUCAGUCUUUUUAUAUAGUCUGUAAUUAUCACUGCAUAUGUCCCUUUCCUCUGAGGCUUUAGGAGAUAGCCAGAGUGUCACUGAGAAGGCUCAGCCCUGGUGACGGCCUGCUGAUAUUUCACUCCUCCAUACUGUCCUAGUAACGCCAGGGUAAUUGCACUUGUUUACAUAUCCUGUGGGAAAUCAGCCGGGGCUCUGAAUACACCAGAGAGAAGAAGAAAAAGAGCAGCACCGUUGAAGAGUCUUUUAUUUUUAGGGCAUUCUGCUUGUAUCACAUGUAUGUGUUAAACCAUAUGUGCCAUUUUACCAUGUUCACUAAUGUGUGUGUGGGACCGUGUGUGACGCACCCAAGUGCAUGUGUAACCUGAGAUUCAGGUGGUGAUGCAGGCGGGUGUGCAAAUACGUGAGUAGAAUUUGUUACCAAGGCAACAGGCGUUCAGUGAGUCGGUGCAAUGGAAUGGCUGGUGCAGUUCUAUUAGCGAGAAGCAGUUUCCAUAGCGACUCAACAUCGCAGCUGCCUAUGCAAGACUUUGUGUGUGUGUUUGAGUGUGUGUCUGUAUGAAUACGGUGUGUGAAUUUGAGUGUUCAUUAGCGUGACUCGGUGUAUGACUUGCUUUGUAACGUCUCAUAUUUUUUCAUCCUCGCUGUCAUGUUGUUUUUGGUUUGAACCUCCCAUCCACGUCUCUCACACUGCCCUAUUUUCAUCUCCUCUCCUCUCCCUGUCUUUCCCCGUUUUAUCUCUGUCUCUCUCCUCCCAUCUCUGUCUCCCCCAUCUCUGAGUGCUGAAGCUCAUCAGGGUAAACAGAUGCUGUGGCUGUUAUUUAUGUUUCCACUUGGUCUGCCUUUCAUACAAAUUAUCCACAGGCCCUGCACAGUGCAGACGCUCUGCCUAAAUGGGCUGCACUGGCAGCUCUCUCUGCCUUAUCCACGCGCAGACUCUCAGACCAAACCACAGAUGCAACGAGGAGGGGGUUCAUAAAGGGGAAGAGGGGUGAACCAUAGCAACACACACUGAAGGGCACAUUGUCACCAAUAACAGAAGGAGCAUCAAGAACUGGCUGCAGCAUUUGAUCCAUGCAUUGAGGUUUGGGAAGGUACCAUUGCGCACAGGAGGGGGAGCAGACAUCACAGGAGAAAAAAAAAAUGGAGGAUGAGUCUGGUUGAGUUGACUUGAAAUGUUUCAAGCAGCCUACUCAAUAUGAGUAUCAUUUCCUCUUCUGUUAUCCAGGAUCUCUGGCUGAAAGAGGUUAGAAAAAGCUGCUAACAGUUAUUCUUGGAGUGCAGCUAACCUGUGAGUUGUCAUUAGCGCUUCUUUAUGCAGAGAUACUGCAGCUGUGCCUCAACAAAGUUUAGCUGUUUUGCUGUCAUAUUGCUGCUCCGGUGUUAUGAAUAUUUGUAUGCAUCAUUACAGCAUUGUAGAAAAAGCGCCACAUACACACUGACAGUGCUGUUUUGUCCUGCUGGCUUUCACCCUCACUCCGUUGCUCUUCUGUUGGCUUAACAGCGUAACCACUUUGCCACCAUUCCUGCUCUAUGCCUUUUACAGACAGGCGGAAUGACAGUCUGAAACAAAUCUCAAAGUGGUAGACAAUAAACACAUGAGCAGAAAAACAAGAGUAGGGACCUUCAAAUGGAGUUCUUCAAAUCAUGACUGCAUGUUGUCUGUUGUGUCUCACCUGGUAGGAAGCGUACUAUUCGGAGUCCUCAUUUCAACCCAGGUCCUUUGCAGCAUUGACACUCCCCACCUUCUGCCACUCUUCAUAUGUCUCUAUCCGGCCCUUGAAUUUAUCUAAUUAUCUAAAAAAGCAUGUGAGAAAGAAUUUCAUAAACAGAUCGAGCAUACAGCUUUGUUUGUGUUUGUGUGUUUUGCACAGAUAUCCGGGACCGCCGUAAGAAGCCGGUGAUGCUCUUCAUCCACGGGGGCUCCUACAUGGAGGGCUCAGGGAACAUGUUCGACGGCAGCGUCCUUGCUGCCUAUGGAAAUGUCAUCGUGGUCACCAUGAACUAUCGUCUGGGCGUGCUCGGUAAGUUUUGGUGUACAGCACCCUGCAAGCUUUUUACAGGUAACGGUGGUUUGAUGGAAGUGUUUACAGACCUUGUUUGACAUGUUUACUCUCACCUUGACCAGCUUCUGCAUAUCAGAGAGAUGAUGUCAAGACACGUGUUUCAGAAACAGUGAUACAACCUGCAAAUAAAGGUUGAUGUCUGAAAAAUGCACCCUAUGGCAAAUAAAAUCUUCAGGGCAUUAUGAUUCAUGUCCUCUCAUAAAUCACUGAGGAGCACAGAACGCCAGGAAUGAAAAUUAAUUCCCCUCCUUCUGCAGGCUCCUCCAGUCCCAAUAAGUCUGAUUCUAUCUCAUUCCAUGAUAAGAUCACAAACAAAAUGAAUGUCUGUGAUAGCAUUUACUGUAAAAGUCCCUUUUGAGUUUUUGAUAUGCAGCAGCUACUCACCAUCAAUCAUUUCCUCAGUGUUGACAUCCUGCUUCAGAGGAAUUUACAAGAGAAAGUGCAGGCAUCGUGCACAAAAACAGAAUAUCACAAGAAAAAUGAUAUGAGACAAAACAUCCUGUAGAAAAGAAAAAAAAAAACAGGAAAAGCUGAAAAUACACUGACUACCCAUAGUUCAAUUUGUUACCUAUCCUUCUAAUGUAAAUUUUUAUUUUUAUCAUUUUAAACAAAGAAUUAAUAUCAUCAUAUUUAUCUCAAAAUUAACCUUCCUCCUGUGUUAGCUUUUACUACACACUCACCAUGUUAAGGGUCAGUUUUGACCCGUGUCUUAAAUUAGCUGUAAAUUACACUAAAAACAAUUCUCUAUCAUCCAAUUUUGUUCUCAUCUCUAGGUUACCUUGUUAGGCUUCAUUAUCCAUGAAAAUAUUGAUUAGAAUAGUUUUUGUUGUGGUCCUCUGGGCCUUUCUUUGUCUGUAUACCCCUCACACAGACAUCUAUACUGAACUGAUCUCACAUGUCCGGACAUGCCCGACGUUGUUUUUUGUGCAGGAAAAAACAUGGAAAAAUGAGAAUUUCCUGUAUCUCACAUGAUUGGAAGAGGAUCUGACUGUCAGUGUGGUGCCUGACAGUGCACUUACAAUUUUAGUUAUUGCUCUGAUUAUUGGAUAUUGAUCUAACCGGGUCAACACUGACCCUAACACAACAAGUGCCAAAAUUAAAAGCAUUUUAUAAUUCAGUCAAUUUAAUUUUUUUUGUUUUUAUUUUGUUGAAUUAGAGGUUCCUGAUAAAGUCAAAAAGUCUUAAUGCACAAAAGCUGGUUUAAGUGGUUCUUUUAAGCAUUUAAAAUCAAAAAUGGGUCGGCGCAGACCACAACACAGGAGGAGGGGUUAAAAAAAAAUACUAUAUAUACAUCCACAGACUUAAUUUGUGGGGGGGACACGAGGGACAUGUCCCACCACUUUUUUAAAAGUCCAUUUUGGUCCCCUGCAGUUUUAGCCGUCUGUACACAAUGUGACUUUGCACUAUAGCGAACCGAUACACACUAGGCACUAGGAUCAAACGACCGCUCAAGCCAAAAACUGGUUUCAGUCUUGGACCGGCCACAAGCUCUGCCGCAGGCCCGCUUUUUGUGUGUGAUUGGCUAUCCCUGCUGUCAGUCAUUCCAUGCCCGCCGGACUAAUGUUUUGCAAGUUGCUCAUAUGAGUCAGUCUGUGAACUUCGCUAUUCACCGAUGUAAGUUUGUAAGGAGAUGUAAGGAGGGCGGUGUUCAUUUUCCCUCCGUAACAUCACAUUCAUCAGAGGUUUCGUUUACAUCCCUGUAUGGGGUUUGUACUUCCAUCCACCCGCUGGCUGUAUUGCCUCUUCUGUUACUGUGUGUGGAGGAUGUGCUGUUUGCUAGGCUAUAUGUCUCAACAGUACCCCCCACCUUUAAAAUCAAAAUUUUGUGUUUGUAUACAUCUGUCUGAAAAAGUCUGAAAAAGUACAGCAACAUAGAGUAUAAUAAUCCCCAAAACAAACCACUGGGUACAUACUGCUGCAGAUGAUUCAGUAUUCAUAAAACAAAAGCUGUAAAUGUGACCUUCUAAAACUUGAUAUUGUAAAGUAGUUUGAUUCAUGGUUUCUCUGGAAACUGAUUUUCAUAUAUUUGGGACUGCAGAGGAUUGGAUAAGUGGAUUUUCUCUGCAAAAAGAAACUAACUUCAGUUGUAAUGAACACUUCAGCACCAGGAUCAGAAUAAUGUAGUGAGUGUCCGCUGAACUUUUUCUCAUUUAAAAAAAAAAGUGAAUUUAGUGUUUAAUACCACUUUGGGAAAUGUGGCCCAGCUCUGUCCUAAUAACUCUUUGACUUACAAAUGGAGCUAAAUUUAAGACCAGUACCCGACCCGAGGCUCCAACCGUAUAUUGGCUUUAUUUCAUCCAUAGCUGACUGUUAGCUUGCAGAGGCAAAGCAACAGAGUGGCUACAUCCUGUCUCUUUUCCUCUUCACACGGAUAAUCUAGUGAAAGACACCAGCGCACACAUGAGUGGCAGUCAGAGAGAAAAUGGUGACAUUAUUUGUCUCAUUAUAUUUGAAAAGAACCAGACCCUAACCUGGGCUGAAUCAACAAAACACAACCUGGAGCUGACACAUGCCACAUUAGGUUUCAGGGUUCAGGUUCAGGAUGAAAAUUCACACUAAGAUAAUACAGACUAUUUUACACUUUACCGAAUCACUGCUCUGGAACUUGGAAAUGUGUGUUUGAAAAGGCAGCCCUUGUGCAAACGUGUAAAAAUCAUGCACAGGGAGGUCAAGUUAAUCCUGAAUGAUCAUUGCUGCCUCCAACGUUGCUCACAGAUGACCAGUUUUUCCCGGAUCAGCUCACUCAGUGUUAAAUGUGCAGCAGGAAUUUUAUACUACAGCACACACAGGUGUAUUUACUGUGUUCACUUAGCCUUAAAAUGAUGGGGCUUUUUUUCAACAAUCAUUCAUUUCAGUGAUAUGCACUUCUGCAGGAAAAACAGGCAGGUCCUCCUGACUCACUGUACUUCAGAGAAAACGGGCGACCACUUAGUGUCUUUGGUGUACAUUCAGCUAUUCAAUGUGUGUCUGUUGCUUUCAGUGUAUUUUUGGAUUAAGGGUUAUUCUAUUUGUCCAUUCUGGUGGAGCUUUGCGGUGCUGGCUUGGCCUGUGAGAGUGGGCUGAGCUGUGUGUGUGUGUGUGUAGAAAUAUAUAUGUGUGUGUGUGUAGAAAUAUAUAUGUGUGUGUGUGUGUGUGUGUGUGUGUGUGUGUGUGUGUGUGUGUGUGUGUGUGUGUGUGUGUGUGUGUGUGUAUACCCAGCCCUUGUGCCGGAUAUCAGUGGACUCAAGUAUUUGCAUUCUCAGUCAUCUUUCAGAGGUGUUUGCACACACACUAUCGGUGACUGUCACUGCGGUUGCCAGGUUGGGUAAUCAGAUCUUGUUUAUUGCAUCGCGGCUGUUUCAACAUAUCAGAAUAAUGAUAAACAGAGAAAUGGGAGUCAUUUAGGAUGUCGUCCAAGAGUCGCAGCGAGCAUUAACAGAGGGUAACAUGAUCCAGACCAUUGCUGACCGUGCCAGUGGAGAGGCACAGGGACAAGGACAAACUGAGAGUUAGUGAAAUGAGGAACCUUGGACCUGCUGCUUUAUUCUGCUCCAAUUCAGCUCAUUAUUCUGUCUUUUUUUUAACGUUUUUUUAGAGAAAUCGUGACCAUCAGAAAACCGAGAAUGACUUACAUUAUGCUUGGUUUUAACAAAGAGAGGAUCUUUGGAUCGGACUGUCACGACCGCAGAAAGCUACACUAAAGCGUCUGUGGUAAUGGUCAAACACAAAUUUUAAUGGAAAAAGAAAAGUAUACAGAAAUGAUGUUUGACAACAAACUGGCACAAACAGGGGAAGACAAAGACCUCAAUCACUGGGACGCGGGUUUGUUUGAUAUUUUAUCAUAUUAAAUUAAAUACAAUAUUUCCUGUUGAAGAGCAAGACUUUCUCAAUUGAUCUCAAUUGAGAAGUGCCAAAACUUAAGCUGCUGAUUAGGUUCAGUUUGGAUUUAGAAGGGACAGCUGAUGGCAGAUGGACAAACAUAAUACAGCCAAAAUGCAUGCUUGAAUAUUUAUUUAUUCAUUUGUUUAACAUCGUAUAGUUAGUUCAAUAUUGAACCGUGCAUCUGCUCAUGUAUGCACUGUUUGGGCCUGCUGGGGAAGUGAGGGUAAUCAUGCACGGGUACAGAUUUAAAAGUAAGACAAGAAGUGAUAAAAAAAUACACAUGAACACAAUAUGUAGUCAGGUGUGUUGCAUGUAGCAUCAAAUCACUCUUGCUGAUAUCUUCCUUUGCCUCCUUUACAUUCAUUUUCAUCUUCUUUUCGACUGUAACCUGGCAGAUUCACAAUAACAUGUUUCUGUGAUUUGUGAUAGAGAGGUCUGAAGUACACUCAUUAAACCUCCAUGCGCCUUCAAGUACAUAAAAACUACACACACACAGACAUCAAGAGUGAGAAUAAAAAGAAAUAGCAAUAUCAAAAUAGUACUUGCUUCAACAUAAAAAUACAGAAUCUAUAGUUGCAGUAUUCUGAUGUUAGAAAUGAUCUAGUUUGUGUUGUAGUCAGUAUCAUCGCCGAUCAGGAAUGUAUCAGCUAUCACGCCAUCAUAGCAGUCAACAUUGAGCUUUGAUUGAUGUAUUUGGACAAAUAUCGGCAUGUGAGUGCAGCCAAAAAUCGGCUCCCAGGCAUCAUUUUGUAAAACUCACUGUUGCUUCUGAAGUUUUCAGACUAACCCCAAACCUCAAGAAUUUACAGGAGAAGAAGUCUUGCUUCUUUUUUGUCCAACACUUACUACAGAAUGCUUCAAAAAGUCGGUUGUUGCUCCCAGAGGCCAUAUCUUCAGUACACAACAGCCAGUGGGUUAUGAGAUUGAUCCUGAACUCGCUUCUUUUUAGGGAUGUUCUAAAGUGACCUUUUUCCAAGGCUACAGUUAAGAAAGGGCUCAGAUCAAAAUCAAAGUUCAUCACAACCUAUUUAACACAGUAAAGUACUGUCUUUAUGGAGUGUAAGCUUUGCCACUGCUAUUUGAAACUGAUAAUCACAGUCUUUAGUAAUGUGUGGUUUUAAAACAUGCAUUAUGAAUAUGGCUUAUUCUCUGAUAAAGCAUGACUAAAAAUGAAUAAUCGUUAACAGAUAACCUUUAAAAUAAAUCAUUUUAAAAUUGCAGUGUGUGAACUCUAGCUUUGCGUAAGACAAUCAAGGCAUGUUAUCUGUUAUAAAGAGGGCCUCUUUCCAUUUUCAGCAGACAAAAAACAGACUUAUUGAGUCUAAAGUCACCAGUGAACAAGGUCACCUUUUUAACCAAAACACCAGUACAGUUUGGAAAGUGCUGCAUUUUCCCUCUUUAACACUCAGUAUGUUUACAUGACACUCGAGAACACAGAAUUAUUGCCUUUGUCUGAUUAAUACCAGACAACUGAAGUGCAUGUAAACACCUUAGUCCAACUAUUAUCGGAGUCUGAUUUAGACACCCCAAAAACAUUUCGAUUUUCUCUGCCAUGUAGCCAGCAUAGUCAGAGUAUGAUGGACAAUGCAUGUGCGCCUGCGCCACGCUCCCAUAACCCCAGAACAAAAACACCAGAGUAGAGGAGUAGCAUGCACCUCAUCUGCAGAAAAAGUAGCGUGUACAUCAUAUACUACAAAACUGACACUGUACAAUGCUCCAUCUUCUUGCUCAAAAAUGCCCAGCAGCACUUGUAGCCACUUCUGACAUCUGGCACGGACCUGCUGUUGUUGUUGACAGUUGUUUGGGGUCGGAAACAGCCCAGCUGAAAAGACCCAUAUUGCCCCCUAGUUUUGGGGAGGAGGACACAUUCACAUCAAUAAUUUAAUUUUCUCAGCUGCAUGUAUACGCAGACUAGAAGAGAAGUCCGAUUCGGCAAAAAAAAUAAAAAAUAAAAAAAUUAUGAACUUAGUCCAAUUAAAGCUUUGCAUGUAGACGCACUGACUGUCAGCACAGUGUUGGCCCACAUUAACGAUAAUAUUUAUCAUUUGUUUAACUGAUUUGUAAUUCUGGUGCCCACCCAGGUGGACUCAAAACUCACACUCCUAUUUAGGAACAGCCAAAAACAGCUCAGGGUUUCAGUGGAUGUGAUUAAUUAUGGAAAAUUAUACAGAGGGGUUGGGGCAAGCUUGGGUUGUGAUCACAGUUUGUUUUUCGAUUCCAGCUGCAGAAAGAUAGAAGGCAGAGAUUUGAUAGAGUGCACAGGAAGUGGAGCAAGAAAGGAGUAGACUUGGACAUGUAAGAGGGUGAGUUUAUGCAGCGAAUCACGUAAGUAGGGACUUAUUGGUUAAAAAAUUGUGUUAAAUCAAGGUAGUAGCUUUGUUUGCUUCCUCUGAAGACCCCUCACCUUGUCCUGUCCUUAAUCAGGGUGAUUAACACUGUUGGUUAAAUCCAUGCACAGUCAUUGAAUAGCAUGCUGAAGAUGUCUUAGGUGCAUAAAUGCAUCACACGGGGUGUUUAUGUCCCUUAAACUCCACAGGCAGUCACUAAAAUACAUAUAAAACACAUCCAUAUAGAGGUGGAGACAGAUCCUGCCGAGUGAUUAUGAGCGAUGACGCAGUGUCCUCGAUUCCUUGAACAUUGUAGAAAAUUUUGUUAUGUGGGCGAAUGUGUGCUCUCUCUCUCUCUCUCUCUCUCUCUCUCUCUCUCUCUCUCUCUCUCUCUCUCUCGCUCCCUCUCUCCUUCUCCCUGAUAUGCUUUAAAUGGGUUACUGUACUAAGCAGAUUAUCCUUGUGUGUGUUUGUAUGUUGGUGUAACAUAAACAUGCAUGUUUGCACACAAAUACGUUUCAUGCGACUCUGCGUGCACGUUUGUGCGUGCGUCUGCGUGUGCAUGUGUAUGUGUAUGCACUGCUUGCUAGCGUGCCGUGCGUAAAACAUAUAUAUGAAUAAUGCACCAUCCAUCUGAAUUUUUAAUGCUGCUCCUCUUCUCUGACACUGAAUUAGAGGCGAAGUGAGAAACACAAGCAUACCGUGUUUUUAAUAGUUUUAUGUUCUAAUCUUUGGUAUUAUCCUGUACUUACACACACGGGAGCUUUACACAUGCCAAACUCAUUUCAUUCAAUGCCUGCGCCUUUAACAGAGUGAUGAGGAGUCAGGAAGAAGAGAGCAGGGAAUAGAGACAGAUGAGCGAGGAGGACUCGCAGAGAGACAGUGAGGGGAAAGGAAACAGAAGGGGGAGAUGGGAGCAGGCUAAAAAUAAAUCCUCAGAAAUGCUUUUUAAAAUCGGCGCUGAUGCAAAGUAUUCAUUCUAAUGAAUGCUCCUGCAGUGUGGCCACAGCAGCCCUACAUAUGCUUUACAGCUUGAGCUUUCCCUAACAUAUACUUGUGUGGUUACUCUGUGAAAUGAUAUAUUAUGGGGAUAUUCUUCUGAAUUCAUGAUAAAUCUCUGUUGUUGGAGAGUAAAAUGGGUGAAUGAGAAGAAAAUGUCUGCUGAACACGGCCUGGUUCAGAGGUUUGGUGACAGUUGAGAUACCAGAUUGCUGCUCGGCUCACCUUCUCCUACCUUCCUCCUGCUCCGGGCUCCACAGAGCCUUCUGAUUUGUGUUGCAUAGCCAUCUGUUCAGACUAAUUAACUAAUUAACUAAUUAAUGAACUCUGGGGAAAGGCCCACCAUCGUGGGCUCGCAGAGUGAGAACAUUUUUCACCUCAGGAAGAGAGAUGAAACGCUUCUUCUGGAAACGUUUCUCUGCCCAGCUUCAGCUUCUUACGUCUAAGUAAGCGUCCCGGCUUUCUCUCUGACAAAAAGCAGUUAUAAAUAUAUCAUUUGUUGUUUCAUCCUGCCAAAACGCUUCUGUAUUAUUUACAUUUGUACAGGGUGAUACUCGGGGUUAAAUGGUGACUUUUCACAUCUCAAUUUCCUUUUGUUUCAAGCAGAUAAAAAGUAUUUUCACCCGUUUAAAGCAAGUUAUUUUGAAGUCAGUGUUCUGAAAAUUACACAUGCCUUUGUGCAUGCUAACACAAAGGUGGAUCACUGCUGGUCUAUUUGGUCUAUUUAUUAUAAUAUCCUGGGAAAGGUGCAACAAGCUGUAAACACAAUACUGAUAAAUUAUCACCCAUUAAAGUUAAAAUGAUGAUGUGUUAGCAAACAGCUGCCAGUUCACGCACCCAGCAGACAGAGUAACAUUAACAUUCAUUUGGAUGGGCAUCUAUUCACAAAGCAGCAUUAGCAUUCAAAACACUGUUUGUCUUUGCUUUCAGGGCUCACCUGUGAGCAAGCAAGUGCUUUUUCUACAUGUCCAGCAAACACAGAGCAACGGUAGCACUAUCCUGUCAAAUUAACAGCCUUUUGACAAAUCUGUCUAUGAUAAUUAGGUCGCUAAGAGCUCCAUUUUUGUCUCCGCUAGGUGGCGUGAGCAAUGUCUGCCUCUUCAAAUCAGAAAAUGUGAAGAAAAUGAGUGUCUUUUGGAUGUUAGAGUGGUUGGUGGCCCUUUUGAAGUCUUUACAGCAGAAGUGCAAAAGAUAUUUUGGGCACUGGUACAAGACAGCUGAGAAUAUGGAGAACGAGCUAGCAGCUAAGAUACUGCACAAGCACAAGCUACCCAUGCACAACGCAUCCCAUUAAAGUCUAAAAUCGUUUUUUUUCCGAUCGUUAAAGUGUUCUCAGUGGUCUUUAAAUUGUAAUUUUAAAGUUUUUACCAAAAUUCACGGUAUCUGUUUCAUUUUCAAGGGUUUUUUUUCUCCUGUAGAGCUCCAGUAACUCAUUAGCAGUUCGCCUCUGAGUUGUGGGCGGAGACAGCGCUCCUCUGCACACUCCUCUUCACGCUAGCUUGUAGCCUAACAUUGUGGGUGGAGUAGAAGUGGCAGGUAACAUAGGAGCUAUUCAGCUCUCAGACACUAAUGUCUUUAGGGACACGUUGAAAGCUAAUAUCAUAAUUAGCUUUCUUACGUGCAUUGCAAUCCGCUAACGCACACACUUGCAAUCGUCCUCUGUAUUUCUCCUCUACACGCAAAGUGUGGCCUGCAUAGCGGGGCUGCGGGGGUGGAGUGUGGAUUGGUUACGUAUGAAAUCUCACUGUUUCUGAACCUGCCGUUUGGAUCUGCCAGAGAUUAACAGUGAUGUGAAUGAAGAAAUACUCAGAAAAGCAAUUUCACAUUUAGUUUUAUCAUGAUAUGUCCUGUAGCAUCAGAAAAAUGCCAUAUGAACACAUAGACAACAAGAAAAACAUGAUUUUCAUCAGAGUGGGUCUUUUAAUGAUGAUACUGCUACAAUGUCAUUUAGCGAGAAAACUCAGCUGUUAUUACAGAUGCAUCAAUUUAAAAUUCUCAUUUAAAUUCCUAUUUUUCCCUGCUUUUUUUCUGUCGAUUCUAAUUUUGGCCGACUCAGAUUUUCUUUUUUGGACAAUUAUAUUUGACAGCAAAUUUGAACAUUUUCCCAAACUUUCCUCUCAGUGGACACAAUUUUGUUUAUGGUUAAAAAUCCUCUGAAUUGCGCCAGGCCAUAUGUCCAUCUCUCAUUCUCACUCAGAAUAAUCCCACCUAGAAAAUUGUGGAUCUCAAACCUUUAUUUCCAUUUUUCAUGUAUUUCUUUGCUGUAAUUACUGUUAAAGAGUCUCUGUAUAAGUAAAGAAGACUGUAAACUCUUCUGGUCUCUGCCUCGACUGAUGUUUACCUACUACAUGUUAGUUUGUGUGGAUGUGAGUGGCAUUGGUGUUCGUAUGGUAGUGCACAUGGCAUGAAUUUUGACGCUUGUGUGAACAUUUGAGGUCUGCACAAGCUUGAACAUAUUCGGGAGGACCCACUGGUCACUCAUCACAGCCAAAGAGGUUUAAAUUGGCCAUUUCCAGUUACUAGCCAGUCGAUUGGUACACCUCUACAUAUGAAUUCAACACUCAGUAGACCUCUAAAUAAAACAUGGCAAGGCAGAGGUCCCUUCAAAGCAGCAAGUAAAACCAAAACAACAAGCUUAAGGAGUUAAUUUUCUCUGUAGAGCCGAGGGUAUCUGCAGUGUCAAGGCGUAGAUGUCUGUGUGUUCAUCAGUAAAAGCAACCUCCCUCAAUCUUUUUACCUAUUCUGUUUAAAGUAUUGAUCAGAGCAGCUUGAAGGUUGGUGUCUGACGCAAUUUAUAUCAUCAUUUUUACAAGAACAAAUGAGCCCAGACAUUUUGAGAUCAUGUUAAAUCUAAAGGAGCCACAAAAAGACUUCAUUCCCGGAGAACUUUUUUGAUGAUGGAACUUUCCUCAAAAAUUUUCUCUAACUUUCUAGAGAACCUCUCAGUGUCUCGCUUCUCUGUUUAAUUCUAUCAUCCAUCCUAAAAUUUCAUCAGAACACUGAAAACCAUCAUGUUUUAUAGUCUUAGCCUUCAAACGACAGAUAUAUGCAGAUAAAGAUGUAUUCACCGUAGCUUCUUGUACUCUGUCCAAAUGUCCGGCACAGAUUGUUCAUUUAUAAAUGGUGUGUCCAGAAAUAAUGUGCUAAUGUUCCCUGUUUGUGACACACCAGUAAACACCAUUUUACAAGUGACCUAAUGAAUAUAAUUUCACAAGCUCAUGCUCUUGUAAUCAUUUUUAGCAUAAGUCAAAUCAAACAGUGUCAGUGCAUCCACAAAUACUACUUAGCACAGUGAAUGUCGGGCAUCUGUUCAAAUUGUGUGGCCUGUUGUUGUCAAAAACAUCCCUUAAAAUAUGACAUAAACAGUAUUUUUAGCCAGCGCACAUUCUGCUGUCAAUUAAUAUCAGCCUGCCGCCUUGUCACAACUGAGCCGUCCCUAAAUACAAAUGAAACACACCUCCCACUCCCUGCACAGAGACACUAUCUUCCUACUCUGUAAGCAAUCGUUGCCACUUCUCCCCCCACAUUUUGUCUCCAGUGCACUGACAGCGAUGACGACACAAGGGAACAUAAUCAUUUUUGCUUGCGUGUCAUUCUGAUUGUGACAAGGUUCACACAGAUUUGGAUCUACAAAUUAAAUUUAAACUUCAAAAAUACAUACUCAUCUUUGCAGAGGUGACUGCAGUAUGCUUAAAAUAAUAUCCCUGCUCUCUGGGCCUUAUUACAAAUGUGACUGUGUAGAGUGUGAUGACCUGUGGGAUGAAUUUCAGGUAACAUCAAGUUCUAUCUUUGGAAAUAGAAAAGCUGAUUCCACCUUAUAGGUAAAGUUCACAUUGAAAAGUUUUGACUUAUGGGUAUAUUGACCAAGACUGGCACCAAUCUGCCUCGCGGGCUGGCAGCCAGCAGCACAGCUGGACCAAUCAAAUACAACGGGAUAAUUAAUGCAGCCAGUCAUACUUGAGACGCAACGUCUUACACACCACAUGUUUCAAAAUCAAAUUUAAAACCUCAAGGUCUCUGUGGUACCUAAAAUAUCAACUGUAGCGCCAACAUAAAUGUGUGCUGCAGUCGUCCAUUAAUUCAUACCAUGUGUUCAACCAUAAGAACAUUUGUGGCAUAUUAGGAGGUUCAUAACGCUGGAGAAACAGUAACGUCCUUGUCAUGGCCUCUAUCGCUUGGAGUAGAUCUCGGUUGAAGAGAAAGAGCAGAGGUAGAAGUUUGAGGCGGAGAUACUGCGUGAGGUGAAUGGCACAUUUUGAGUUAAAAAAGAAGAAGAAAAAAAAAAAGUCCUUUGGGGGCCACAAGUCAUUCAAAUCUCAAGACACAUAAGGGAAAUAUUUUGAGUGUGACUUACACUUUCCCUGAAUGUCCCCCGUGAGUAAACAUCCAUAAAUCCACUUAGAAAUCAUGGCGUGAAGACACCACUCAUGACUGCAGAGCGUGCUUAAGAAUCAAAGGCGUAUCCAGAGGGGAAGCCAAGAGUGGCAUGGCCCCUUGAGAAAUCUGAACGACCAACAACAGCCAUCCCAAAAUCCCUAAAUUUGAUCAGCUAUUUGCUUUUCAGAGGCAGGACUUGUGUUAGAAAUUAUUUCUAUGGACUAUGUUGGGACAGGUUUCUUUGCUGGUUCUCUUUAUGAUACAUCUUUUUCAUAAGACAAGUGUUUUGAGUCCUUUUGGCAACAAACAUGUCAUGAUUCUCUUAGGAUUUAAUUUAAGAAAAUUUGUAUGCAGCCUAUCUGCCAUCUUAGUUAAGCGGAUCAAGCCUAGUGGUUAAACUGGGUUCCAUAUGGAGGGGCUGCAUAUUCUGGUUCCUCACAUCGCUUGUCUGACGUCAGGUAUCUUAUUUAAUGAAAGCAAAGUUUAAAAAGAAUAACUUGAAUAAAAUGCAUUCAGCAGAGACACCCCCAUUUAAAAAGACUGGAGACACCCCUGCGUUCAAGUUACCUCGGAAGUCAGAAGUCUGAGCUGAGAAUAACGUCACAUCUGAGUUACCAGCGUAAGUUGGAAGAAAUUAAAAUCGGCGUCAGAAACGAGAUGGCUACAUCUACAAAAGUUAUUUUAGUGCUUGCCUCGUCCGAAUGUAAGCAAGGACAAGGCAAGCGCUGAAAUAACUUUCGUAGAUGUAGCCAUCUUGUUUCCGCCUCCGAUUAUGCUUUUUUCCGACUUUGAAACUGAAAUGCUGGUAACUCGGGUGUGACUUCAUUCCCAGCUCAGACAUCUGACUCCGAGGUAACUCAAAUACAGCAUAAGUCCAAUCUUAAUUUUCAAAGCAAUUCAGUGACGCUUACCAAAAAUGUUAUCAUGUAAAACCAUAAACAUAUUUAUCAAAUCUUAUCUGACUUUCUCUGGUGGUGCCAAUUAGCCAAAAAGUAGGCAAAAAUGUUAUCAUGUAAAACCAUAAACAUAUUUAUCAAAUCUUAUCUGACUUUCUCUGGUGGUGCCAAUUAGCCAAAAAGUAGGCAAAAAUGUUAUCAUGUAAAACCAUAAACAUAUUUAUCAAAUCUUAUCUGACUUUCUCUGGUGGUGCCAAUUAGCCAAAAAGUAGGCAAACAGGCAAAAGCACAAAGUUAACUAUUCACACAUGCCCCACUUUGGAAAUUAUGACAGGAAGAUGAAACUGUUUGAGUUGUUGGAGCUGAAGCAUUGUGUGUCCAGCAUUUGAAAUGUUGCUAUAUGUGUAGACGUUUUACUUCAUUUUGUCUGACUAAUUAUAGUAAUAGCAUAUAAUUAAUAACAGCAGUUUUAUGUAUUCACUGUUAGCUGUCAGCAAAUAGGGCUCUGUUUGAGCGGUUUCAUUCACAUAUUUUGAUCAGUUUUGACUGACGUUUUCAUCGCAGAUCAGUAGUUUCUGAAAUGAAACUUUCUUUGAAUGGCUUUGAAACGUCUUAGUGCCAGAGUGAAGUUUGAAGUUUGAAGCAUUACUCUUCAAAUGUGCAUGACAGCCCGGUUUUAUUGCACAGCUUGGCGCCUUUGAAUGGACCUUUGACGGUAGAAAUUGAGUCAGAUAAGUAAGGUAAUAAAUACAAUGGCAAUAGAGGCCUAUGGGUGAUGUACUGAAAUGACAUUAGUUCAGCAGGAGGAGGGCCAAUUAUAAACUACAGCUUAUGUUUUCGUGUCUGUAGAGUGAUAAAUCUUCUACUGCCAUCAAGCAGGUAGCACUAAAUUAGUGUAAAAAUAUUGAAAAUCAAAGUUUAAGAGAGUGACAUGGAGGAACAAGUCUUGAAACCACAUAAGUGGGUGUCAUGCUAUACGCACGGAUUUGAAGUUUUGUCGAAUGAAAAAUGACACAUCACAGUAAGAUUGUAUUAUAAAACUAGAUGAGAAGUUCUGAGUGUGUACUGCUCACAGUUUACAGAUAGGUAAUAUAUUUCUCAGUUACCUUUGUAUGAAGAAGAUAAUCCUCAAAGUUGCAGCACAACACCGGAUGAUCAAAUCCACUUUAUUUCAAUCAUCCGAACAGAUUCUUUAGUCUUUAGUGUGCAGGAGACGUUCACCAUCUGCUCUGGGGGGGUUUUUCUCCUUCUUCUUUUUUUUUUUUUUGAAACAGUGAAUUUACUUUUGCUUGAUUAAUUUCGUGACUCAGAAUACACAGAAACAUUACCUUGUUUUCUCUCUACAAUCACCCUGUCCGUGUGUGUGUGUUUGUGUGUGUGAAAAGGCAAUAUCUUCCCUGAUUUUUUGACAUCCCUCAUCAUCUCCUGUGUGACGUCGCACAGGAAUUAUAUAAUGUGUCCUUCAAUGACAUUAGCUUUGGGCAAAAUUUGGUUUAAUACCUGUCUUAUGUCUGUGGGACAUUUUUUUAUCCCUCCCUCCCUCUCUUCCUCUCCUCUCCCCUGCCUUCCUUUUUUUUUUUUUUUUGUCUGUGUUCACGGAAAUUUGCUCAGUGACCCACUGCAGUCACUCUGUUCAGUCCUAAAAAUUACUCUGCAGAUGUAUGUUCCCGUCUCAGUAGUCAAAGAGUCAGGCGACUGACCGCACUUCAGUUCUGGACUGUGGUUUUGUGAGUGGUGUUGACUUCUACAGAAAUUGUAGUUGUACUGAAUAAAACACUUAAUAUACUGUGAAAACACUCGACACAGAGCUGCUGCCUUUAGUUUGCUGGAUGCACACCUCUUGUCUCGUGAGUUAAAACAAAUCUCUCUGAUAGGUGUCUGUUCUGUAGACUGUUUGACGAGACCACCACAGUGUCAGCCACUGCUUUUUUGGAGCCCAUUUGAAACCCCUCAAGGAGAGCAAUUUUGCUGUCACAACAUGUGGACAAGACGUCAGAUAUACAUUGAAGCCUCUGUCUUUGCAGCAAGAACUCACUUAACCAUAUUUACACAGCAGCUGUUUUCCUCUGACGUGUGCUCUGGGUGGUGGCUGUAAAUAUGUAACCUCAUACUGCUACGUGUUUGGUGAAUUUGGUUUGUUAUUAUUGGAAACCUUUUAGAUUGAUGAGCAACUUUAGAAACAAUGAAAAUCUAGAGGGAAAUCUGGUCAUAUGCUGCAUUCAAGUUACCUCGGAAAUCAGGUGUCGGAGCUGAAAAUGACGUCACACCUGAGCUCCCAGCGUUUCAGUUACCAAAUCGGAAAAAAACAAAAUCAGAGGUGGAAACAAGAGGGCUACAUCUAACAAAGUUGUUAGUGCUUGCCUUAUCCGGAUAUAACAAGGGCAAAGCAAGCCCUAAAAUAACUUUCGCAGAUGUAGCCAACUUGUUUCCGCCUCCGAUUUUUCCUUUUUCCGACUUGGUAACUUAAACGCUAGUAACUCAGGUGUGAUGUCAUUCACAGUUCAAACAUCUGACUUCUGAGGUAACUCUAACACAGCAAUAUACCAGCUACUGUCAGACAACAGCUAAUGCUAGCAUGUAGAUAAUGUAACAUUUAGCUUGGAAUUGGUUGAACUAAUGAUAGCUGUACACGCUACCAAAGAACAGGCUUUAACCUGUUUGUUAGGUUUAUAGAGCUAUGAAAUUAACCAUCAGCUAAUGCAGUAUUAUCCACGAUGUGGUUGAAUGCAUUAGCUGUUGUCUAAAGAUAGUUUCAGGGCUAUCAUUUCUGUCAUUAUAUGGUGGAGAAUGGAUGGAUUUACCUCCAGGUUUUCACUGUUACCUGUCUCUUCAUUUGUUCAAAAGUGACAAAAUGACAAUUACCAGCAGACCCAACGUUUAUUACUCACAACCUGUUCCAGCCAUAUGUUCUCCCUGUGCUGUAGGUCCCUUCUCCUCCUCUGUUGUCUUUGCUCAGGUGAAUCUACUGAUUGCCAGGCACACCUGGUCUUGGGUGUUUCAAAGCCCAAUUGUUGCCUUCAGGAAGCAGGGGCAUUUGGGAGCGGAGACCGCUUUUGGCGCAGCUGCUCCGCCACAGAUUUUGAGCAUUUGUUGAUUUCUGUCCUCGGAUUUUCUUUGUUGAAGUAGCUGCAGUUCUCUAAAAAGACCCUGUUAGGGUGCUUUAAGGUGUUUUAUGGGAGUGUCUUGGGUCGUGUUGUUUUUGAUUGUUGUUUCUACCAUAAAGCCAUCUGAGGGUGGAGCGUAACAAGCUAAAAUGAAGUAAUACAUUUUGACAGCAUUGUUGCUUCCCACACUAAACCUGUAAUUAGAUGAAAAUGUGAACAUAUUGAAUGGGAGCACCUGGUCACUCAUGGCAAUCUACUUAAUCAAACCCUGUGUUGUUUCCUUCUUUACUGUAGUCGGUUCCUUAAUUUACAAACGUAACAUAUUGCCACACAAAGACAUAAAUCAAGGAAAAUUGAAGUCUUAUUGCUGCUAUUAAAUUUGGCCCAGAAGAAUGGUCAUCUUUCCAUGUCGUCCUUUGCAGCUCGACUUUAUACAGACAUGUGAAUAGCCCCCUGCUGGCCAUGAGGAAGAAUGCAGGUUAAAGAUGAAGUUUGGCUUCACUCUUGGAACCAACAGGCUACAUCCACUUCCUAUACACAGUCCAUGUUCUGUUCUCUAAUAUGUCUCUCUAGUAAAUGCAAUAAGAUAUCAUUACAGGAUAAUGGCUUUUACAAUGACUCAUCUAAUCAGUAUACAUUAGAUUAAGAGCUUUUACCAUUUUCUUUCAUGCAGCUGUAGUGUUCAUUAUGCUGCUUAAAAAAAAAAAUUAAAAGUUUAUUUUUUUUCUUUUUCAGAGAUUUUCUAACCAUGACAGGCAGCAGCAGUUAUCAUCAUACAUGUUGAUUAUUUUGAAGAAACACCACCUUAUUGGUCUGUAGAUAUUUCUGCUUUGAAUCUCUCACCCUGAGCAGUUCACUACCUCUCUGUUUUCUGUCUGUAUCUUUACUUAGAGGUUGAUGACUCUCCUCACAGUUCCUUGGCCGUUACCUAAAGCAAGUGUUGAAUAUGCAUGAGUUCAGCCUCAUAAACUGCUGCUCUCAGCGCUAAAGUCAGUAGGAAGCCCAACUCAGCAGAUGGGGGGAUCAGAAAGAAAACUUAAACUAAAAGAGAAAGAGAGGAGAGGAGGGAACGUGUUUGACUUAUCUUUAAUGGUUUAAGAUGAACCAGAUUUCCUCUCUUCAUGUUGCCCUUGCACCAAGGGGCACGAGCUCAUGCUAGCAUGCUACGCUCAAUACUGACUCUGUGUUGCAUUCUGCUGUUUGUGUUCUUGAAUAUGGAAGUGCUUGAUUGUGUGUAUGCAAGUGCUUUUGUGAGUGUCUGUCCAUAUCAUUUUGCCUGAAGCUCUGGACAGUUGCCAGGCAACAGUGGCAGGCGGGCGGCUCAGCACUCGACUGGGCAUUCACCGAGCAGACACUUCCACAUGCCUUUGGUUUCUGAUGAGCGGCUCAGGUCAGCGCUGAUACGUUACCAGGUCAGAGUCACAUCAGGCUAACAGCGGCGAUGAUCUAAGGAUAAUACAAUUACACAGCAAACAUGCAGAGUGUCUUGAUUACUCGGAGUCAUCCUUUCAAGCUAAUACUGCUGCUAACAAGAUUUCUGUGUUUUCAAUAAUCCAUCUAGCACUUAACACUGCACCAGCAGAUGCUGUUACUUAGAAAUUUGAUAAUCCUAUUAUUUUUUUAUCACAAUUUAAUAGAGCAGUGGUUUCUGGUAAUCAUUAUCUCAUUAUCAUUUGGAAGGAACAGUUUUUUAUGGUUUGGACAAUGUUUGAAGAAACAAUUGGAACAACUAUUCACAUUUUUGACACAUAUGUUUUGAAUUUUUAGAUAAAAAGUUGGUUUAGUUGUGAUUCAAAGCACAUUUAAAGCCCCAAUGAGCAACUUUCCCUUACUGUAAGUUCUGAUGAUUCAUAUAGACAAAAAAUUUCUUAUUUUGUUCAGCAUAUGUUUAAGUUGUAUGUUUUUUUUCUUUAAAUAAUUGCACCUCACAUCUUUUAAAUGUCAAACAUGUCAGUUACUUUGAAUCAUUGCUGUGUCAGCAGUGUGCAACUGGAAUGACACCUGCUCUACAGCAAUGAGUUUAACAUGAAAACAUCUGUCAAAACUGUUGUUAUGUCUGAUGUCUUUGUACCAUGUAAAAAAAAUCAGCCCAGUAUAUAAUUACAUAAAAAGUCCUCACAGGAGCUUUCAGACUAUAUAAGUAAACCGUGACUCUAAUUAGCAUCUGUGUUUGUGCUGUUUCAGUACAGCGUGCAGGUCACUGAAUCUGUGGACCAACACGAAAACUCUCUCUUUUUUUCAAAGUGUGUUCAUCCUUAGGGAGGUGCUCAGGUAAAGACAUACACACUAAACAUUUCAGUGGAGAUGUAGCUUCAUCUACAGAAGAUUUAAUUAUCACUGUCCAUGAAAAUAUGUGGAGCAUUUGCCAAGGUCAGAUACCUGCUGUUCCUACUGUUGGACGCAGGACUCAAGGCCUUUAUAGUCCCUUUCUUUGUUGUGCAUAAGAAAUUUUAUAUGAGGCAGAAUUGUGGCUGAAUUAUUAUACCAAAUAUACCAGACUUUAUCUGACCAAUCUGUGCAAAAGAAUGAAAAUAUAAUGUCAGCUCCUGCUCUGGCCCUGCUUUCCAAAGUUAGCUUUUUCUUAAUGAUUUCUUCUUUUGUUCUCCUUUUCCUUUACCCAGUAAAGGCGCUACACAUGCUCAUUUGUAAAUAAUUCAAGCUCACAUUAUUAAAAAAAAAGCGUUUCUGAAAGAGUUCAAAAAUACAUAUUUUAAGUACUGCAAUUAUUACCUUUAUUUUCUUUUGGGGGGGGUUGUUAACUUAUGUAUACAUAAUGUGAACAUGGACUUACUGUAUCUUGGUUGAACACUCAAAUAAGUAAAACAUAUCGCUUUGGAACUUCCUUAAUUUUGACAGCUAAUAAGAUAACUAUGAUAGGACACAAGGUACCCAGUUUUAACCUUGUGAAAAUGCGGUAUUUGAAUUAAAUUAAAGAUAUUAUCCUUCUCACUUUCCCAUUCAAACACAAAACAGCAAAUAAUCAACCUCAAAAAUUAAAACAGUGUUUUAACAUAUACAGCAGAAAAUGUGGACAUCACUCUGUCUGGUGAAUCAGAGUCAAAGUAAGGGGAUCCAACGAAAACACUACAGGUUCAGAGUGUUGUUGACUGCAGUGCAAGUACAGUGAAGGGUGUGGAAUGAUGAGACGUGUGUGUGUGUGUGUGUGUGUGUGUGUGUGUGUGUGUGUGUGUGUGUGUGUGUGUGUGUGUGUGUGUGUGUGUGUGUGUGUGUGUCACACAGCCCGCUGAAGAGAGGUCGAUUUGGCAGGUUAUCAUCACCACCAUCAUCAUCAACACCACUGACAUUAUAAUCAUCAACAAUUAAACUUAAUUUGCUUUUCAACACACUUGAGAACAUGCUGACUGUCCUCUUCCGCCAUCUGUCUCUGUGUACUCUCUAUACUGAGCUUUAUGGCUGUCCCACUCUCACAAACUGCUCCUUCAAUAUACUGUCGAAUUCUGUGGUUCUCUUCUAAGGAAACAAGGCAGCUUAAUAAACCAAAAAUACUUUCAAUUAGACACGUUGUUGUGCCUUUUAUCUGGAUAUGAAAAGGUUUACCAUUUAAACUUUGAUCUGGACUUACUGUCACAUAAAUGAAAAACAAGUGUUUGAUCUGAGUUUACCAAUGUUUGGACUAAAGACAGCAAACUGCUUCAGUUUAAGGCUGCUAAUGUUGGUAAUCUUUAUGUUAUCCUGUCAGCUUGUUUGCCAAAUAUUGUAUUUUACUCUUUUUUUAUGAGGUUUGAGUGAUUUCACCCGGUAUCAGGAAACCCAGUUCUCUUUUAUCUAAUUCUUUCCAAAGAAAUUUUAUACAACAGAUUUUUUAAUAUAUUUUAUCAACAUGAUCCAGAUGCAAGUUUUUAAAGAUUACCAAGUCUGGAUUAUCAGUGACCUAAAUGGGACUCUUUAUGCUAUACUUUAACCACAGAGGGCACCAAAUUCCACAUGAAAAGAAAGCUCUAGUAAUUGUUUUUGAUACUUUGUUUAAUGAUGACCGUUAAUAAAUGAACUAUUGUAAGAGGACAAACUCCAUCUAAUAUGUCAUAAGAGUUGUAAAAGGAAACAGAUGUUAUUUUUAGUUUUUCCAAAUCUAUACUAAGACUUAAAAGAAAACAGUUUAUUUACUAAAACAAGAUUGGAUGAAUGGAACUCAUCUGAUUUUGUGACCAUUUUCUCUUGAACAAGCUGUUUUUACAAUUUGACCUGAUGCAAUACCCAUGAUCCAUUCAAAUGACUUAACAGUGACUGAACUCUGGCCUCAGCUCUGGAGGUACUGAAGAUCUUACACUUCAUGGUUUUUGUGCAGAGGCUACAGCAUAUGUUGUUUCAUGUUGUUUCUCCAAUUGCCUCCAUGGGGACAAAUAAAGUUUUUUUUAAUUCAAUUCAAUUUUAUUAUUUUUGCUUCGAGGCAGAUCAGGCCACAGGAAGGUCUUAGUCUGCUGAAUGUCAACAAGAAGACAAAUUUCCAUUAAGAUGGAAAAGGCACGAUCAUUGAGGUUCCAGAUCAGUACUUCAUUUAUGUCCAAAUGAUAAAAGACCCAGAAUUUAGUGUUAUGUGAUAUACUAAUAUAAAUCAAAAUUCAUCUUAAGCUGUAAUUAACAAAAAAAAGGCCUAGCAAUCAGUGUCACAGUAGUUCUUCAGUCCUUAUGCACACACAACUAUGUGUCCUCUAAGGCAGUGGUUCUCAAGUCCAGUCCUCGAGGCCCACUGUCCUGCAUGUUUUGGAUGUUUCCCUGCUCCAACACACCUGAUUCAAAUGAUCAGCUCGUUAGUAAGCCAUUACAGAGCUUGAUAACGAGCGCAUCAUUUGAAUCAGGUGUGUUGGAGCAGGGAAACAUCCAAAACAUGCGGGACAGUGGGCCUCGACGACUGGAUUUGAGAACCACUGUUUUAAGGAACACUUUUCAAGAAUCAUUUAAUCCAGUGUGUUAAUGACAGACAUCACCACCACUAACAAUAGAGGAAAAACUAAGGAUUAAAACAUAUAAAAUAUCUUUAAGAGAGUAGAUGCUGACCAUUAUAGUGUCCCUGUUAUGUUUUAGGUUUGAUUUGAGGGAAACUCUCCGUAAUCAAAUGAUAAAUAGUAUCCUAUAUGCUCUAUUCUUGUCCUCCAUCGGCAAGUUAAAAAAGUAAACAGAUAAAAUUAGAAAAAUUCAAGUGGGAAAUCAUUCAUUUUUUAACUAUUAGCUGUGUUUUAUACUGUUGCAUCAUAUUUUUAAAAGUGAACAGGAAAGCAUAAUAGCCUACUUAUAAGUGAUGCUAAUAUGAAAGUGCAAUGUUGUAGGUUUUUUUGUGCUGCCCCCUUGUGGCUCAAAAUUGUGUUUUUGGCGGUGAUGAAGUUCUGGUAUAGGUCAAGGGCACGUCACUUGAUUUGAUGCAAAACAUGUAAAAGAGAAAUUUUAGAAAAGCUAGUUAGAAAUCAAAACUACUGAGAAGUGCUGUUCCCUUUUUUAGAAAAUCAAAGAUGAAUUAGUCACCUACAUCAUGAGCGCUUAUGAUGCACUGCGCUUGUAAUUGUAGGAGUUUGCUAUUAAUUUAAUAAUUUGGAUUUCCUGGUAGUGAAGUCAUCAACACAGCCAAGUUUUUGGAGAGCUCCCCUUCAUUCAUAGUAGAAAAGUCUGGUGCUGCUCGAGACUCGUGCCGUAAUUAUAAUAUCAUAGGAACUAAGGGGUCUGUUUAUGUGUGUGAGUGAGAAAGAGAGAGUGUGUGUUUGUGACAUUUUGUUCAGUUUAUUUCAUCUUGUUGUGGGUGUGCACCUACUGUGUGAAUGUGUGUCCUGGAAGUAGGUGAAACAUGCCUUCUGUUGCUCUCCUCCUCUCUCUCCACAGUUCUCUUAACUGUGUUGUAGUUCCAGCGUGGGUAUUAAAAAUGAGUAAUCUGGCAAGCUUUCUGUGUGAAAUCUCCUCAGACUUGUUAAGAGUUUCAGGCUGAGAAGUUCCUGACAAUGACAGGAUGCCAUCUUCUGUCUAUCUGGGAUAUUUUUCUGUUUUAAAAAAAAAAGCAAAUAAACACUCAGGAUGUUGUUAUUCUGUUGCCCCGGAUGUCUAACCUGCUCCUCUUUUCGACACAUAAUCAGUAUGAUCUUCCUCUUUUCCUCCAUGUGUUUGGUCUCAUUUGCCCUGCAGGUUUUCUCAGCACAGGGGACCAGUCUGCUAAGGGGAACUAUGGCCUGUUGGACCAGAUCCAGGCCCUGCGCUGGCUCAAUGAAAACAUCGGCCACUUUGGGGGAGACCCAGAGAGAAUCACCGUUUUUGGUUCUGGAGCUGGUGCUGCCUGUGUGAACCUGCUCAUCCUCUCCCACCACUCAGAGGGUGAGUUUAUUCCACUGUCAUGGUCACAUUAGCAGUCAUAUACCCCGCUCAAAGGGGAUUAACAUUUUAGGACAGUGUGGGUAGUGUAUCUCUCUACCGAGCAUGUUGGUGAUUUCAAUGAACAGCCUAAACCUCAUAAAAAUGUACGGCAUUAUCAUCCCCCAAAGUGAACGGAUGCAAUAAUCAGGAAUGACUCAUCCACUAUUUGCAGUAUAGAUUGUGCAUAUAUUUUCAAUAAACGUGUAGAAGUGAAGAGAUUCAUUCAAUUUAGAGGGGGGAAAAAAAGGAUUGUCAAUCAGGUCAGUGCUGGAGUCGACAGAUGGAUGAAAGCAGUUGGUUGUUUUACAUAAAACCAUUACUCACCUUGGGACUCGAGCCUGUAAUAAUCCUAAAAAACGUCAUUUCAUGAGGGACAAAGAUCCCCGACCUGCACAGACAAAACUCUCUGUCUGCUGGAAAACUAAUCCUACACUAUAUAACCUACUUCCUGCUGUAUAUUUCCUUUGGGCUCCACAUGAAGACAUCCCUCAUUAUUGAGGAGACAGUGUCAUUUGAUUUAUGCGUCAUUUUUAUAUCAUAAGUCUGAUUUUCUUAACACGGCUUGUUACUCUGUUGAAUUGCUCCAAACAGAUGCAUCAUAAACAUGCGUGUCACGGAGGAUUGGUGGUCUUUUCAAGAUGCAUUAAAAUAAUCCCAUCCCUUUUAUUAGAUGGACAGUUUAAAAAGCCACUCUUGGUCAGUAAUCAUGCAAUUUGUUCUCCCAACAGCAAAAUUACAGGGAACUCAGUCUAACCUCUGAUGAUUCACCGAUUUCACAGCAAGCCUCACUAGAGCAAAAUUUGAUUUAAGAGCUUUGUUGAGAACAGCAAGAAAGAGCCCGCUGUACAGUAUAUGAUGUUGCCAAAGUUUGUUUUUUCCAAUGUUGACAGCCUUUCUUGGAUUUUCUGUUUUGUGAUGUAACUCAUUCCCACUGUUCUUGUUUAGGAUUAUUUCGAGGCUUUUAGCCUAUAUUUGAUAGGACAGCUCAAGAGAGGAAAUGUGAGGAGCGAGAGGAGGAAUGACAUGCGCCAAAUCUUGCUAGAUCUGGGAAUCGGUGCUUCAAGGACUAUAGUGGUCAUAGAUGAGACACCUGCUCCAUCCGCUAAACCGAACUGUUGCCACAGCCACAAUUCUUCAGGGAAUUCAGGGCCUAUUUUAAGUUCCUUAAAAUGUUUGCAGUCGAGGUGGGAGAAAAAUCGAUACAGCAUAGUAUUGCAACAUUUUGUCUGGUGAUGUAUCGUAUCGUCUCAUUGACCAAGUAUCGAUUUUUUUCAAAUUAAUUUGCUAAUAUGAAGUCAAAUCUGUGAUAAUGGAAAAAUAAAAUCAAUUGUUUGUCCAUUGAGAUUGGCAGAGGUGGCAUCAUAGUGCAGAAGAAAGUUAGUUUAACAAACAUAGCAGCACCUGGGGAAAGACAUCAGGGAUACAAGCAGAGCACGAAUGAGAUGGACCUGACACAUGAGGUUAGCAAGAUGUGCUACAUACAACGUAAACAAGAAACAUAAAGGAAAGAUAAAUGCUAAAUUAGCUAAACAGUUGAAAAAAAGGAUAAAUCACAAUAUAUUGUUUUGCAAUUCUUACUGUAAUAAUAUCGUAUUGUGGCCCAAGUAUCGUGAUAAUAUCGUAUCAUGGCGUCACUGGUGAUUCCCACCCCUAGUAUGCCGAUUUCUGCUACACUAAAGAAUGAAAUCUAACUUUAUAGUGUAAUAGAGAAAUAUCUUUAUUUCUUGUUAUAACACAAGGUAUAAUUUUGGGUUGCUGUAAAAACAGUCAUUUGACAUCAUGCUCUUUUAAAUACCCGGUUUGAAAUGCACCCAUUUGGUCUGGGUGAGAAAAUAAAUAGAAGUAAACUGUACAGGUGUAAAUGCCCAUUGCUGAUUGCAGCAACUGAUACUGACCACAUCAGGUAUGUAAGUUAUCCCUGCAGCUCAGUGUUCAUUCUUUUAUAGUUGUCCUCAUGACUCUUGAGUUCAUUUGGUUUUACUUUGACAAUCUGACACAACAACCACUUCCCUCUCUCCAGCGGUCUCUGUCAGAGAAGUACUUUUAAAAGUUCUGCGGUCUGAUUUACUCUGGUCACUGUUCACUCUAUCACGAUUACAGACCACUGCGUGUCUGUGGGAAAAAGUGCAUACUGGAAAAGCAUUGUGUCACAGUGACAAACAGCACAGCACAGCAACAAACAGCAGGUUUGGUUUGAUUUUCAUUUCUCUGAAUUAAACUAUAUAAAUCUGUUGUACGAAAUUGCAUUUUUUGAUAUCAUGUGUUUGUGAUUAUAUGAAUUCAGCCAAUAGGGGAAAGACAUACAGUCCUCGUGGUGUCUCCUCCAGGACCACUGCAGAUCUGUGUGUUCAAGACUGGACUUUACUUUCUUUAGAUUGUUUACGAACAGUAGAUCUCUAGAUUACCAACCAGAUGCUUGAUCACUAAUCCUGGGAUGUAAUCUUGGUUUAAGGGACUCAAAACGUAAAUGUGAUUUUGUACUUACUACUGUACCAAAUAUGGAGAUUAUAAUACAACUGAAGCCUUCGCCUUCAUGCUGACAAACCCACUCCACUCUGACAGAUACAACCAUCCUUUAUUCUGUUUGACAGGUUUUCCCGUGUGUGCAUACAAACAAACACAUCUUUUGUUUCCUACCAGGGAUCUGGAAACAUUAAGGACGACGUGGAAAAGCAUUUGAAUGAUUGUGUAGUAGUGGCCAGGUUGUUAGUUGUUGUCAAGUGGCCAGCUAAUGUUGGCUGUGUCGCUCACUGCCCAUAGACAAAGACAAAGACUCUCGCAGGCAGACUGCUGUCCUAAUGACUCUCUGGGUUUAUUUUAUUGUAUUUCUCCAAAAUCCCACAAGAAUUGGAUCUGUUUGGUGACAAAAAUAUUGCACAUUUUUGUUCAAGAUUACAGUGUGUUUUUGCUCAUGUUAAAAUAUGGAAGUGAAACAUCAACAUUUUUGUUCAGAGUUGUUGUGCGUUGAUUGGUCGCACAAGUGUUCCUCUGUAUGUUGAAGCUAAAAUGUAGCACCAUAUAGUCAGCGAAAGUUGGUGGGUGAACAGUUUUUAAACAUGCUGUGUUUUGUGUUCGUGUGUGUGUGUGUGUGUGUGUGUGUGUGUGUGUGUGUGUGUGUGUAUGCAGAGAUGAGAUGAGAUGAGGAGCAGAGCUGGAGCUGCAGCUGAGAGGCUUCUUAAUUGAUUUCACAGGGAGAGGAGCGGGGGUGGGGCACAUGCAGAAUAUGGGGGGGCUUAAUUAUUAAUGACAGAAUCUGCAGAUAAAACAGAGGGACAGCAAGCCACUUUACAUAACAGUGCAGCGGUGCAACAGUGCGAGCAGUUUUCUUUCUCUCCCUCCAUCUCUCUCGUUCUGUCUCUCUCACUCUCUCCAACGCGGCCAUCAAGCCCACUGCCGUGUGUGGAGUUGUCACCAUUUUUCUUGCCGCUGUCUCUUCUUGUAUGUAAUGGAAGCGCUUCAUUUUCCUCCUCCUAAUGUUCAUAAAGAUUUUCUGCAGCUAUAAAAAGCAGCAGGGUAUCUUCUUCAUCUUGCUUCAUAUGUAAUACCCUACUAUUGCUCCGCCUUCGACAUAUGCAUUAUUUAAAGCACGCACACUGUAAGGCCUUGAAGGCCCCCUCAGCUGCUGGCGAAAGUGUGUCAGAGAGGGAAAAAAAGCCACUUUGAGAGAGAAUAAGUGAUUGCAUGUAUUUUAUAUCUGCUGUGUAUGUUCAGGUCUGUUCCAGAGGGCCAUCGCUCAGAGCGGCUCAGCCAUCUCCAGCUGGGCGGUCAACUACCGACCCGCCAUGUACACCAAGAUCCUGGCGCGGAAGGUCGGCUGCACUCUGGGGGACAUGGCUGCCGUGGUAGACUGCCUGCGGAGGAAGAGUUUCCGGGAGCUGGUGGACCAAGACAUCCAGCCUGCACGCUAUCACAUCGCCUUUGGGCCAGUGGUGGACGGAGACGUUGUGCCCGAUGACCCAGAGAUCCUCAUGCAGCAGGUCAGAGCUGAUUUGUCUGGAUAUCAGUCAUCUGGUGUGUGAAUGUUUUGUGUGCUGUCAAGUCAUGCAGUGUGUGUUUGUCAUGACUGCAGGGGGAGUUCCUGAACUACGACAUCCUGCUCGGUGUCAACCAAGGAGAGGGCCUGAAGUUUGUGGAUGACAGUGAAGGAGAAGAUGGCAUAUCUGCUGCAUCGUUUGACUAUACAAUCUCCAACUUUGUGGACAAUCUGUAUGGAUAUCCUGAUGGUCAGAUCCUGCCCUUCUUACCUUUAUAUUCCCUGUUAUUUUGAAUGCCAAACCUUUUUCUUUACAGCUCUGCAAGGUACAAAGUACUGUCAAACUUAAAGGGAUAUUCCGGUGUAAAAUUAAUUCAGGGUCAAACACACCGUAACAUUGAGAUAGACACCCCCUCGAGAGAUGAAUGUUGUCGACAGCUUGCUUCUCUAGUUAUACCGACUUAAGUUACGACCGCAGGAUGUCUGGAGUCAUAAACAAACCUCAACCAAAACACCACUCUAUAGCCACAAAUAAUGUUCAGAACAGCAUCUAACUUCAUCAACAGUACAUAUAGGGUCCCAGCCACAGCACUAGCCACCAAACAUCUUUUAAACUUUGCCUGAUUUCUUUAGCAAAGAGACUAAACACAACUCACCUACUCUCUUCCAGCAGCCGCUUGUUUGUAGCAAGACCUCAAGCCAGUCCAUUAUGGACUACAGCGGGUGACACAGCUCAAGGAAGAACAUUUAUGAUCAUUUCUUCAUCGAAAUGCAAUCAGACCGAGACGCUAAGGCAGAAGAACUUCCGUGUCUGCAGUACAAAAUGAUUGAUGUGAUGAUUAUUACUUCAAGAAAAUGAUAAAGAAAUGAUCAUAAAUGUUCUUCCUUCCUCUUUGACUCUAUCAGCACAGUUUAGGUAAAAAGCAGCACUAAGACCAUUUAAAUUAGAGACUUAGAGAACGUAAGACUUUUCAACUUAUGUUCAUUCACUAAUUCAGGAGGCAAACUUCAUUUGCAAUGGCAUCCAGUGACAAUGACAAAUAAAUAACAGAGAUAAACAAGAAAGGUAAAAAGAUAAGAAACCGCUGUGAGAAAAAAAAGAAAACAGUAAUGAGAUACAGAUGUUUGAAAAAGAAAACAAGUAAUACCAAAAUUAGAUAAACAAGGAGAAUUUCACAAAUAUUAAUCAUAAGAGAUAAUUGGAUUGGUUACAUAAGGAUAAAAAAAGAACAGAAAAAGAAAGUACAGUCAUGUAAAAAGCCCUGAAUCCUUGCAGUCUGAGAGGAUGAAUAGAUGGCAGUUUGAGUUAAAAUUAAAUAGAAUUAUCUCUUUCAGAAAAAAAAGUUGAGGUCUUUCUUAAUUUUCCAGUUAGGGGCUUUAAGUUGCUUACAAAACAGUCUGAAAUAUAACACGAUGCCUCUUUAUUACGCACAAAGGCAAACAGGACCAUUAGUGAAAAGAUUCAGGGAGCUUUCACUCAUGGAUCAUUUGAAGAAGUUGUUCCACAACAGGGAGCGUUUCCUUCCCCAGGUCGUCCUGAGAAGGACUCACUUCCAAUCGAACCCUGGAGGGGUUCAUUUGCAGCGAGAACGCAGUCAACCUAGCAACCGGAACAAAUAGCUGCUUGACUCAUCACACUCCUGUGAGGUAGUUAGCCUAUAAAAAGCAAAAGGCUGACGUUACUCACUGUCCACAUCAAAUUCAACAUCAGCAGAGGAGCUAGUGCUAAAUACGGCAACAUCACAGGGUUCGUAAACAUCUUCUGGUCCGACAACAGGACAUUUUCUCGUGAGGCUUGUUGAACCAGAGAAAUGUGUGCUUCUCAUGACUAGAACCUUCACUUUUGCCUUUAAAAUGUGCGUUCCGCUGCUGGAGUUUUUUGGCCUUGGCAGUACAUUGUUCAGCAGAGCAGUGAAAGCCCCUCUUAUCCAUACGCUGGCUCUCAGAUUUGCAAACCUCACUAUUUCUGUAAGUAUCUUUGUCUGACGUUGGUUGGAGCCAGGCCUCCCACAGUGACCAGUAUGCAUUGGUUAACUUGUACCGUUGGAGAAGGACGAGGCUUUGACAUAUUCACAUAAAGAUUGUGAUGGUGUGUGCCACAGGUGUGAAAGCAUCUUUACCCAACCCCUCUUUCCAUGCAACCAUUUUCAAUGUAUGCAAAUGCUGCAGCAGGAAGGUGUCAGGGGAGGCAAUUACAGCAGCCUGUUGCAAGGAUUCACAGUGGGUGACAUGUUUGACUGUUAAAAAAAAAGGAAGCUGAGAUUUUCCAGGAGAAAAUUCUACAUGUAAGCAUACAACAUAAGAUCAGCCAGGAGCUGAGAAAUACGGCUUUGCAAAGGUUCUUGCAGGAGAUGUAAAUGUCCAAAAAGUUCAAAGGAGAGCUGUAUUUAUUUUUGAAGUCUGAUGCUCUGAAGUCAAAAGCAUUUCUUGGAGUCAACACAAUGUGUACUUGCAGGAAACUGUUUACUGUAUCGGUGCACACAUAUUUAUAUAAAUUUCGCUUUUUCCAAGGUAAAGACAUCCUGAGGGAGACUAUAAAGUUCAUGUACACUGACUGGGCUGACAGGGACAACAGCGACAUGCGUAGGAAGACCCUCCUGGCUCUGUUCACAGACCAUCAGUGGGUGGCCCCCGCCGUCGCCACUGCCAAGCUGCACGCUGAGUUCCAGUCACCUGUCUUCUUCUACACCUUCCACCACCACUGUCAGACGGAGGCCAGGCCCGAGUGGGCAGACGCGGCCCAUGGAGAUGAGAUCCCUUAUGUGUUUGGGAUUCCCAUGGUGGGGGCCACCGACCUGUUUCCCUGUAACUUUUCCAAGAACGACGUGAUGCUCAGCGCUGUGGUCAUGACAUACUGGACCAACUUUGCAAAGACGGGGUGAGUAUGCUGGAAGAAGAGGCAAGUACUUCUGAUAUGAAAAACAAUCAACCUGUUAAAUGUGAAAAAGAAAUAUAUAGUUUGUGAUAUUCAUGAAAUAAAAAAUGUAAUAGCCUUUAAAAAGAGCCGACUGAUGAAGUCAGAAUGUAGACAAGGGUUUAUGUGUCAUGGUAGGUUUGUUUUGUAGUCCAAUGUCAAACUGGAUGUCAAAUGGUGUAUUCUUCCUUUGUAAAUUAAUAUUUGAAUCUGUUCUGAAAACCCCAUAGGGGACUGUUCUGGCUCUUUACAGCGCUCUUUAAAGGCGCAUCAGCUCAAGUUACUUCAUACCAAUAAAUUCUUCAUUAAUAAAUUCUUACCCACUGAGCAUUUUUUGGUCUAAAAAAGGUCUAGACGUCUAAAUGUAGCCUAGACCAGUGGUUCUCAAUCCAGUCCUCGAGGCCCCCCCGUCCUGCAUGUUAUGGAUGUUUCCCUGCUCCAACACACCUGAUUCAAAUGAUGAGCUCGUUAUCAAGCUCUGCCUAGUUGACUGGUCUACAAGCGGUCUACUGCGCUACCACAGGUCUAAAAAUGAAGUCUAAAUCCGGGCUAUAUCUAUACUACACUGUAUAUUGCUCAACGGCUGUCAUAAUUGUUUUAGUUAAGUACUUGGAGAUCAGUUAUACACCUCAUAGUUGCUUUUUGAGAUAGUUAUCGAAUAAUGGGUUAAAGUGCAAUGUCUAAAUUCCAUCUAAAAAUAUACAGAAUCUAGACGGUUGAAAUUAGGUCUAAAAAAAACUAGACAUCUAAUAGCGGUCUGUUGCUCAGCGGGUAGUGGCACUAAACAAUCGAUUUACAUUUUGUGUGGUGUCUUCCAGGGAUCCUAACCUACCUGUUCCUCAGGACACCACAUUCAUUCACACUAAGCCAAACCGCUUCGAGGAGGUCAUCUGGACCAAGUUCAGUUCCAAAGACAAGCAGUACUUACACAUCGGUCUGAAGCCUCGUGUCAGAGACAACUACCGCGCCAACAAGGUGGCCUUCUGGCUGGAGCUGGUGCCUCAUCUGCACAGCAUCCCCAAGGACCCCAUCACGACCGCACGCCCGCCCAGAGGACCCAAUCCCGGGAAGACUCCUCAAGGCCGCCCCGGCAGCCCCUCCACACCCGCACCACCUCUACUGCCAGAUCCUGACCCUGACAGCUCAGAGAGACCUCGCUUCUCCCCCUUCCCCGCUGAGACGAGGGACUACUCCACUGAGCUGAGUGUGACCGUGGCUGUGGGUGCUUCACUCCUUUUCUUGAAUGUGCUUGCCUUUGCCGCGCUGUACUACAAACGGGACAAACGCCAUGAACUUAUGCAGAGACGCCACCGCCGACUGUCCCCGCAGCGUGUCACCACCAUGGGCAUGGGCGUGGGCAUGGGAGUGGUCGGGGCCCCACCGCACAAUGACCUGGCACUGAGUCAGGAAGAGGAGCUCAUGUCGCUGCAGAUGAAACAGCAGAGAGUGGAGCUGGAGCACGGCACGCCUCUCCCAUCACGCGCCCUCCAUGGUGACCUGGAGCCCCUACGGCCGCCUGUGUGCCCCCCUGACUACACGCUGGCCCUGCGGAGGGCGCCGGAGGACGUGCCACUGAUGACAGCCAACACCAUUACCAUGAUCCCUAGCACCAUCAGCGGCAUGCAGCCCCUCCACCCCUUCAACACUUACCCCCCUGUCCCAGCCCCGUCCACUACACCCGUCCCCAGCCACAGCAACAAUGCUCUGCCACACCAACACUCCACCACCCGUGUAUAGGACCAGGCACAACUGCACAAACUGCUCCAUUCAACCUCCACCUUCACCAUUCUCCUCCUCUUCACUACACCUUUGUCUUUUCUCAUCCAGCCCUCAAAUAAAGCUGCAGUUUGUAAGAUUUUAAGCAGUGAAAUACCUCUAAAGAUGUAACCAUAAAUCGAGGGGGGCCAAAAGUCUGUCAUUAAAGGUCCAUACUGCUCUGCCUCGCUACAACGUCCUCGCCUAGUCAGUCUCCAACAGAAGCUUUACCAGCUCAUCACAAUCAGUCAGUUAUCUUCCGUGUAGCUUGGUUGUUUUGCGCAUGUGUUGACGUGUCAGUGUAAAACCAUGUUUGACAUAGCUACAUACAUUCAUUCUCAUUCAUUUAGUAGAAAUAUAAUGCAGUAGCGAGCAGCUUUGUAUGAGGUAACAUAUGCUCCAACAAGCUGUCUGUCAUAAAGCGGUGAUUUCUUGAAACUUACAAAUUGCAGCUUUAAAGGCCCAAUCUGGAAGUGGAACUUGGCACCCUGUGUGGAGAACUGUGUCCCAACAGCUGUCACUUUGUUCUGAUUUUAGAGACUUUCGUUUGGCAGGAAGUGAAUUGACAGCACCAGAAGUACAAGGAGGGACAAUUUCACAUUUUAGCAUGAGAUUUUUGAGGAUUUUAGGCUUUCUUUCUAUAAAUUUAUUCACUUUUUUCAGUUACGACAUGAACUAAAUGCCUUGAAAAGUUUAUGAAAUCUGUCUACAAGCAAAUGCUGCGUUUGAGACAUUUCCAGAUUGGGGCUUCAACUUUUGGGCGUCAUAGGAAAUACCCUGAAUCAAGUCUGUGGGAUGCAACCUGGAAUCCAGGCUGCCCAUUAGAACUCAGUGCAUCUCUGCCAUAAUCAUGUCCAUUACUUUGUUUCUCGCCCAUUAUCUCUCUGUCUAUAUCUCCAUCUCAGCUCAUUUAACCGCUCCCCUCUUUUUUCGCUUUUUCUUUCUACAUCUGCCCUCGUAGCUCUUUUUAUUAAAUCACUGACAUCCUCCAUUUGCAUCUCUGUCCUCUUUCUUGCAAUCACUUCUAGACUCUCUUUUCCUUUUGGAGUCUUUUAUACGAGAAAAAAAAAACCACAAAUGUAAAUGAUGUAUUAUUAAUAAAUUGUAAGGAUAUGAAUGAAAAAAAAAAAAGAUAUUCUGAUAUCUCGUUUUUACCAGCAUUCUUGGUGCCAAGUACUGUGAUAAAGAUCCUCUUUUACUGGCGUCCAGUGGAGCGCCUGAAGAGGUCCAUCCUGACUCUAUCUUACAAAAGGAAAUACCAUCAUAAAAAGUGCCAACCCCUUCAUCUUUCUGUUUGAUCCACACACUUUCUUUUUUUUUUUUUACGACACUCAAUGUUGCACUGUGGCUGGUCUCUUUCUUGGAGGGGAAUCAGAUUCAUUAAAAAAAAAAAGAAAGAAAUACAAAGUUUUAUUAACUUCUUUGCUGUGUGGUAUAUUUGCAUGUUGUUUUGUUUUUUUUAAUUUGAUCAGGGUGUGGACGGGAACGUUUUCUUUAUUUUGUUGAUUUGCCUUGUUCUUCAUUGAUUUUAUUUUAAAAAUCAUCUUCAUUUUCUAUUUUAAUAUCAGCUGCACUUUGUGGUACUUCAAAAGGGUAUUAAAGUAUUAAGAGAUAAUUAUUGUAUAAAACUAUGAUUAAUACAAAGAGAAUAAAUAUUUCCUCUUUAUUUUUUUCAUUUCCUAACACUGAGGCUGUGCCGCAAAAACUACCAGAGAGACUGAUGAAAGACUUUUUCUUUCCGCCCUCUUUUCGCUCUGUUUCUCUUUAUCUUUCGCAACUGUCAAGUCUGCAGUCACUGUAUCUCAAUCUCACCUGAAGAUAGCACUUUUUUAAGUUACAAAAAGAAAAAAGAAGCAACUACAUGAAUAAGUCUAAAUAAGGUUUUUGUCUGUGACUGACAUUAACCACAUGCUUCAAGUGUUUGAAGACUGCCUGAUGGUUUAUCUUUGUGUCUGCUCUUUUGUUGUUUCAUGAUUCUCCCCACCCCUCCACUGCAAGGCGGGGAAAGGAGAAGGUAUAUAUUUAUGACAGUCAAAAGGUGAGAAAGCCUUGUAGUCGCGUUUCACAUCUUUCGCACAACUAAACACAGAGACGGGUCACACUCUGGACAAUUCUGAAAAAAAAAAAAAUGGUGACAUUUGGACAACACUGGACAAAUGCCGAUGUAAUAUCUCGUCAGCUGAUCUGACAAUGCACAGAGGAUGCAUUCUUAAAACCUGAUUUAAGAAAAAAAAAAUCUUUAUCAACAGACAUUACUUAUACACCAUACAUCACAAAAACAAGGCUGCAGGGGUCAUCCCUCCUCCUUGUUAUGUUCUGUAUCCUGUCUGCUUAGGACAACGACACUCUGGAUCCAGACUGCCAUCCCUCACACUGGACUGGAGCGCGCUGCAAGGACAGAAACAACAAAAACCAACACAUGAAACAAACUGUACAUUUUUUAAGUGUAAGAGAACAAACUGGAAUUUGUAAAUAUUAUGUUUGUCGUUUGGUUUGAGUGAUUGGCCAGAUCUUUUCUUUGUGACAACAGGUGCAAGUUUCGAUGACGUACAUGAUUUAUUAGCAGUCAUUUGUAAGUUUGAUUCUUUCUCAAGAGCAAAGUCCAACAGGUUAUUAGCACAUUAAUACAUCUGUUAGGAUAUGCCAGUAAUUAAGAAAAACUAUCACAGCAUGGUUAAAGAAAAACACGAAGAGAAACAAAUGCGGCUCAGGUGAGCCUACGUAUUUUAAUAUAAGAAAAUGUCUGAUUACUCAUAUUAUAUGGCUGUUGUAAGUGCAAUGCCCACACUUUGUAUUACCCCGUCAGCCGUGAAGGCAACUAUUGAGUCAAACAAGUCCUUUCAUUGGGUAAAAAGCCAAAGAACAGCUGCAAAUGAAAGGCUGGAGAAUAGGGAUGCUUUGAGAAAUGAGGCAGAAAAACGAGAUAGGACAGGUGUUUCAAAUGUGCUCAAAACAAACCACAAAGCCAGGAUUUCUACUUGUGAUGCUUAUUGUUAGUGUCUCACGUCGUCUCGAGCAUCCUCAUACAGUAUUACGUCUUAAAACAAGAGAUAGUAAAGUCCUUUGUACUCGUUUUGUCUUAUUUCAGACUCUGAUCAUGGUGGUUGUUUUGCUACCUUUUGCAAUGUUGUCUGCACAUUCUGUUAAACGAAUUAUUGACCCAGCUGUUUGAUGUGAGUUUGAGCUGGCCAUGCUUCUAGAAACAGCAUUAUGUAGAUUUUCAUUUUUGUUUAUUUGAAACAAGAGUUCGGACAGCCAACAGGUAACGGAAGCACACUCACCAAGUUUACAUGUUUACACUACAGUUUCGAUGUUGGCUGGAGGUAAGAAAAAAAAAUCUGAAAAAUAAAGAGCAUACAAGGAUCCAAAUAUCUUCUUAGUACAACAUUUAUUACUGGAAUGGUUAAAUGAAGGCUUGCACCUGUUUGUCUGUUUCAUUUAGUCUGAUUCAGUAACCUGCUUGAAGCUCAAGAUACUGUGAGAGAGCAUUAUGACCAGAAGGGGUUGAAGAAUUAAAGUUAAUAUUUCUAUUUCAAAUAGAGGCUAUUACACACUGUAUGUUGUGUAUCUGAACUGGAAAAACAUUAAAAGACAUUCUUAAACAAAAGUUUUGCCAUUUCUGUCACGUUCAAGAAAUGCACUACUUAACGGUGUUAUGUUGUCUGGUCACUUGAGGGAAGAAUAACCUUUCUAUUACUAUGAAAAGGCAUCUUGUGGCAGCUUUUUACACUGUGCAUAGAGAAUGGACACAGCCCAAAAAAACUAAACUCAGACUGUAAUAGUUGGAAAUGAGUGUAUCUCUGACUUGUCUGAUUAAAGGUAUAGUGUAUAGACAAGAG